AGUUUACAGGCGAACUGUUUAAUGUCGUUUGGGAUUUGAAAGAACGCGGUCAGUUAAAUUUAAACUAACUGUCGGGAUUGGUCUUGAUUCGCAAAGUCAGUUGAUUGAUCCACGUUUGGCUUGACAGUUUCGCAAAAUAGGUGAUAAUACAUAAACUGGUGCCGCCAAACUAUUCCGAAUUGAAAUUUUCAGGUUGACCGUUAGAGCGAAUUGGAACGCGGAUCUAGCUCACUAGAUGACCCUUGAGUGGUCUUGAGAGCGUUUCCGAUGAUAAGAUCAGUGUCGUUAAGAUUGUUGAUGUGCAAGAUGUGCUACAUUUCCUGUUCAAAAAUCAAAAUCUGACCAAAGGUGUGUGAUCGUGGCAGUUAUUCCAGAUACGCGAGUGAAAUGAGUGAUUGUCCUAAUCAAUUAUGAUUAUGGCUAGGCCCCUGUGAAACGUGUUGAUGUAAUUUCUCCAGUCAUGUAACGGCUUUCCCACAUUAAUUAUGUAACCACACAUAUUAUCUGCACCAUCUGUGAAUCGAUUUUUCCUCAUAACAGUACCAGCUACAGUUUAGGCCAUUACUUACCUUAAAUGGUACAAGAGGAGUGAAUGAUCUUGUCGAACUACAUUGAUCUAAUCGUUACAGUUCAACAAGUGCAAUCCAUUGCUUACUCCAAGUGCUCAGUGAAUUCCUGAGAUUGAAAUAUCAUGGAAGAGGAUGUCUUGAGUGCUCUUAGAUCGCGUGCUGUUUACCUGCCCGGUUGUUCUGACCGCGACGGACGCGUCUUAGUUGUUGUCAAUGUUCCCAAUGAUCUUCAGCAAGCGUGGAGUAAGAGGUGCCUGGAAGCUUGCAUUAAUUAUAUUAGAAAAUCACUAAGCCCAAAGUUGAUAAAAGCUGGCUUAACGGUGAUUUUGGAUGGUGAAAAGUAUUCCACACGUGUGACAAAAUCACAAUGUCGUACCAUUGGAAUGCUAUUUGAAGAUAGCCUUGCUCAGCUGAUUCUGGUCCGUGCUGAAGGAUUUUGGGAUAAGCAUAUCGAUCAUUGCGCCAAGAAUCAUAGUCAAGGAGAGCCAAUUGUGAUUACAAAGUCGAGACUUAGUAAAUAUUUUGAAAUGAAUGAAUUGCCCAAUGAUCUUGGAGGGAAGGUUGCAUAUAAUCACGAUCGGUGGCUCCAGAAUCGUGUGCGCAUUGAGGAGUUUCAUGCUAAAUACGACAAAACAACGAGUGAUCUGGAAAGCCUACAUACGCUGCUACUUAGUCAUAAAUCGCUUAAUCCAUCAGAGGUUUCACAAGCCAUGAAAUCUUCUGAAGAGCUUUAUACCGAUGUUCAGUUGGCAAUCACGCGGACUAUUGAAAUGGGUAAUCAAUUAACCGCAAACAUCAAUGAUUGCUAUCGCGUGCCAUCUUCAUCAAGUAUCGAUUUCCACAAAAUGCCUCAAGAUAUAGCCGGCGAGCUAGAGACGAUCACGGAUCUCCUAAAUGAGAUAGAAAAGAAACAAAGUGGAAUUCGAUGUGCCUGGAAUGAUCUCGAGAAAACCAUCCACGAAGCACGCGAACUCCUCAUCUUGGAAAAGGGUGUAGCUUUCGUCAUUAAGUGGAUCAUGGGUAUCGCCGAUAAGAAACUUAAUCGAGAUACCCGCGUUGGUUGCGAUAUCGCGAGCUGUGAGGAACUGCGACGAGAUAACGACCUCUUGGAUAUGCAAUGCCAGGAAGUGUACGCCUAUUGCGCUGAGCUCAUCUACAAAAUCGAGGCAAACUCAUCGCACAAGGACUCGCCCGCCUACAAGGAACUGCUUUCCCAACGAGAUUUCAUGGAUUUUGUGUGCCGGAACUUUGCAGCACGUUUGGAAAGGCGACGUUCGAUUUUAGUCAGUUCUCUGCGAUUUUUCCGACUCGUUUCAGAAUAUUUCGAUAGGACCAGUGAAGUUUUUGAAUCGCUUGUGAUGGGGUAUAAGGCAGAUGACUUCGAGUUAGCCGCUACGAACCUUGAGAAAUUGAAGGAUUGCCAAUCCAAUCUGGAAAAUAUGGAAAAAGAUCUGGUCAGAGAAGGGAAAAGGCUCAUUGACAUGCUUUCGAUGCCGGUAAAAGAUUCGCUUGGUCGUGAUAUUGGUGUUGAUUACAAUGACGAUAUUGCUAACGUUCGAGACAUCUUGGACGUAACAAUGGCUCGCCGCAAUAUCUUCAUCGACAGUGUCGAAUUACAGAAAUUAACGCUAGAGCAGGUUGCGCAUAUCCACGAGUACGAGAAGGAUGCAAAAAUUGCAAUCAAAUGCAUGGAAGACCUGUACAGUACACUGAUCAGGUGUCAUUCACAUGUUGGUUGCACUGUCUUCGAGAUACAGAUACAGAAGGAAGAAUUGCAGACAUUUCAAGAAACGGGAAAGGGCAUCCAUAAUCUAGGUUGCCAACUAUUAGAAGCUGCCUUAUCUCUACGCCACACCUGCAAGCUCAAACUCGAAACAAAAUCAAAUAAUUCGCUCAAAACGAAGUUGCGACAAAUAUGGACAAACUUGGAGAUAAUUAUUCAAGAGAAUAUGACACGCCUGAGGGUCUCGGCUGUCUUCCACCGGAACGUCGAAGACUAUUGCAUUAAAUUGUUGGAGCUAAAAGCGAAUGUUAUUGCCAUUGGGGAUAUAGAGGAACCCGAAACACGUCGCGUCCGUUUGAGGAUGUGCCUGGUGUUACGUGAACGUCUGCUGGUGGAAGUGGGUCGUAUGGUGAGACUUGGACGUCUUCUCAAGUCGCGGCUCAAGGAACCAUUUGUCUUGGAAAACGUCUGCUUCAAUGACAUUGAAAAUGGCAGCGAAGCAGCACCAGAAGUACCACUAAACCUACCUGAAGGUGCGGAAACCGUAGUACCUGCAGGAGGCAAUUCGAUUGCAUGCAGUGCUAUUUCCAGCAAAAUAUCUGAAGUAGCCGAUGCCGCGGAAUCUCUUGAUGCAGCCCUUAAUGGUGUUCAAAAAGCCUUGGAUGAUCUUGACGAUCAACAGUCCAACGAAAUGGAACCGAAAGCUGCUUCCAACCACAAUAGCAGUACAGAUGACCUAAACUGCAGCGUCCAAUCAACAGAAGAUGAAUCCUAUGCUUCAGCAUCUGAAUACAAUGGGACCAUGCAAUCAUCUCGAUCAUCCUCCUAUCACACGGCUUCCGAGCAUCGAACAUCCCCAUGGUGGGGUAUGGACAAAAGUUCUGUCGAUGAAUGCUCUGAAAUGAGUACAGAAACACCACCAACCCUCCAAACAUCCGGCAUCAUGUCAGGCAAUACAUCCUUCGAUAGCAGUGAAUUAAGUUUUCGAACUGUGCAUAAUUCUCCGGAGCCAACAUCCGAGAAAAGUGAAAAGGUGUCGGAAAAUCCAUUAGAAAUUAACAGUCAAAGUGAAGAAAAUAAUUUACCCGAGAAAAGUGUUAAAUUUAAGGAAAUGAAUGAUGAUGAUACUGACAAGAAUGACGAUAAAGCUACGCAAAGUAAUGAUGAUGGUCCAGUGCCAGAGGUGAGAGGAUCUAAAUCUGGGUCGAAAUUCAUCCAUUAUUAUGAGAACAUCAAUAUGUCCAAGCAAGCAAUCAAAACGUGUUUGUACUAUAUUUAUCGAAUGGGAUAUCAAGAGGACAAGAAACAUAUUUUGAUUAAGAUCUACUCUUUUACAAAAAUAAGGGAUCAAAUGAUUCCCGGAGUGCAUAAUGUACAAUGGUUACCCAGUCGUUACAGGAGCGCCAAGAUGAAUUCCUCGGCGUCCACGAUAUACCCGGAGUCCUUAGAGACGAACCGGGAAAGCGGAGGCGAAUCAUCCUUGUCGAAUGUGAAGUCCACCUCCAUAGGCUCCGUAGUCGUCAGAAGUGGUCCCAUCCAGAUGCUGAUAGCUCUGCUCCAGAGCGGUGACCUGUAUUUCAUAAAAGUCGUCGAAGUUCAGCCAAAACUCACAACUCUCGGUAAUAACAUAGACGAAGCCGUGGGCCAGCAGCGAGACCACGAUGAAUUGCUAAAACAGUUACAGAAUAUGCCAACACCUGUUGAAGAGUUUGUUCAAAAAGCCGAUAAACUUUUGGCCGCCAGAAAAGCUAAUCCACACGUACUAGAUGCCAUGGGACAGACAUUAAACAUAGCCUGGGAAGAUAUAUUGAAAUUAUUACAUGAUCGAAAGCACUUGCUCGAUUUAUGUGCGAAUUUCCACGAGAAAAUGGGGGCCUGUCGCGGAAAAAUGGCAUCUCUAGAAGUAGCAUGUAAGGAUACGAUGAUCCCGAUCGAAAUCGAGGCUGUACAAGAAUUUUUAAAUGUAUUCAAGCAGCUCAGAAUUGACGUUCUGACAGCAGUAAUGUCUGCCCUGAAAGAUGGUAAUGAAUUAUUGGCGCGGCUCCAAGAUAUGGCACAAUCUGGCACAUUAGAUUCGCGACCAGAUCAUGUCAGAAAAGAUGCAAUGCGUGCUAUCAAUCAAGUUCAACAAUGGCUUGAAGAGUUGCAUGACAGACGAAAUUCGUUGGAGGCUGCAUGGACCACAAGAAAGACACAACUUGAGCAAUGUUUGGCACUCGCAAUUUUAGCUAAAGAUCUCGAUGAAUUGGAGGCGGCACUGAUAAACCAGAGGAACAUGGUCUCUGGAGUAUAUAGUUUAGGCGAAUGCGAACACACAUCUAAUCAAUACCUGCGAGAAUAUAUCGGUUACAAACAAGAUGCCUUGCUUCUUCGAGACAAAGGAGUGAAAAUUACUCGCGCUACGGAAAAGCUGGUCGCAGGGGGUUGUUUCGCAGGAGAUGAAGCAUGUUCGCGAGCUUAUGCAGUCCUUAGCAGUUGUACAGAACACUUAGAGCAAGUUGACCAGAGAGAGCACUGGCUGCAUCAGUCAAAAGAUUUCUUCGGAAAAGCCGAGAAGACACUCAGCGUUCUGGAGCGCCUGGAAAUCGACCUGUCCACACUCAACAUUGCAUCUGAUUCUCCAGAAGCGUUCGCCAUGUAUGCGAAAAUUCUUAAUGAUCUGAAAGUACUGACUGAAGAGCCCCUCCGAUUGGGAUACGCAAUAUUAGAUGAAGUUGGACGUACCAAGCCCGAAACACAAGGCGUCAAAAGAGUCCUGGAUGAGAUUGAAAAUAGAAAGAUUUAUCUGGAAAAGAUAUGUUCGGCCAGUACUGAACAGCAAGUAAUGGUUACACAAGCUUUAACUGAAUUUAUGGAAGAAUACAAUCAACUCCUUUCGUGGUUGGUGUCUAUUGCCGAAGCAUUCCUGCAGUCAAACAAUUCACUUGGGAAGACACUGGAUCAAAGUAGGAGCUUCUUGCAUCUUCACCACAAGCUGAUGCAGGAUUUAGAGCGUAAAGGAGAAGAAAUCAACAUGCUUCUAACGAAAAUUAAAAAAUUCCUGAAUUCAUUGGAUGCCAAGCAGCGAUACGAUGUCGACACCAAGGUUGAAUCCUUACAAAAACACUGGAUAGAGAUAAAAGAUUAUGUUUUCAAACGAUACGAUUUGGUAUCAAUUUACAUAGAAUUCUUGGAAAAGGCUGAAAAACUCUCAGAAAUGUUUGAAUACGUCGAAAAGAAAUUGAAAGAAACACCAGAGGAACAAAAACUGACACAACUCGAAAGCGUAUGGGGUGAUAUUAAAGGAGCUUAUGGAAAUCUAAAGGCAAUUGGCCUAAGAUUUUUGAAUGUAAAAGUCGCGGACCCAUAUCUUGAGACAAAAACUGCGUGUUCACAUGUCGAAGAGAUUUUGAACAGUUUCAGUAAUCGUCAGUUCGAUAUAACCAGCAGCUGGGAAAAGUGGACGACAAAUAUCAUUGAAAAGCGCGAAGUUGAGAUUUUGUGGGAGAAAAUCAUGAAUGAAAAUAUUGAGAUACUAAAUCAGGCGACAAAACUCGAUGCACAACUGUACCCUGUCUUGACACCAGCGUCCAACGAUCCUGGUGACCUGCUCGAUCACACCAGGCGAAAGCUGAACGACGUGCUCCAAGACAUCGAACGGGCUCAAAAUGAGGUCCUUGAACGCAUUAACACCACUUCCAGCCUACAAACGAAUAAUACCGAAAUGGUUCAGAAAAUAGAACAAGUUGUAUCGAAUCUCAAACUAAUCAAGAACAAACUGGAGAAUGUGAAAGAUGACUACAGAACCCUUCUGGAACAAAUUAUCAAUUUUCUGGAUAACAUCAUUGCAGUUCGCCAAGCAAUCGAAAGAUAUUUCGAAGAAAAACAAAUAGUGUCCGGCGAUCGUGCGAAAAUUAAUCGUGACUUGGCCGAUCAUAAUGGUUUCCGUGAAAGCAUUAUGGAUAAAUUUAGAUUGCUGAACACACAAUGUGAGAAGCUGAUCGAACGUGUCCGCGUCUUGGAACCUCUAGGAGCCCGCGAACAUGAUGCAGAUCGCAUCAUAUCGUUGUUGGAGCAGCUACGUAUCGUCUUUGAAAACAACUACACCCGGAAAAUGUCAGACUUGGAAAAGUCGCAGAGACUCGCGAAAUUCAAUGAGGAAAUUAACGAGAUCAAUAGUAACUUGACCAAAGUGGGAAAGCAGUUGGACGAUAUCAAGGAACAACAGAUAGAUAACUCGGCAUCAGCUAAAACAACAUCGCUAGCGUUUGAGUACUUCGAACGAACGAUAGAGCUAUUGGAAAAACGAAUCGAAGAAUUUAUUAGAACAACAGAAAGUAUUUAUGCGACAUAUCCUGAAGCCAAAGAUGAAAUUGUUGGUGAAGUGGAAAUAUUACGUGAAAGGUGGACAACCUUUAAGGAUCAAGUGCGAUCAACGAGAUCAUUCUUGAAUGCAAGCUGUGAAUAUUUCAAAUAUUUGGAGGAGAUCAAUGAUGAAUACCGAGCUAUUCAUACAUUCUACAUCAAUACCUCCAACCGUAUACCAUAUCUUCAAAGUCCUGUGGAAACAUCAAACCUCGUCAAUGAUAUUGAAAAGUAUGUCAGCAGCCAUGAAGAGCCACAAAUGAAACGAUUGGAAAAUCUGAAAAACAGGUUCAGCGAUUUGCCUGGGAAAAAUCAGAUAACGACAAAGCAUUACGAACAGAACGUUGCGCUUUUCAAUUCCUUCAUCAAACUAAAAUCCGAUCUUAAUGUUGUCCUCGAGCGCCUGAAGAAUGAGGAACGAGAAAGAGAACAAAGGACUCGUGAAGAAAAAGAAAGGCUUGAACGUCUACAAAGGGAACUGGAGGAGAAAGAAAGGCUCAGAAAAGAACUGGAAGAACAAGAACGCCGCCGAAGGGAAAUCGAGGAGAAAGAAAGGCUUGAAAGACUCCAGCGCGAACUUGAAGAAAAAGAACGAUUGCGCAGGGAACUCGAAGAACAGGAGAGACAACGACGAGCUCUUGAAGAAGAGGAACGCCUUCGAAGAGAAUUCGAGGAAAAAGAGCGGCUACGCUUACAGCUAGAAGAAAAAGAACGAUUGCGAAAGGAGCUUGAAGAACAGGAACGUCGACGACGCGAUCUCGAAGAACAAGAACGAAUACGCAGGGAAUUCGAAGAGAAAGAGCGUCUUCAAAGAGAACUCGAAGAAAAAGAACGUCAACGUAGAGAACGCGAGGAGGAGGAACGUCGACGUCAGUAUCUUGCAGAACAAGAAGCCUUACGGAGGAAGAUCGAGGAAGAGGAGCGCUUGCUGAAACAACAUGAAGAGCAGGAGAGACUCCGAAGAGAGCGUGAGGAACAGGAUCGCAUCCGACGACAAGCUGAAGAGCAAGAACAACUUCGAAGACACAUUGAAGAACAGGCAAUCAUCAAAAGGCAAAUUGAAGAAAACCAAAGAAUUCAACAACAAAUCGAGGAAUCCCAACGGAAAAUUACUCAAAUCCAAACAAAAACUGAAAUCAAUGAGAUUCUCAAAACUGAGAUCAAAUAUUCUUCCCCAAUUUUCAUAAGACCACUCCAGGACAUCACAAUUCGGGAAGGUGAAAGAAUCACACUUCACUGCCAAGUGGUAGGCAGUCCUGAGCCUACAGUGGAGUGGUUCAAAGAUGGCAUUUCAAUACAAAACAAUCCAGAUUACCGAACCACCAACGAACAUGGCUUCUGCACUCUCUCAAUUGACGAAACAUUCACUGAAGACUCUGCAAGAUUCGUAUGCCGUGCCUCAAAUUUAGUUGGGACCGCAGAAACAACUGCAACCCUUUCUGUCAAAGAGCAAUACCAGCAAGUUAAUGACGGAAUGGUGCGCCCUACUAUCAUCAAAUAUUUAGAAGAUGCUGUAGCUCGCGAAGGAUCAACUUAUCAAUUCAAUUGUGUUGUGGCUGGAAACCCAUUGCCAACCGUACAAUGGUUCAAGGAUAACGUAUGCAUUGAUGAUUCCCAAUAUUAUCUGAUCACCUAUAACAAUGGUGAAGCUACCUUGAAGUUUGAAGAGGUAUUUCUUGAAGAUCAAGCGACUUAUACCUGUAAAGCAAGCAAUCCAGCUGGAUCUGCGGAAUGUUCGGCGAAACUAAUUGUUGAUCCUUUGGAACCCACAGAGCUGCCCAGCUUCAUUGUACCAUUGUCAAACGCAAUGGCCCGCGUUGGACAGAAGAUCAAGCUAGAGUGCGUUGUUGCUGGUAUACCAGCUCCCGAGAUCUUUUGGUUGCACAAUGGAAAACCCUACGUUGGACGCGAAGUGAAAUACGAAGGCGAUCGUGCUACGUUAAUUAUCCCCGAAGCGUAUCCAAAAGACGCUGGUGUAUACCUGGUUACCGCGAAAAAUAUAGCUGGCGAAGCGUACAGUACGUGUAACGUGAGUGUUAAGGGUCGUCUACCAAAUGAAACAUCCGAUUCGGAAAUGGCAAGUGAUAUGGAACCCAUCAAGCCUUCAGUGCAGCUUUCUUUGAAGGAUGUAUCUGUUUUCGAAGGGAAAUCUGUAAGAUUGGAUUGUGUGAUUGUCGGACAACCAGAGCCUGAAGUGAUUUGGUAUCACAAUGAUCGUCCUGUGAAAGAAUCUGCCGACGUUCAGUUGCUUUUCCAAGGUGAUCGGUGCUCGUUGGUUAUUCAGGAAGCCUAUCUGGAAGAUGCUGGAGCCUACAAGGUGGUGGCAAUUAACUCAGCAGGAGAGGCUUCAAGCAGCUGUAAUUUAUCUGUAACCCCUCUUAAUAUAGCCGAGCACGCAACACGUACUCAAGUUGAAAGACUAAUCCCUGUUGAGUCACCACCGAAGUUCGAAAAAUUCUUAACAGAUGUGCUUGCCAACGAAGGUGAAACUGUCGAACUAGAGUGCUCAGUCAUCGGUGACUCGCCCCUCACUGCCAAAUGGUAUCUGAACAACAGAGAACUAUACGAAACUGAUCGCAUCAAAAGCAAAUGUGAGCCAGGAGGUGUGUUCAAAUUAAUCAUUUCAAAUGUGAAUGCUGACGACAAAGGUGUCUACACAGUGAAAGUGUCCAACUCAUCAGGUGAUGCAAAAUGUUUCUCACACUUAAUUGUGAAGAGUGUCAAUGCUCCAGACAGUCAGCAGCGACCACCUCAACUCGAACCUGAAGAAAAGUUCAUCUGCCCAACGUUCAAAGAGCUAUUUUCAGAUCGAAAUGCUCAUCUCGAUGACACGGUUAAGUUCGAAUGUAUCGUAGUGGGAAAACCCACACCGAAAAUUCGUUGGUAUUUCAACGAUCUGCCCGUUCACGGAAAACAUUUCUUGGUGUCGACGAGUGGUGAUCGUCAGGUACUUACUGUACAAGCAGCGUGUCCAGAAACUGUGGGAAAAAUUGCCUGUAUUGCGGAAAACGAAAUCGGGAAAGCAACUUGCGUCGCAAAUCUUGGACUAAUCGGUCAACCAGUCGGUGUCCAACAGCAACAACCAUCCUCAAGAGCGAAUGUUCAAAGCAUCACCGAAGAGCAUAAUACGGAUUCAUCCCUCGUUACCAUCAAAAAACAAAUGUUCACAACAACCUCAACAUCUCAGAUUAGCACCGUCCAAAACGGUCUUCCCCAAACUCAACUGCACGAGACAGUCCAAAGGGUUGACAAAGACUUCAAACAAUUUGGCGAACAAAAACCAGAAAUUGUUGAGUCCCAUCAAUAUCAGGAGUUCAGAACCAAAGACUCUGCACCGGUGGCCAUUCAACAGAAGUCAAUUGUGGUAGUGCAAAAAUCAGGUGAUGAAAUGGAACCACCCCCACACAAAAUUGUCAGGAAACAGAUUGCCCCCCGAUUUAUGAGUCCAUUGGUCGGGAAAAUUGUGGAUCAAGGUGCAGACGUUCACUUGGAAGCUAUAUAUGAUGGAUUCCCCUCGCCCGAGAUUAAAGUUCAAAAGAACGGUGAGGACCUUUUCGACACAGACAGGGUGAAGAUUCUCAAGGAAUUGAAUAAAGUUAAAAUCAAUUUGAGCGGGGUUGGAGUACGAGAUGCUGGACGAUAUUCAAUUACCGUCACAAAUGCAGCUGGCAGCUCGACAAGCACAGCGGAUGUGGUCGUCAAAAAAACUAUUUUCCCGCCAGUAUUUGGUCAUCGACUUCAAGCGCAAGUUGCAAAACGUGGUGAACGUGUCAUCAUGGAUGUAGAAGUCACAGGAACACCAGAUCCAACGAUAACCUGGUAUAAGGAUAACAAACCUCUGAAGGAAGUAAUGAGAUCCCCGUAUAAACUUAAAGAUGAAGGAAACAGCCACACGCUCGUAAUCGAAAAAGUUCAAACAGCUGAUUCUGGAAAGUACAUGGUGAAGGCGACCAAUGCAGGGGGUGAAGCUCAAAGUAUUGCUGACUUUGCUGUUCUUGAGCCAACCCCAGAAAGAAUGGUUGAAGUUGUUAAAACAGUUGUCUAUGAUGACAUGAAGGAUUUCAAACAAGAGACAUCAAAACCCGAGUCUAGUUCUUUUCACACGAAAAGUGUUGAAACAUCAACAAAGAGUGACUCGCAUGGAUCUAGUGAAUCAACGAUUAUAACAGAACAUCGUUGCACAACUGAGGCCACAAUGCGAAUGGAGCACAAACCUUCAUUCUUAGAUCUCCCAGUACUAUCAAAACCGGUCCCGAAACCUCCAACUAGCGACCAUGAGUCCAAAUCGGUCUCAGUCAACACAGAUAUAGUGCAGUCAAAGUUUGGCACAACGCAAACUAUGCCUCAACCACCACCAAAGUCAACAGAUGAAAGUAGUUCUAUCGAAACUUCAUCAAUAACGAAAAAAUCAGCUUUUGAAUACUUCAAAAGUAUACAAAGUGAACCAGUUCCGGUAACUGAAGAGAAGUACACAAGGUUUGAAGACAUUAAAAAACCAUCUUCGUUACCUCCUGCACAUCCUAUCAAACCGACUCCUCCACCAGAAAGACCACCUACCAUGAAGGAGAAUUUGCCGAAAUUUGAUCUAACUCCAGGAGCUCCACCGGAAUAUGGAUUCAUUCCAAAACCUGAAACUGUCAAGACUAUAGAUCAUUUGACAGAUAGGAUCAAGAAGUUGGAAGAAUCUCAGAAGACCAAUAUAGAUGUUCCUAGUGGUGGAAUCAAAACUCUUCCUGAAAUUAACAGGCGUGAAGAGCAUACAAUGUACUCGAAGGAAUCCACUUAUGAGUUUAGUUCAGCCCCAAUUUAUCGCCCUCAAGCGGCUCUCCCUACUCCCACAAUAUCAGGUGAUCGUUCACCAUCACCAAAACCAUCUGCUGAAGGUGUUGCUAUGGAAAAGUUGUGGGCAUCACCGAAACCAUUUGAAAAUGAGAAAAUCCAUUUGGAACGAGAUCAGGAUUCACAAGGACGAAAGCAGUUCUCUUGUACUGAGUCUGAUAACGAGUAUCAACAUACUGAGGAGAGUAUGCGAAGCAGCUCGAUCAAAGAAACAAAACAAAUAUUCGAGGAAAAAAUUAAGCAAGCAUCCAAAGAGGAAGAACUUAAAGCUCCGGCUUUAGUUAAACAAUACUGUCCACCCCCACCAGAGCCACCAAAACCUAUACCAGAAACAUUGUUGGACAUUAAAUUGGAGCCUGGUCCACCACCAGAAAUAUGUUACGCACCAAAACCAGUGCUAGAACGCAAGCAAUCUCUUGUUGAAACCAUCGAACAAAAACUAGAAAAGGAUCUUGAAAAGGAGCCGGCCAAAGUUCUACCUCAUUCGGUACGCAUUAUACCUCCCCCCAAACGUGAAGUUCCCCCGCCAUUACCCCCCAAAGAUUUCGAUAGUCCCAUCCCGACAACCACAGAAAAACGUUUCGAGGAAGUCAAAUUCCAAUCUGAAGUUCAUCGUGUAUCUAAACCUCCCCCACCCACAGUCCCUCCCAAAUUAGCUAAAGGUGAAUAUUAUGAAAGCGAUUACGAAAGCGACAAAUGGAAGUUUAGUGAAAGCGAAUCAGAUGAGCCCGCCUACCGUUCAGUUAAACCUCCACAAUUCACAUCACAUCCCCCAUCAGCAGUAAGUCAUGUACCAAAACCAUUUGUAUCUGGAAUUCAACCACAACCAGUUGCUUGUGAGAUUCCCAAGCCCAAGCCGAUAAGUGGUUAUAUUGCCGACACAGAGGAGUCUGCAUAUCGCAAAUCUGAAUAUCAUCAGUCAUCAUCCGUACAAACUAGCAAAAAAAUGUAUGAAUCAUAUCAGCAACAAUCGGAACCCUUGCCUGCAAAAUUCUAUAGACAUCAUCAAAUUCGAAGCUCCUAUCCUGAUGAACCAGUCCAAAUGUUUCCGAAGGAUUAUUCCGCAUCAUCGUUCACCAGAAACAUAUCAAUGACAACGAAAAAUUUGAAAGAAGUAAAAGAAGAAGAACCCCAACUAGAACCGUUCCCAUUCAAGCCAGACCCUCCACGACCGAGACCUGCCAAAGUACCACCACCACCUAGUCCGUCCAAAUUCAUUAAAGGGGAAUUUCGUGAAAGCGACUACGGUAGCGACUAUGAAGAAAAGAUUCCACCCAUUUGGAAACCAUACGAUUCAGAUUCAUCGGAACCGAAAGGGUAUCGGCCCAUUCGUCCUCUACUAACACCAACUGGUAGACGAUCUGCCCAGUCAGCUAGCGGUGAAUCACCAAUCCCGCCAACACAAUUCGAUAAUCCUCCCAAAUUUGACGGACCCCCACGUCCAAAGUUUGAGCCAAUUAAGAAUGAACAGCCAGUCACCAGUCAACCCCAGUCACAAGUUUAUAAACCAAAACCAGUUCAAGCGAGGUUCGUUCCAACUCAACAGCAGCCAACACCGCAACAACGUCCUAAUUAUACCACACAAUACUAUACCGCCAUAGCUGGUACUCCACUUCACAAUGCCUCGAUGGCCACAGAAACUAGAAAAACUGUGCAAAUGAGAGAAUCUAAUGAAACGUGCAAUCGUGUAGUGAACAUGUCACAAACCCAUCGUGUUAUCCAUUUCGACAACAAGAAAUCUAGUCAAGAACCUCCAUUGGAACCCUUCCCAUACACGGCGAGUCCAACAUUUACUUCACCAAGACCGCGAGUACAACUGCCAACACCUACCAAAUUCGUUCCCGGUGAAUUUCGUGAUAGCGACUUUGAAAAUGAAGUCGAUAACGUCCGCAUUCGUCCCGUUUGGACACCAAAUCCCUCCGACUCAGAGGAACCCCAGUAUCGUCGAGUGAAUCCACCUCGUCCAUCACGAUCGUCUAGUCUGCCAAGAACCUAUGGGCGUGUCCUAACUCCAAUGGAAUUCGAUACAUAUCCUCCUGAAAUGCCAGGCAAAAGCCCAACUGAAUCGGCUCAGUCCUACUAUACCAAUCAGUCCUUCAAGUCGAAUACUAUGCAAAAUUACUCCACACAAAGGACAUACGAAACACGAACAACUCGGGACGAUAUGAAUCUCAAAGUAGGCUCGCCCCCCAAAUACAACUAUACAAGUCAAGUGAAUCAUCAAAUGAAGGAUUUCGGAUCGACACUUCGAUCUAAAUCCAACAAAUUCGUGGAGAGUAUUUCCAAUGACCUCAAGAGCACUCAUUCAGUUCGACCAGGAUUCAAGCGUGCCCCAAGUGAAGGUGACAAUAAGCCACAGGCAUAUCGCGAGGAAAGUCGUGUGUCACAAUACGGCACUAAACACAUCGAUCCCGACACUGGGUUGGUCUAUUUCAAAUAUGACUUUGGCUAUGAAUUUGGCAUAAUCUUUCCUGGUGAAGGCAAAAAGAUAAUUGGUGGUUCACAAAGUAAAUCAUUAAACGAAUCCUUCGGUUCUAAGGCCGCAGCGAUACGUAAUCUCAAAGGUGACAUAGUAAUACCUGUUCAACAUGAGCGCACCUCAUCAUCGCGUAGUGUCAGUCGUCAAAAUGGAUUCACAUCGGAGGGUGAAUUCUCCGAACCUGAAUAUGAUGGGCAUGCAAAGAAACGCUUCAGUUUGCCCCUCGAUAUCAAUGUUGACCGUUUACAUGCAUCUGACGCGAAUAACUUGAUUUCACGAAAACCAGUGGCGGAAAAUAAUUCGACGGUACCAGUGAAUGCACAUUUGCUACGCGAAGAUCGUCCUAAACGACCACCGAUUUUCAUAACACCACUAAAAGAUAUUGCGGUUGUUAUGGGCCAAACAGCUCGAUUUGAAUGUAUUGUCCAAUGUGAUCCACAUCCCCAGAUUACAUGGGCAAAGAAUGGUUUUCCACUUCAGCCCAGUAACAAACAUGUUAUAGAAUUCCGCAAUGGUGUUUGUCGUUUAACAAUACCAGAAGCUUAUCCAGAUGAUGCUGCAACCUAUACUUGCCAAGGAGUAAACGAAUUAGGAUCAGCAACAACAUCAGCGGAUCUACUAGUUCCUGGAAAUAAAUGCGGUAUUCGAUAUUAUGAUGCGACCCACGAAGAUCAGGAAAAGAAGAUGACCUUUACAACAGUUCAUUUGGAGCCAGUACAGCGUAAAUUGCAAGCGAAUGUAAUCAAUACGACACAGAAAUGGGAAACCACAGUCGAGUCAUGUUACAUAAUGCAUCGACAAAAUUCAAAUCCGAACCCGUCACAGGGUACGGUUCAAAAUGCCUCUCAGCAAUUCAUCAGCCAGGAACAAUACCAACAACAACAACAGUUCCAGCAACAGCAGCAAAUCCAGCAGCAAAGGAUUAGCCGCACUGAGCACCAUGUGCGGAGUCAAGUUACGACCCAGCAAAGAGUUCAUGGUGUACAAGGACAAGGUGGUAUGAUCCAAAUGCAACCGCAAACACACAUAUAUCAACAAGGAGAUAUAAGUCCACCUGUAUUUGAACGAAUUUUCAAAAAUGCACGGUUUGCACAGGGUGGAAAUGCUCUAUUCGAAGGACGACUUCGAGGCAAUCCCAAACCAGUGGUAAACUGGACUCGAAAAGGCGCACCACUUCUCGAGUCACAGAAGUACCAUAUGAGUUACAAUGAAACAACUGGAGAUAUUUCCUUGUUAAUCAAUCAAAUUGGACCAGGAGAUGAAGGCGAAUAUACUUGCACUGCUCGCAAUCAAUAUGGCGAGGCCAUCUGCUCCGUCUUCAUUCAACCUGAAGGGCAACCUAUGCCACAAAUACAACCGAUACCACAAUAUGAUAAAUCUUUGUACACAAAUGGAUACUCUUACACAUCUGUCGAGGAGGAAUUCCGUGUAGACACAUUUGAAUAUCGUCUAUUGCGCGAAGUUUCUUAUCGUGAAUCGAUCACGCGUCGUUCAUCAUACGAAUCAGAUUUCAAACUUAGUACUGAAAUAGAUCGUAGCUUAGGACCAGCUCAUCCACCACAAAUACAGACGAAACAACGAAAUACAAAACUUAUUGAAGGUUCAGAUGCUCUAUUCACAGCCAAGGUAUCUUCGAACCCACGCCCACGCUUGACAUGGUUCCAUAAUGGGCAACGUAUCAUCCCAUCUAGUAAACAUGAUAUUAGCUACUCGAAUAAUAUGGCAACGCUGCGCGUCCGCAAUGCCAAUUCUCAGGAUGCAGGACAUUACACAAUGCUAGCAGAAAACACCCAAGGAUGUGUGGUUUCUUCAGCAGUGCUAGCUGUUGAGCCAGCACAGGAAGUUCCUGGUCAUGAACCACGACCAGUUGACACAACCGCUGAACAGGCCGAAGCUGGCAAGGCUCUCCCACCGGUAUUUACCAAAGCCUUCCAGGAUCGGGAAGCGACCGAAUCAAAAAUGGCGCGCUUCGAUUGUCGCGUCACAGGUCGUCCAUACCCAGAAGUCAUCUGGCUUAUCAACGGUCGUCAAAUUCAUGACGAUGCUACCCAUAAGAUCCUUGUCAACGAAACAGGUAGUCAUUCUCUUAUGAUCACCAACGUUAGCCGCAACGAUGCAGGCGCAAUACAAUGUUUAGCUAGAAAUAAAGCAGGCGACGCCGCCAUCCAAGCUAAUCUAACAGUUUUGGAAAAGGAGCAAAUUGUAGCGCCCAAAUUCGUACAACGCUUCACCACGGUUAACGUUAGAGAAGGUGAGCCUGUCACGCUUUCGGCCCGGGCUGUUGGAACACCAAUCCCAAGAAUUACUUGGCAGAAGGAUGGAGUGCAAAUCUCAUCCAGCAAUGAUGUUUACAUUGGAGUAGAUGGUGGCGCGACUGCCCUAGAAAUUCCAAGGGCUCGUGCCUCCGAUUCGGGAUGGUAUCAGUGUACAGCACAGAACGUAGCCGGAUCGACUGCUACCCGUGCUCGCCUCCACGUCGAGACUCCGAAAACACCGGUUCAGGAACAAAGACGUCUUCACUUCCCCCGACCAACUAAAAUUAUCGAACCAGAACCUGCCCCAGGACCAGAAAUUAUUUAUCUGCGUCAUGUAGAACGCGCUAAACCACACUUGCGUCCAGGCGAAGAAGAUCGUGUCUAUCCUCCACCACAGUUCAUUAUCCCAUUGAGAGAUGUGAAUCAAUAUGAAGGUGGAAAGAUCCACCUGGAAGCUCGUAUUGAACCAGUUGGAGAUCCUUCUAUGGUUGUUGAGUGGUUCUUCAAUGGGAAACCAAUGAGAGCAAGUUCCCGAGUCACUUCGAUUUUCAAAUUUGGCUUCAUUGCACUUGAUAUGAUUGGCACGAUCACCGAGGAUAGUGGUGAAUACGUUUGUCGCGUAUCAAACGCCAAGGGUGUUGCAGAGUCACGUUCAAUCGUGAACAUCAUACAACGUGAAUCCAUUGAAAAAUCUUCUCAACACCCCGAGAGCUUGCAAUAUAUUCAGCAGCUGGAGGACUAUUCAAAAUACCAGCGCCAAGAGAGCAUGGAGGAAUCAACCAAUCAAAAACCAGUCUUCAUUCGCCCACUCCAAGAUCAGGGUGAACUUGAAGAAGGACGUAAUGCUCAUUUCGAGGCUCAACUUACACCAGUCAGCGAUCCAACAAUGCGUGUUGAAUGGUACAAAGAUGGUCGCCCAAUAACAGCUAGUUCGCGAAUCACUGCAAUCUUCAACUUCGGCUAUGUCUCCCUUAACAUCCUGCACCUACGGGCUGAAGAUGCUGGUUCGUACACUGUUCGAGCUGUUAAUCGACUUGGCGAAGCGAUAAGUACCGCGACAAUGCGCAUCAGAAUUAAGAGCACUGUCACUGGUGAUUUAGAGAUCCCAGAACAACAACGUUACAUUGAGAAAGUUGAAGAGCUUGAAGCCUAUCAAAAGUCACAGCGAGGCAAAUACGUCCAGGAGAUUCCUGAAAGCACUCAACCUCCUGAGUUCAAAACACCAAUCAAAGAUCAACUGAACAUUAAGGAAGGUGGUUAUGCCCACUUUGAAGCUCGCUUGGAACCAGUUGGUGAUACCACCAUGCGUAUUGAAUGGCUAAAGGACGGACGUCCACUUGAAGCCAGCUCCCGAAGCACAACAUUCUUUAACUUCGGAUACGUGGCACUUACUAUUAAACAAGUCACUAUCCACGAUGUUGGUGUAUAUUCGUGCCGUGCCUACAAUGCAAUGGGGCAGGCGACGACAAGUGCUAAUUUGAGCGUUGUCACAAAGAAGGAUAUCCAAUACGAUUCACAACAUCCAGGAGGAUUGCAGAAGAUUCACCACUUGGAGGAUACGUCACGAUACACCAAAUCAACGGAGGAAGAAACGCGCGUUACCCAGAAACCUCGGUUCUUGGGACCAAUGAAGGGAACUAAUCGUAUCCUGGAAGGCCAACGUGCUCACUUUGAAGCACGUGUCGAACCCCAGAAUGAUCUUACAAUGAAGAUUGAAUGGUAUCAUAAUGGACAACCAAUCAUGCCAGCGAACCGUAUCCAAACUUACUACGAUUUCGGAUACGUAGCACUUGAUAUCUCAGCCGUUCGCGCUGAAGACGCUGGCCAAUAUACAGUUGUAGCUAGAAACAGUUUGGGUGAAGCACAGUUGUCUGCAACGAUGAUAGUAGAAACUCGUUCUAGCAUAGAUACCUCUAGCAUGCAUAGAGGUACCUACGAAAAAACCCGAAAACUGGAAGACUCGAAAUUUGUCGAGCCGCAAUAUGAUAUUGAGGAAAUUUCAAAAUCAAAACCAAUAUUUGUCGUACCCCUUUCGGAUCCUCAACCAAUGCAUGAAGGAAGAAACAUCCACUUGGAAUGCAGAUUAGAACCAAUGGGCGAUCCAACCAUGCGUGUCGAAUGGUUCCACAAUGGUCGUCCAAUCACAGUCGGAUCAAGGUUCCGCACUUACUAUGAUUUCGGAUUUGUCGCUUUAGACAUCAUCCAAACCACCGCAUUAGAUUCAGGAGAAUACACAGUUCGCGCAACCAAUCACUUGGGAUCUGCCCAUACUUCGGCUUGUGUUCGCAUAAUUAGCCGCUCAGACGUAGUUACUGAAACCCAAAACGAACAAUCUAUGGAACAGAUCCAAAUGUUGGAAGACUCAAGCAGACGUCGCCAACAGGUUACUGAGGACAUCACUGUCAUGCAAGCACCUCAGUUUACUCGACCUCUACAUAAUAUUGAAACGGUUGAAGGGACAAACGUUCAUCUUGAAUGCCGUUUGCAACCAGUAGGUGAUCCUACAAUGAGAAUUGAAUGGUUGGUCAACGGUAAUCCCGUGAAAACUGGACAUCGCUUCCGACCUGCUUAUGAGUUCGACUAUGUAGCUCUAGAUUUGCUUGGCGUUUACGCUGCAGAUUCAGGUGUCUACACCUGUCAAGCAAUGAAUCAACUUGGCGAAGCCGUAACAUCAUGCUCAGUACGUAUCAUUGCCAAGAAGGACCUUAUCCUUGAGACCCAACACCCAUCGGGUCUGGAAAAAAUUCAAUAUCUGGAAGAUACCUCCCGUUAUAAGCGAACUGAAUUUGUAGAUGAGCUUGUUAAUAUCAAGCCUAGAUUUUUAACUCAUCCAAAAAGUCUAACCAACAUGCGGGAGGGUAGACACGCCCACUUUGAGUGCAAGAUUGAACCAGUUACAGAUUCUAAUCUGAAGGUAGAAUGGUACAAAAAUGGCCACCCAAUCACCGUCGGUCACCGAUUCAGACCAAUUCAUGAUUUCGGAUAUGUAGCUCUGGAUAUAAUCGACUUGAUUGCUGAGGACUCCGGUACUUACACCUGCCGUGCCGUCAAUCUCGUUGGAUCGGACGAAACUAGCUGCGACCUUGUUUGCCGAAGUGGUGAACAAAUCUUAACAGUUACUCAAAACGAAGCCGGUCUAGAGCAGAUCCAUUAUCUAGAAGACAAAUCGAAGUAUCGACGCAUCGAAGAAAUUGAUGAAACUACCAAGCAAGCGCCAAUUUUCACCACAUCGUUGAAAAAUGUUGAAAUCAAAGAAGGUCAACGUGCCCACUUCGAAUGUCGCCUGAUUCCAGUGUCAGAUCCAACUAUGAAAGUCGAAUGGUAUCAUAACAACGCCCCACUUAAAUCGGGCUCGCGUUUCACUGAAACAAACAACUUUGGAUUUGUAGCCUUGGACAUAAUGUCGUGCCUACCAGAAGAUGCAGGCACGUAUACUUGCCGUGCACUGAACGCAUUAGGAGAAGCUGUAACAUCAGCUAUUGCAGUAGUACAUACCAAAAAAUCCAUCUAUCUGGAAUCCCAGCACGAAAGUGCUCUCCAAAGCUUACAUCGUUUGGAAGAUACUUCCAGAUACCAACGCGAAAGUGUUCAAGAAGAAAUUAUUACUCAAGCUCCAGUCUUUACCAUGCCAGUACGCGACAUCAAAGUCGCUGAGAAUCAAGCCGUUCAUUUUGAAGCUCGGUUGAUCCCAGUCGGAGAUCCCAAACUCAAAGUUGAAUGGCUACGAAAUGGUGUACCAAUUCAGGCAUCGAAUCGUGUCACAACAAUGCAUGACUUCGGCUAUGUUGCCUUGAAUAUGAAAUACGUGAACCCAGAAGAUUCCGGAACUUACACUUGCCGAGCCAUCAAUGAAUUGGGUCAAGCUGUAACCUCCGCCGCCUUGAUUGUCCAAUCUAAGGCAGCCUUGCAGCUUGAAACGCAACACGAGACAGCUUUGCAGAAAAUCCAUCAACUCGAAGAUCAUACUCGCUAUCAACGGCGAGAAGAAGAGGAAUUAGAGGUCACGCAACCACCUCGCUUCAUCACCCAAUUGACAGGUCCUACAAAUCUUGUAGAAGGUCAAAGCGCGCAUUACGAAUGCCGUAUUGAACCAUAUCCUGAUCCAAACCUUAAGGUUGAAUGGUUCCAUAAUGGAAAGCCCCUCACUACGGGACACAGGUUCCGCACGUCAUAUGACUUCGGCUUUGCAGCCUUGGAUGUUCUUACCGUCUACGGCGAAGAUAGCGGCGAAUACACUUGCCGCGUAACAAACCGUAUUGGACAAGCUCAAUCUUCGAUUCGUUUGAAUGUCCAAACUAGAUCAGGAAUUGUUCACGAUACUUUACAUGAAGGAGCUAUGGAAAAACUUAGCUAUCUUGAAGAUGAAUCUCGCUUCAAGCGAAAGCCUGAGGAAGACCAAUACAUCGCAGAACGACCCCAAUUUGGCAGACCACUUCGUAAUGCUGCCGCUCCAGAAGGACAACCAAUUCACUUGGAGGCAACUCUUACGCCAGUUAAUGACCCAACUAUGCGCGUAGAAUGGUAUUGCAAUGGACGCCCAAUCCAAACUGGACACCGUUUCAAGACAACCUACGACUUCGGUUUUGUGGCUCUUGAUAUUUUGUACGCCCACGCUGAAGACACUGGCACGUACAUGUGCAAAGCAAAGAACGCUGUAGGCGAAGCUGUGACAACAUGCGCAGUAAAUGUUUCAGCCAACGCUGGGUUGUAUUUGGACACAUUGGACGAACAACGAUUGCAGAAGAUUCGACAAUUAGAAAGCUAUGAACGGCCAAAAUCACCUGAAAAGGAAGUCCCUGGUCAAAAGCCUGUGUUCUUGACCCCAUUGACAAGCUUGGAACACUUGAAGGAAGGUGACCACGCCCAUCUUGAAUGUCGCGUAGAACCCAUCAAUGAUCCUAAUUUGAAGAUCGAAUGGUUCGUCAAUGGAAAAGCUAUCCGUGCAGGACAUCGUUUCAGGACAACACAUGAUUUCGGAUACGUUGCUCUGGAUGUACUUUACGUGUACGGCGAAGAUACAGGAACGUACAUGUGCCGGGCAACUAACCUUCUUGGUGAAGCUGUCAACACUUGCAACAUUCGUUGCUUGAAUAGGCGCAGUAUCAUCCUCGAUACACAACAUCCAGAUGGUCUUGAGAAGAUUCAAAAACUUGAAGCUAAAGCUGCACCAGCUCGUGCUGAACCACAAGAUCAGCCAAUCAGUCCACCCAGCUUUAUCACUGAACUCCGUGGAACCACUGAAAUUUAUGAAGGUGAAACCGCUCACUUUGAAGCUCAAGUCACACCCGUUCAUGAUCCAAACUUACGCAUCGAAUUCUAUCAUAAUGGAAAGCCAUUGCCUUCGGCCGCUCGUUUCCAUAUCACGUUUGACUUCGGAUACGUUGCACUUGAUAUCACACAUGCCGUACCCGAAGAUGCUGGCGAGUAUUCUGUCCGUGCUGUAAAUGCUCUUGGACAAUGCGUCUCAUCAAUCAACUUGAGAGUGAUUGCCAAGGGCAGCAUCAUUUCCGAACCUCAACAUCCUGAAGGUUUAGAGAAGAUCAGACAAUUGGAACAAGCUCAACCUCAUAGGCGACCUGAAGUUGCCGAACCAAUCACUCGACAACGACCAGUGUUCACACAACCGCUUCAAAAUAUUGACUACAUUGCAGAAGGACAGACUGCGCACUUUGAGUGCAGAUUGAUCCCUGUUGGUGAUCCAACACUUAAGGUUGAAUGGUUCCGAAAUGAGAAACCAAUUGAGGAUAGCUCACGUAUUACCAAACAACAUGAGUUCGGAUAUGUAUCCAUGGAUAUUCAACACAUCCGCGAAGAAGACGAAGGAGUCUACAUGUGCCGCGCAACUAAUCCACUUGGUGAAGCUGUAACCACAGCUUCAAUGCGUGUAGUGACCAAGGCAAGCAUUCAAUUAGAUACCCAACAUCCAGAAGGUAUGCGUAGGAUUCAACAGCUAGAAGCUCCUACCGCACCUCGUCCAGAAGAACCUGAACGCGAAUUCGGAAAACCAGUAUUUACUCAACUUCUCACUGGACCAUCAGAACUAUGGGAAGGUCAGCACGCCCACUUCGAGGCACGCGUAGUCCCAGUUGGAGAUCCAACUAUGCGUUUCGAAUGGUAUGUAAACGGAGUAGAAUUGAAAAUGGGUUCAAGAUUCCGAACCACUCAUGACUUUGGAUUCGUCACCUUGGACAUCAAUUCAGUAGUAACCAACGAUAGUGGUGUCUACAUGUGCAAGGCUAUCAACAAAUCAGGCGAGGCAGUCUCUUCAGUUGCCAUGAAAGUUAAGCCAAAAUCUGCGAUCUCAGGAGAGCCUUUGCUCCCUGAAUCGUGGGAGAAGAUCCAAUUGAAGGAGGCUGAAAUGAACCGUGUCCCAGAAAUGUUUGUUGACACAACACCACAACAAGCUCCAGUAUUCACUACUCAUUUGCAAAGUUAUGACAAACUGGUUGAAGGCCAAUAUAUUUUAUUGGAAGCUCAAGUGGAACCCCGUGCUGAUCCCAACUUGCGCAUUGAAUGGUUCAAAAAUGGUAUCAGUUUAACAACAGGUGCUCGCAUCAAGAGCACAUUCGACUUUGGUCAUGUUACCCUGUCCAUUAACGGAUUGAGAGAUGACGACUCUGCUAUCUAUACCUGCAAGGCCACCAAUCUACUUGGUGAGGCCGUUUCAACCAGCAGCUUGAAAAUUCAAGACAAGCAUUGGCUGUUGGGUGAGAGUCUCCAUCCGGAUGCACUUCCACGUAUCGAUCAAUUGGAGCAACCACGCAUUGUACCUAAGGAGAUUUCUGAACCUGUUUACGAAUCACCGGUAUUCAUCACUCACUUGAACAACAUCGAGUGCAAAGAAGGUGACAAUUGUCACUUUGAAUGCAAUGUUGAACCAUCUAAAGAUCCUACUAUGCAAAUUGAAUGGUUCAGAAACGGAAAACCAUUGGAAGCUGCUGCCAAAUUCAAGAGCACUUAUGACUUCGGCUACUGUGCAUUAGAUCUGACGCACGCUUAUGCUGAAGACUCUGCGCUGUAUACAUGCAAAGCAACUAACAGCAAGGGCACAGCCUCAACUUCAGGAACAUUGAAAUGCACAAGUGCAGCAACCAUGUUCUUGGAUACGCAACAUCCUCAAGGACAAGCAGGUUUCGAGAAGAUCCAAGAGACUGAUCAAGCACUCCAGGAUAGAUACAAACCAACUAGUGAGAAGCCUGAAACAAUAUAUCCAAAACCAGUCUGGAUUGUUCCUCUCCAACCGGAAUUCCGUUUAUCUGAAACUCAACCCCUUCACUUGGAAGGCACAGUUGAACCUAAAGAAGAUCCUAAUCUUAAGAUUGAAUGGUACUUCAAUGGUAAGGUCUUGCAACAUGGAUCACGCUUUAAGAUGUCCAAUGAAUUCGGCUUCGUUACACUUGAUCUUAUUGAAGUGUAUGAACGUGACCAAGGUACUUAUACAUGCAAGGCGUACAAUAAGGCCGGAGAAGCAUUCACUUCCACAACCGUUUUCUGCAUUGGAAAGGAAGGUAUCAUCGAACAAACCCAACAUCCAAAAGGAGCCGAAGGUCUUGAAGGCAUUCAAAACCUCGAAGAAUCUCUUCGCCGCCACGAGCUGAAACCAGAAGAACCUGAUUCAGGAAUGGCACCACGCUUCACUACCGAAUUCACAUCAAUAUAUGACAUUGGAGAAGGAGAGGUUGCUCACUUCGAAGCAACUCUUGUACCUACAGGAGAUCAAACAAUGGUCAUUGAAUGGUUCUACAAUGGAAAGACAUUGGCCGCUAGCCACAGAUAUCGCACAGUUUAUGCCUUCGGAAUGGUUGUCCUGGAAGUUCUUGGAACUAAGAUCGAAGACUCCGGAACUUACAGCUGUCGCGCUACUAACAAAUGGGGUCAAGCCGAGAUUAGUGUUACUCUAGGAUGUGUCGAUAAAACUAAAGGUCAAAAACCAAGAUUUAUCACUCACAUUCAAAAUCUCUCAGGACUCAAAGACGGCCAAUCAGCUCACUUUGAAUGCACGCUCGUCCCUGUCAACGAUCCAGAUAUGAAGGUUGAAUGGUUCCACAAUGGAAAGCCACUUCGUCACUCCACACGUAUCAAGCCAGUAUCUGACUUCGGCUAUGUAGUCCUAGAUAUUGCAUACGUUCAGAGCCAUGACAGUGGUGAAUAUGUCUGCCGAGCAUCAAACAAAUACGGCGAAGACUUUACCAAGGCAUCACUUCAAUGCUUUGGAAAAGGUGGUGUAUACCUCGACAGUUUACAACCAGAUUCAUUGCCUAAGAUCCGAGAACUGGAGCGACCAACUACCAGCCAAACAGCUGGACCACCAACACCCGUCGCUGAACCACCUAAAUUCAUCACUCAAAUUCAAGAUAUCACCAGAUUGGUGGAAGGACAAAGUGCUCACUUUGAGGCUCGUCUUACGCCAGUGACUGACCCAGAUCUUAAAGUGGAAUGGUUCUAUAAUGGAACCAAGCUUCCACAUGGACACAGAUAUCGCACUUUCCACGACUUUGGAAUUGUUAUCCUUGACAUUCUCUACUGCUAUGAAGAGAAUUCGGGUGUGUACGAAUGUCGCGCGACCAAUAAAUACGGCAUGGACUCUACCAAGGCUACAAUGAAAUGUAUAUCAAAGGCGAACUUAAUCCUGGACUCGCAACUACCGCGAGGCAUGGAAGGAGGUUUGGAAAAGAUCCAAACACUGGAAGAUUCUCUUGUAAGAACACGAGAUGAACGCGUCGAGGAGACUAAAGGAAAGGCUCCUAUGUUUACUGUUCCCUUGUCUAAUGUUGACAAUUUACGCGAAGGUGAAAAUGUCCACUUCGAAGCACGUCUUAUCCCAACUGACGACCCGAAAUUGAAAGUCGAAUGGUUCUGGAAUGGUAAACCACUUAAAGCAGGCUCCCGAUUCCGUACAUUCUGCGAUUUUGGAUUUGUUAUUUUGGAAAUCUCCCCGGUAUAUCCUGAAGAUUCAGGUGAAUACUCUUGCCGUGCUACAAAUGAAUAUGGUGAAGCUGUAACAACAGCUACUAUGAGAGUACAAGGCAAGCGCAGCAUCAUCCUUGAAUCGCAAUUACCAAAGGGAAUGGAAGGAACUAUUGACCGUAUUGCAGAGCUCGAGGGUCUUGGCGUAGUUUCAGAUGGCAUGCCGUUGGACGAUGAUACUGGCAAACCACCUGAGUUCAUUACAACUCCAUCAGACUUGACCCUUACAGAAAACUCUCUAGCUCACUUCGAAUGCCGCCUUACUCCAAUUAACGAUCCAAGCAUGCGUGUUGAGUGGUACCAUAAUGGCAAGGCGUUAUGGGCAGGAUCACGUAUCAAGACUAUCAAUGAUUUCGGCUUCGUUAUCCUUGAGAUUGCCGGAUGUUACCAACGUGAUUCUGGACUGUAUACUUGUAAGGCCACAAAUAAGCAUGGAGAAGCUACAGUUUCUUGCAAAUUGCAAGUGCGCGGAAGACAAGGAAUCAUUGUUGAACCUCAAUUGCCAACUAGCUUCCGCAGCGGAACUGAAAGCAUUCAGAAGUUAGAGGAGAGCUUGCACAAACGGGAAGAAAUCUUAACUGACGAAGAACAACCAAAUCCACCAAGAUUCAUUGAGGAAAUUAAGGACAACUUGGAUAUUCAAGAAGGUGGACCAAUCCACUUCGAUUGUCGUGUCGAACCAGUGAACGAUCCAACACUCAGAAUCGACUGGUUCCACAAUGGACGACCGUUACCAACUGGAUCACGUGUUCACAUGCUCAAUGACUUUGGCUUCAUUGCGUUGGACAUUGAUUACAUCUAUGCUCGCGAUUCCGGCGAAUAUGUCUGCAAAGCAACCAACAAAUGGGGAUAUGCUACAACCACUGCAAAGGUCACUUGCAAAGCUAAACAUGGAAUCAUUUCUGAAACCCAAUUACCAGCUGGUAUGACCGCUGAAAAGCUCAAAGAUUUGGAACGAGGACAGGUAUCGACACCAAAGAAGGAGGAGCCAGUUUAUGGCCCACCAAAAUUCAUCACACAGAUUGCAUCAUGCACCGUUGAGGAAUCAGAGGCUAUUCGUUUCGAGUGCCGUGUAGAACCCAAAGAGGAUCCGAACUUGCGUAUUGAAUGGUAUCGCAAUGGCAAAUUGCUACCUUCUGGACAUAGAUACAGGACUUUGUACGACAUGGGUUAUGUAUCGCUCGACAUUUUGUAUGUCUACGCCGAAGACUCAGGCGAAUAUAUAUGUCGCGCUGUUAACAACUAUGGCGAAGACAGGACAGUCGCUACAAUUUCAUGCAAACAACUGCCAUCCAUUAUCCUGCAAAAUCAAGUACCACGAGGAAUGAAGCGUUCUGAGACAUUAAUGCAAAUGGAAGCAGCGAUUAAGAAAUACACUUCAGAUAUUCAUCUUACAGAAGAUGAUCUUUUUGAUCCCGAUAAGAGACAACCACCACGUUUCGUUACACAAAUUCAAGAUCAAACCAACCUUGUUGAAAUGCAAACUACCAAAUUCGAAUGCCAACUGGCUCCAGUUGGUGAUCCUAACAUGAAAGUCGAAUGGUUCUUCAAUGGAAAACCACUGCAUCAUAAGAAUCGUUUCAUGCCGAUUUACGAUUUUGGUUAUGUUGCCAUGAAUUUCGGUUGGGUUUAUCCUGAGGAUAGCGGAGAAUAUGUUUGUCGUGCUACCAACUUGUAUGGUAUGGAUGAGACACGAGCUGUUAUUAAAACAGCUGGCAAACCAGGUAUCAUCUACGAAUCGCAAUUACCGAAACAUAUGAAGAGUAUCGAACGAAUUCGUGAAAUGGAAGCUUCUUGGCAAGUAUCACCUGAACAACCGGAUGAGGAUGCAAAACCAAAAUGUGCACCAGUCUUUGUCAGCAAACCGGAGCCUCAAACCGUUCAAGAAGGCGAAUGCGCUAGAUUCUGUUGCCGCGUCACAGGACAUCCACGACCAAGAGUGAUGUGGCUUGUUAAUGGCCAAACUGUUGUCCAUGGCUCCCGCUACAAGCUUACAAACGAUGGCAUGUACCAUUUGGAUAUACCAAAGACCCGUCAAUAUGACACUGGAAAGGUUGAAGUAAUUGCUCGCAGUUCAGUCGGCGAAGCAAUGGCCUCAACUGAUCUUAGAGUUAUCCCACGCGCUGAUGACUAUCGUGGCGUUUUGAAGAAUUCACCACGGCCAUGGUACGAUUAUGAUCUCGUACAAUACCAAAAUGAGCGCCAAGAAACCGAACUUGAGAAAACGUUCGAAGAGCGCAAGCAACACUUGGCCGAUCAAACUCCGAUCAAUCUGAAGGCCAUUGAUCAUCUGAAACCCAAGGUGAUCAAAGAACCAGAGACAGAGUGGCAGAAAGCUGUUAAAACCAAGAAAACCGAAGGCUACUAUAACCAACUUUCACAGCUUGAGUCCGAACAGAUCCUUAAAGAAACCAAACUACGUGAGGAAUCUCACCAAUAUGCUGUUCCCGGACAAAGGGUCAUCGACAAAUCUGUCACACGAGGAAUGGCUCAAAACUACGAAGAGAGCCUGUAAGUUAAAUUUCUUUUGUGUUAAUGGCAAGUGUUUAUUCAAAACAUUUUUUUUUUCAGGGAGAAAACCGAAGAUCGAACCCUCCAACGACCAACCCAGAAGCUCUACAGGCCACCAGAUCCAUCGGAAUCAUCUGUGCACGGUCGCGAAGUUCAUGUAUCUAAACAGAAACAAACUCAAAAGGAAGUUGUUGGAGAUCUAGAGAUCACCCGCAAUAUUACGGCAACAGAAACUACAGAAGUCGAACAUCGUGGCACGACUCAAGAACGGGUUAUCCAAGGCCCAGUUAAACCAGCGAAACCUCCAUUCUUUACCAAAAAGAUCCAACCUUGCCGUGUUUUCGAAAAUGAGCAAGCCCGAUUCGAGGUUGAAUUUGACGGUGAACCAUUACCAACCGUAAAAUGGUACCGAGAAAACUUCUUAAUUCAAAAUUCACCGGACUUCCAAAUUCACACAUUCGGAACUAAAUCAGUUUUAAUAAUUCGUCAAGUGUUCAUUGAAGAUUCAGCUGUGUUUGCAGUCAUUGCUGAAAACCGAGGCGGAACUGCUAAAUGCAGCGCCAAUUUAGUGGUUGAAGAGAGACGACGAGUUGGAAAAGGUGGAGUUAUUCCACCCAAUUUCAUCCAAACUAUUCAAACAUCAACCGUAACUACUGGACAACUGGCACGUUUCGACUGCAAGAUUGCUGGAACCAAACCAAUUGACGUUUACUGGUUGAAGAAUGGAAAGAAACUGUUACCAAGUAUCAAGCACAAAAUGCUUGAAGAAGACAGCAACUACACCCUACUCAUAAUUGAAGCUUACCCAGAAGACGCUGGUAAAUAUGAAUGUGUAGCUGUCAACAGCGGUGGUGAAGCACGAUGUGAUGCUGAAUGCUUCGUCCAAUCACCAACACGCCCACAGAAGGAAAAACCAACCGCCCCGGGAACAGAAAAGGCUCCAGUGCUUGUGGAACCCCUGAAAAACCAAAUCGUUACAGAAGGCCACCCAGUCAUAUUCAAAUGCCGUGUAAUUGGCAAACCCAAUCCCGCUGCCCAAUGGUUCCGCGGUGAAAACAUUAUCAAACAGUCAAGGUACUUCCACAUGUCACGUGAAGGAGAAUACUUCAAUUUGAGAAUUUCGGAAGCGUUCCCUGAGGAUGAAGGAACAUACAAAUGUGUAUUGAGUAACAAACUUGGAACAGUUCAGACGCAAGCAACUUUGAAAGUAACCGUGCCCGAGAGUCAAGAGUCUCUUCCUACAAUUACUGCCUUGAAAGAUGUUUCUGUACUAGAAGGUAGUCCAGCACAAUUCAAAACAACUAUUUCUGGUAAAACUAAAGCGACUAGUGUACAGUGGUUCCGGGAAGGCGCAUUGAUCCCACAAUCACCAGAUUUCCAGAUGAUUUUUGAUGGAAACAGUGCUGUUCUAUUGAUCGGUUCAACAUACGAAGAGGAUUCUGGAAUCUUUACAUGCCGAGUAACCUCAUCGGCUGGACAAGUCGAAUCAUCAGCCAAACUGACGGUCAAAAGUAAGAAUUCUUAUUUACGUUCCACUAAUUUUGUUACAGAACGGCAUAUAUCCGCAUAUCAACUAGAUGGUAAGGAAGAAGAAGAAGCAGAAUCCUCAAAGGAUGAAGGUAGCUCAUCUGAUGGUCAACAACCAGAAGACAGACGUUAUCUUUUGCCGGAAGCCCCAACGCUCGGUCAAAAAUCAGGUCAACCAACUCGAGGUCGAACUAAACAGAAAGGACGCAGUAAAAGCUUGCAACCAACGUCUGCCCCUUGGCGAAAAACAUCUCGAUCAAGACGUGGUCGAUCUUUGGAUAAUGUACGUCGAGGAAAGCAACCGUUCUUCCCAGGUUUCAAGCCGGAACCAAUCCCUGUUUGGACCGAAGAAGAAAUUCGACUUAAACCAACCCCUAUUGAAAAGAAAGAGAUCCCUAAGUUGGAAAUAGGCAAGGUUUAUCUUCGAUCAGUGAAACAAGAAAGAAGUCGGGCUAUCCUCAGCAUAACAGAACAAAUUGACGAAAUCAUUCAUGGCAGUCAACCGUCCGCCAAAGAAGUUAUUCCAUGGAAGGAAAUGCGUGAAAAACUGCGGGCUGUCGAAAGAGUUCAUAAACAAAUCGAGAAAUUUGAACUAGAUGAAGUACCAUUGAAGCCAGUUCCUGGAAAACAGCCAGAACAAACAACAGUUCAACCACAACAGCCUUCUAUAUCAGGAGUUCUGGGAACAACAUCCACCGAAGAGGCUAAAUCCAUGGAAAUUGAACGUCUUAAACAUCAAGAGGAAGUAUCUAUCCUCGAAAUAACCCAACAAAUCGACGAGCUUAUCAAUAGACAACAAGCUGAAAUUGGUGAUAAAAUUCCUUGGAAAGCAAUGAGGGAACAACUAAAAACUGUCGAACGAGUUCAAAAGAAAAUAGAAAAGUUCAAACUUGAAGAAGUAGAUUUAAGAACUAUUAAAGAAAUGAAGGCUGAAGAGGUUUCCUUCCAUGAAGGUCUCCAAUACACGGAAGACACAGCUUUACUAACUCUUGAUAAACAAACUCAGCAAAUGCAGAAAGUUUUAACGAAAGGAGUUAGACAAGAGGAAGAGAUCGGCCGACUUCAAUACACUACAACUGAGGAUACAAAUCUACUCAAGUUGAGUCAGAGUGAAAUUGAAAAGAUCAAGCGGCUAAAACAAGAGGAGGCUGUCCAUUGGCGCCGCGGUAGGAAACAAGUAGACCAAAUCACCGGCGAAGAACAAUAUCAACAGAUCGAAGAUGCCAAUAUUCUCAAAAUGAGAGAUCAAGAAACUGGUGAAAUUCAGAAAGUUGAGCAAGUAUCGACAUUACGCAAAGAAAAGAGAAUAACGACCGAUGAGUUUACGCCUCAGCAAUAUGCUGAAGUUGAAGACAUCAACUUACUAAAAUUAUCUAUAUCAGAGCGGGAGCAAAUAACUCAGCUUAAGAAGGACGAACAACCGGUUCACUGGCGUAAACCAAGAAAACCUGAAGAAACAUUUGUUUCGACAGAAGAAUCGAGUAUGAUACAACCAGCUAAACCACAAGAAGAAGUACCAGAGCAACCAGUCUUUUGGAAGCGUGGUAAAAAAGAUGUCCAACCUAAACAAGCUGAACAAAUUUACACAGAAGAAGAUUCAGAGCGCUUAAAAUUGACAAAGCAAGAAGAAAUUAUCGCAAAACAACCAGAAGAGACCCCUGUACCAUGGAUGAGAGGCAAAAAGCCAAAAGAAACUGUAACUACAACAGAAGAAUUGCCUGAAAAACCCAAGCAUCCAUUCGCUCAAAAACAGAAGAAAGAAGAAGAAAAGCCUGAAUAUAUUGGUUUCAAACUUAAGCCCACACCCAGGGAAACGGUCGUUCAGCAACAAGCUCAAGAAACUCAGCAACUUGUGUCUACUGAGGAAGCGGAAUACAUCCAACCAAUGAAACAAGAAGUAGAGGAGCAGAAAUUAUUAGAGCAGCCCACUUUACAAGAAGAAAAGCCAGUAGAUUGGCGUAAACCACGAGAACCAAAGAUUGAGAAACCACAAGCUCCAGAAGCUCAGCAACCUGUAUCUACCGAAGAAGCACAAUUCAUUCAGCCUGCCACUGAAGAAGAAAAACCAGUACAUUGGCGGAAACCACGAGAACAAAAGGCUGAAGAGCCUAAAGCGCCACAACCAGAACAACCCACGUCUAUUGAAGAAGGACAAUUCAUACAGCCCACCGCCGAAGAGGAAAAACCAGUACAUUGGCGAAAACCACGCGAACAAAAAGUCGAAGAACCUAUAGCUCCACAACCGCAGCAACCUGCAUCUACCGAAGAAGCACAAUUCAUAAAACCUGCCCCUGAAGAGGAAAAACCAGUACAUUGGCGGAAACCACGAGAACAAAAAGCUGAAGAACCUAGAGCGCCACAACCAGAACAGCCUGUAUCUACCGAAGAAGCACAAUUCAUACAACCUGCCGCCGAAGAGGAAAAACCAGUACAUUGGCGAAAAUCACGCGAAGAAAAAACUGAACAGCCAGUACCUACCGAAGAGGAAAAACCAACAGAUAGUGCAGACGUCAAACAACCGGAACAAAUAGCCCCUCAAGCUUGGAGAGGACCCAAAAAGCAAAUGGUUGAACAAAAGGAGAUGCAAGGGCCUGAAAAGGUAACUCUGAAACCCAUACCCAGACAAAAACCGUUACCUGAACCAGAAAAAGUAGAAGAGGUUACAUUGAAGCCAGUUCGAAGAGAGAAACCAGAGGAAAUUUUACCAGAAAAGGUUGUUGAAGAAAGGCAAGUACAACCAGAAACGGCUAAACCAGAAGAAGCACCACAAAUCCCAUGGGCCCGUGGAAAGAAAAAGCCAGAGAAACCGAAACCAGAAAUGGAAGAAUUCCAACCAACUGAAGUUCAGCCAUACGUACCAGAGAAACCAGAAGAUUUAAGCUUUACCCCAGUACCAGAAACUGUGUCAAAGGACAUUCCAGAAAAGCAGGAUAUUGUCAAAGAACAACCUGAAAAAGAUGUUAAGCCACAAACAGAACCAGAAAAAUUGCCUUGGCAACGUGGAAUAAAGAAAAAACCCACCGAAGAAACGGUUGAAGAAGCUCAAUGGCCAACUGGUAAACGCCGUCCUAAAGAAGAAGAGAAGCCAGAACAAGUAGUCUUAAAACCAGUCAGGAGAGAAAAACCAGUUGAACAGCCAAAAGAUGAAAAACCGGAAAAAGUUGACAAACUUCAUAAGAAACAAUUCCCUGAACUGCAAGACGCCGAGAAACCGUCAAUGGAGGAAUAUAAACCUGAGAAACUCGACGAGCUGCAACCUGAGAAAGAAGCUGAACAGCCCGUACCAUGGCGAAGAACUCCAAAGGAAAAGCCUACGGAAGAACAACCUGAAGAGAAACAAUGGCCUACUGGCAAACGAAAGCCAAAGGAACCAGAACUUCCAGAGACUGUUCAACUUAAACCAAUUCCUCGGAAGAAACCUGAGCCGAAACAAGAAGAAGAGAAGCCAAGUGAGUUGGUACCUACCAAACCUGCUCCUGGAGAUAUUAAGGAUUAUGAACUACCAGAUAUUGAGAAACCAGUCUUCAAACCAAAGGAAGAAGUUGAAGAAAUUCCCGAAAAAGGAGUCCCAUGGCGACGUGGAAAGAAACCCAAACCAUCUGAAGAAAAGCCAGUGGAGGAGAAACCAGAAAAACCAUUAGAAGAAGAAGCACAGCCAAUGCCUGAAGAGGUAACUCAACCUGAGUUGCCGAAAGAGAAGGUUGAGGAGAAAGCCGAGGUACCAGAACAACCUGUUGUUAAAAAAUUACCAAAAGGAAGGAUUCUUCCUGAAAAACCAGAAGAGGUAAAGGAAGAAAUUAAAUUGAAACCCAUUCCAAGAAAGAAGAUGCAACAACCUGAACCGCAAAAGCCAGAAGAAGCAGAUAUUGCACCAAAGGAAAUUGAACAACAACCAGAAGAUAUACCAGAGGUUGAGAAACCUGAAAAGCCUGCAGAAAAGGUUAAACGUAAGAAGCCAAAACUGCAACAAGAAACUCCAUCCGCUGAUGAAGUUCCCGAAGAAUAUGCUGAAGCAUUUGUAGAUGAAAAACCCGAUCUCGAGGAAGUUGAAGUCAUUCCUGUUGAAAGUACUAAAGAUGUAGCAUUAAUCGAAGAAGUAGUUGAACAUACCGCGGAAGAAAAACUAACGGACGAGUUUGGCGUUGAGAAACAAAAAGCGCAUAAGAAGCGAACAAAACGUCUUAAGGAAGCUUCUCUCGAUGAGCAACCUGACACUCUAGUUGCCGAACGUAUUGAGGAAGUCCAAGUAGUUGAGGAACAGCGCGACCAAGAAAUUUCUCAAACUACGAUUACACUGAAAAAGUCCGAGGAAAAACGGGAGGAAGUCACUACGCAACCCGAAACCGAGGAGACUGAAGUAGAAGAGUUUAAGAAGGAAAUGGAGAUGAAGAUAACAUCGAAUAUUGUUAAGAAAGAAAAGAAACGGGUUGUAAUCGACGACAGUCAACCAUUGCCAGAACUUGAAUUGAUCACAGCCAAACGUGUACAAGAAGGUCUAGAUAAAGUUCCUGAUGAAGAAAUAAUCGAGGAUGAAACAGUACCAGAAACAGUCCAACAAACUGUUUCCGAAGUUGUUACUAUUGAAGAAAAGGAAGUUAAGAAGAAGAAGAAGACAAUUGUUAAACCUCCUAAAUUCAUUGAGAAGCUACAACCGCUCAAAUGCGAACCAGAGAAACCUACCAUUCUAGAAGCCAAAGUUGAAGGCAUUCCAUUCCCAGAAGUCAAGUGGUACUUCAACAACACCGAACUUUUUGCCUCUGAAAAGUACGAAAUCGUUGUCGUUGAGAAUACAGUGAAGUUGAAAAUUGCAAAGGUUACACCAGCCGAUGUCGGAAUUUACACGUGCCAGGCGAAAAAUGAAGCCGGUGUUGCAACGACUAGAACGAAUAUUAUUCUAGAAAAAGAAAAAGGAAUAGCUCCAGCAUUUGUCAAACCAUUACAAAUCGAAUUCAACACUGAAGAAAACAAAGCCACUAUAACAUGCCAAGUUUAUGGAAAACCAAAGCCCAAAGUCAAAUGGCUUAGGGGAAUAGAAGAAGUUAUUCCAACUGAAACAGUGCAGAGUUUCUAUGAUGAAGAAAUGGGUACAGCCAUCUUAGAAGUAAUAAACCCAACGCCGAACGAAGCGACUGUAUACACCAUACAAGCUGAAAACCAGUUUGGAAAAGCCAUAGGCAAUGCUAAUAUACUUAUGUCCAUGGAUAGGGCAUUGCAACCAAAGGAAGUAUUAAAGGCUCCGUCAGUGACACCGCUUAAUGCGCAAGUUGUGCCAACUGGUUCAACUCUUAUAUUCGAGUCUAAAUACGAUGGUUACCCAACGCCUGAAAUCAAAUGGUACAAAAACGGAAAGGAAAUAAUUUUGAACGAGGAGGUAACAGUGACAACAGAAGAGGGUGUCAGUACAUUGAAAAUCAUAAAUAUGAAUCGCAAACGUUCCGGCAAAUAUGAAAUCUCAGCUGUCAAUAAAGUUGGUGAAGCAAAGUCAUCUGGCUCGGUUGUAGUUUCUGAUAUGGCCGACGCCAAUGAGGUGAAACCACCACAUUUCAUCGAACCUUUACAACCGAAAUUCGUCUCUGAAAAUGAAGUGGUCAUCAUUGAGGCGACAGUAGACUCAUUUCCAACUUCAUCCUUCCAGUGGUUCGUUCGUUCAACGCCAAUAAAAAGCUCUCAUGAAACCAAAAUUGUCACAAAAGAGAAUAAAUCAAUACUUAUAAUCGAAUCAUUCAAAAGAGAUCAACUUGGUCCGUACACGUGUCGCGCUGAGAACGUGGCCGGAUCAGUUACAUCAACGGCUUCAAUUAACCUCAUUGAAGACGUUCCAGAGAUUGAAGAAGUUAAAGAAUUCGUAUCACCAAGCUUCGUUGAACUAUUGGAACCUGUCAAUGUCAUGGAUGGCGAGCAGUUAUCACUUACUUGUAAAGUCAUCGGUAUUCCCACUCCAAAGGUUGAGUGGUUCUAUAAUGGGCGUAAAAUUGAAGAAACCAAGGACACUAUCAUUUCACAAGACACUCAUGGUGUUUGCAGUUUAACUAUAACUGAAGCAUUCCCCGAGGAAGCUGGUCAAUAUGUAUGCAAAGCUACGAAUAAAGUUGGCGAAGCCAUCACAGAGGCCCCAGUUAAUAUCCAAGCUUAUGAAUAUUUCCCCGAUUCUGAAAUCACCGGUCAAACGGCAUCUGAAGAAGAUUUACUAGAUAAGACACUUUCGAUUGACGAACAAACAAUAUGCGAUUUCGCACCGAAAAUAAUCCAAAAACUACCGACCCAGGUAACACCCCAACAGGGUGAACUUACGAAAUUCGAGGUCAAAGUUAUUGGUAAACCUAAACCUAAAGUUAAAUGGUUGAAAGACGGUGAAGUUUUACAAGCGUCUGAGGAAUACCAAAUUGAAAACUUUGAAGAUGGAACAUCAGUGUUAGUAAUUAAUAACGUGUAUCCUGAUGACACCGGCACUAUCAGCUUUGAAGCAUAUAACCCUCUUGGAGUAGCAGUAACAACAACUGAACUUUCGGUUGAAGAAAUCUAUGGAACUAAGCAAUACCGAAAGCCAGAAUGGGUCACGCAUAUGGAAGAAAUGCAAGAAGCGCUGAAAGACUGCUGUUAUCAUGAGCGAUUGAUUAUAGAAAUCACAUGGUGGUUCGGAACUACUCAAUUGAGAGAUUCAAAUGAAAUACGCAUCAUAACCGAAGAAAAUAAGAGUUCAUGCGAAAUUUUGAAUGUUACGGAAAAUACUGUUGGAUAUUAUUCUUGUAAAGCUACAAAUGAAAUAGGCAUGAAUAUAAGUCGUGCCAAAUUUAGUUUAGCAACAGCUAAAGCAGUCACAGAAACCGUUGAUAUAGCAAGCGAAGCAGUUAGUAAGAAAGUUGGUAAAAAACGCAUGACAAAGAAAGCAGCACAAAAAGCGGCAAAACUACACAAGAGCACAGUCGAAAUACGACCCAAACAAGAAGAAGUUACUAUUGAAAUAGUGUCGGACGACAAGAAAACAAAGAAAACGAAAAAACCUCCAAAACCAAAAAUCAUACCCGUUGUAAGUGUUGAGAAUAAAGUCCUUAGAGUGGAGGUCAUUCGAAUGGUGGAGGAAAUUCAUUUGAAAAUCAUUGAAAAGACUAUAACCAAAAGUGACAUCAUAGAAAUAAGCCAACAUGAGGACGUGACAACUAUCCUCGAAACAAUUGACACAGAAAUAUUCAAGGCUGGUGAGAAAUCACUAAGAGAUCUAGCUACCAUCAGCGUCUUACUGACCUAUGGCCUUGAAAUUAGUGAAAUAACAUAUUUAUAUGAAGCGAAUAUAUUUCCAACUUUGAAAGAUCCUGAAACGCAGGCAGCCUUAGUUCAGCUUGUAGAACGCGAAGGACACGAGGAGCUAAUAGCCCAGAUUCUCGCUGAACAAGCUUCAGAAGAAGAUGAAACCUCCGUAGCAGCCACUAUAGGUUUCCGUGCGUUUAUUAAAAUGAUCGAGAUAUCAAAUAUAACAAUUGAAGAAGUUAUCACCAAGUUUGUGAAGGAAGACUUUGUAGCUCAGGAAUGGAAAUAUACAAAAGAGAAGACGGCCGAAGUGACUCAAAUCGUAGAAACUCAAGAAGCUCUUACUCACAUUAGAAUAGAGCAAACAGUCAUAGAGGAAAAAACUUUGAUAAUCGAAGAAUCCGUGAAAGUUGAACAUCAACAACAAAUUGCAGUAAAGUCUAAAGAAACACUUUUCAAAACGGAAACGGUCAAACAGAUAUCAACUGAAAAAGUAGCUACUGACAUAACGCAAGUUGAAACAAUUCAAAAAACAAUUAAAACCUUCACUCCACAUGACACUUUCCAUGAUCAAAGCGAAGAAAUUGUUAAAGAUUUUGAAGUCAUAAAACCAACGCAAGAGAAGUCAUUAUUUGCCAACAUACCUGUUGAAGGGGCACAGCCCGAAGCCAUGAGCACAACCCUUUUGUUCCAAGAUGACAGGAAACCAGCCCAUGCUGACAUUCGUGUCCUUCCGCGACAGCACAUCUCCAGUGAAGAGACAAUUCCAGCUGAAAAAGAAAUGGAUAAAUCAUUUGUCAGUAAGACUGUCAAGGAAGUGGCAUCGACGAAAAUUUCUGAUACUAAUAGAUCCGUCCAAGUUGCUGAGACGACCUAUGAAGAAACCACUGAAAACCUUGAAAAAUUAAAGACAGAUCAGCAAAAAGCCCAAAGUAAUGACACAAGACUUUUGGAUCACUUAAUUGUCCAGGAGCCCCUUGUUGAAAAUUCAACUGAUGACAUAAGCUUGGAGAAGUUACCCAAGGGUACCGCUAUUCCCAAUAUUGUACCUCUGCAAGGUCAGGAUAAAUUCCAACAGAUCCCUGUGGAAAAGGAAGCUCUACUCAAAGAAGCCCAAAGGGAACAGACAGCGCACGGGAUAGAGCAAAUGGUGCUAGCCGAAGGAAUAGAAGUAGAAGAAACAAUGAAAAAUGAAUCGGAACAAAGCCUGGUGUCAAAACAAAAAGACAAACCAGUAACGCCAAAGUAUACUGUCCCUUACCAUGAGCCUCUUGAAAUAUCGGAAGCAAUAACCAAUGAUAAACCAACUAAAUAUUACCCAGAGUUGAUUGUUCCAACGGAAAUGGCAACUAAAUCAAUCCUAGAGCACAAAACUUACAUUACUGAGCUCGUCAAUGCCGAACAUAAAGAAGACACAUUCACUGCUGAAAAGAUACCCGGCGAACAACUAGCGGAACUAAAUAUCAAAGAAAACAUUGCGAUAGAUCAACAGGAAAUACCCUCAUAUGUCGCAGAAGACGCAUUCAAAAGCAAGCCUAGACUGCAAGAAGAGAACGCUCAAGAUUCCAUUGUUCUAUCUGAGGGGUUGAUUUUGUCUAGUGCCGACGUUCAAGCCCCAUCAGCAGAGUUUGACAGCCAACCUGAUCGAAAACCAGAACAGGCAGCAGUAUAUGUUGAAAAACAGGAACAUAUAUUAUCCAGCGUUGCAGUAGCCGAUGAACUCCUAGAGAAUUUACCACAGAGCGAAAAUCCACCAUUGAAAUCAGCUACUCCGAAUAUACUAGGCUUACAGCUCAGUCAAAUUCACGAAACCAUCAUCAAUGAGAAUGAAGGAAUUUUCGAAGAAAAUCUGACGUCCGCUAGUCGUAAAGUCCAAACGGUUAUUUAUCCAAUUCAACCUUCUGUCCAAGAAGAAACCCAGCCACUUAGUACAGUCGAAGAGAAAGAAUUCUCACAGAGCGUCUGUAAGGUUCAAGCCAAUGUUGAUUUCGAAAAAUCAGAGCCAGCUUCAACAGAAAUAUUAAGCAUUCAUGAAAAGGAGGAAGAUUUCAUCCCGCAGCUCAUAAAGCCUGAGGAGCGUAUUUCACCCAAAACAGAACAAGAAAUUCAAAAAUCCAUAACAGUUUCACAAAUUUCAACAUCAGAAAAGGAAGCACCACUUUCGGUAGACAAGUUACCUAUUGAGCAACGUGCACACCUAAUGGCCAACGACACUCAAUAUAGAGUCGCUGAGAUAGCAGAAACCCAACCAGGGGACACAACUGGGCCACUAGCUGAUCAAGAGAAAGUGACCGCGCUAGCUGCACCCGAUGUCUCAUUAGCCGAGCCUAAGCUAAUAUCCCAACAAAUACUUCUUGAAAAAGAAAAUGAAUUCAUUAGCAGUCAAACGCCUGUUGGACAACGCCCGAAAGCCAUAACAGACGAGCAACUUUCACUUGAGGUUUCACAAACUAUUCCGCAGGAGAGUGAACGAGAUUUUGAAAAACCUGUCGUUCCAUCACAGAGCGCAAAGCAAGCACUACCAAAUGCCCUUAAAUCGGCCUUGGUCCAGGAGGUACAGCCAACUAGUACAACUGGAACUCAACCUGCAGAAAAAACUGAAGUCAAGGAAGCCGUUAUUGGUUUCGAAGAACUAACUCAGAAAAACAUUGAAGAAGUAUUCACCAUUGAAGGAACAGAAGAUACGUCGGUGCUUCCACAACCGACAACUUGCAAAGCCGAAACAAAGCCAGAGCUAAUGACACCAGUACUCGUUUCUGUUGCUGAUACGGUUGAAAAAGUAAGCGAUAUGAAACAAGAUACACAGCCAGACAUGGCGAACGUCAAAUCUACAUUACAAGAGGCACUACAAGCCUCGAUUAUUUCAGAAAUGAAAUCGUCCGAAAGUAUUAAAAGUUUACCUCACAGUGAGCAGCCUGGCAACAUUGCAGCACGAUCACAAGAUAAAUCUAGUGCUGUAUCUGUCCUUGAAAUCACUCCCUUAGAAACUUCAGAUGAUUAUAGCCAACAUGUCAUGCCCGAUUUACAAUCUACGAAACCGUCAGUCGGUGAUCAUAAUCAGUCGAUACAAGUACUGAUGGAAGUAGCAACAGAACAUGAGGGUCAGUUCACUGAAACCAAAGUAGAUUCUUUCACUGCCUCGAUAAAGCUAGGUGACGCAAUGAGAGCAGCGAAUAUUGAAGAAGUGAAGCCUCUGCUCACAACUAAUGUCCUGGAUGUAACAGAGCCAAGCCUAAUAAAGCCAAGUGUUCAGCAGGACCUAUUCGAUGCCGCUGUAACUGAAGAAUCUUAUUAUUUAGAGCAAGAGCAUCCAUUGACUGCAAAGCAAGAACAAGAAAUAAAAACUGCACAGAGUUGCAUAGAUUCAACAGAAGCAUCCGUGGUUCUUGCAGACCAAGCAUUAGAAGCAGAAGGAGAACUUAUCAUACCUGCAACCACAAUGGGAGAGACCACUGCAGCAGAACGGCAACCUCAUGCCUUGAAAUCAGCACUUAUCGAUGAAGUUGCAGUCAACACAGCACCUGGCACGAUUGGUCCUGAAAAAUAUGCUACUACCCAAAUUACACCUAAGGUUACUUUACUCCAAGAAACUGAUAUAACUCAACCAAUUGCUUACGAGAAAUCAGAUACAUUUGAUAAGGAAGAUUCGCCAGUGCGCAAGCAAGCUACUGGUACAUUUGAAACCCCCGGAUUCUUAGUAACAAGUGAGAAUACCAUCGUUGAAAAAGAACUAGAUUUGCAGAUUCAAAAAUUCGCAGAGGCGCAAACAACACAACGGCAAACUGAUAUAGACAUGAAAGUUCCACUUAUAGAAGAACAUGAUACAGCUUUAUGUGUUAGCCAAUAUUCUGAUGAUCUUCCAGAAAAGGGACAGGCAUAUCCAUUGGUUACAGAGCUUACUGGAAAAGUCGUUUCUGAGGUCUGUACUUUCGAUAAUGUGCAACCAUCAAAGGACCAGCAAAAACCAUUGACAAGUCAGGCCAAUCAGCAGUUUGAAACCAGAGAACAUUUGACAACUUACAAAAACGAAAUAACAGAACAUGAAGAAAUUUUCCACACUCCGACAGUGAAAGAAGGUUUGGCAGCUGAAAGUACUGACACAUACCUCAAAUCAGUUACAACAGGAGAAAUUGUCACGCUGGAUUCGAUUGACGAAAUUGAUAUAAAGCGGCCAGUUCCAAACACUGCUUCCUCUAAAAUCGACCAGGAAUGCACGCAAACCUCAGUGCAUGAAGUUUUGUUAUAUGACCACACCCAACCAUUGACUGUAAGUAAAUUUGAUUCAAAGAAUGCCCAAGUUGGUGUGGAGGGAACUACCACCCUCCCCGAAGUAACUGCCACAGACAUAUUCUUCCACGAACAACAAAUGCCUGAUAAGAUUGAGAAAAACGUGCAAGCUACCUUAACCACUGACUUCCACGAGCCUAUAGAGAGCAGUGAAGUAAUACCGUUCAAUCAAGCCCCAAGUACUGAAUAUGAAUUGAGCAAAGUGUCUGCUCAAGCCACUAGCUCUCCAAGUUCAUGUAAAUUGGCCACUACUGGAGAAGUCGUGACCGCCUUUGAACCUAUGGAAAGCUUUGAAUCAAGUUUGGCAGCUGAUAAAAAAGCAACAAUCCUUGUGGGAGAAACUAAUGAAGCGUUGAUCACAACAGCUGCCCAAAUUGCAGAAAGUGAAAAAGAAAUUAGAGAAAAACUUCCUAACACUGAAAGUGUAUCACCAAAUGAAACCAUGAAAGACAGGAAGGUUGCAAUAGUCGAUCAGAUCUGUGCAGUAGAGAACGCCGAUACUUUGGAUAUUACAGCACAUAAAGAGGAGAAAGGCAAGGUAGAUGCCACAAAGCUGCAGGAAACAAUCAUUCACGAACAAACUCCCUGGGAAAACCUGGGCUCACUUUCAACAAUUCCUUCUAAUGAGGGACAAAAUGCGGAAGCACAACUUCAACUCUUCAAAAAUGUAGUUAAAACCACCGAGCUACAAGCAGCUUACAAAGAAGAAAUGCUUGUGACAAGUGACGUGAAAACAACAGACCAGGCAGUAGUGAAUCUUACAGGAGCACAAAGCGCUCAUGAGACCCAAGAUAUAGUUCCCAAUGAGAGUGUUUCGAAUCUGGGCUCUUCAGACAAGAAGCCAACAACAGCAGUAUCAACCAUUUCUCCUUUGGAGAGUUUACAAGUCACCGACGCUCAAGUGUGUGAAAAUCUCGGACCUGCUGCCGAUCUUAAAUAUGACGAACAACAGCAAUCUAUUUCUCUAGACAGUAUACAACUUCCAAUUAUAAAUGAGACAACCGUUCAUGGUGAAGCAUAUGAAGGAAUCGCAGAGCAACCAUCAAUGCGGAUCACCCAAGCAAAACAAAGUAUCCUGGAGAACGUAAGUUCCAUAGUAUCAGAAACAGUGCUACUCGAUCAAAUUGGUCAUACCUCAACCAGCAGCCAAAUUGAGGAAACCUACGCUACGAAGACCAUAGAUGCGAUGCACGCUUUAGAAGAGGUUGCUCAUAUGGCCGAAGAAAUGCCAAAAGACUUCCAAGACAUGAGUACUACUUUAAAACAAGAGCCAACAGAACAAAUGCAGAGUCCGCAUACAGUAGCUACCAAGCAAACUACAUUUGCAAAUGAAUCAGAGAAAUCACUUCCACCGACUCGUUUGACUGAGCACUUCCCCAAAGGUACAUAUCAAACCACUCUUCCACUUACUGUGACAGAAGCAGAAUUCUAUGAUUCAGAAACGAAAACAGAAGUACCACAAACCGUAAGCAGUACAAAGGCCGAAGUAACUCGCGACUUCUUUACCGUAUCGGCCACGGAACAUACACCUGUAUUUGAUCAUUUUAAGGAUAUGUCUCUUAAAUCGACCAAUUAUCUUAAAGCAAACGAGCAACUGCAAUCUGCUUUAUUAACCGUUAGUGAAACUAUUGAAAAGGUUUACCAGGACAGCGAUACACAACAGGACACGUCACAAGACACAACACAACACGUAGUAGUAGUAGAAGAACCCCUACAAACAGUAGUCUCAGAAAAGAUUACAGAAGAUGGCCAUACUAAGCAAAUUGAAACCAAACGCCGUGUUCUCCGAAAAAAGAAGGGAUCCGAGGAAGAAAUCACAGAAACCAAGACUAUCUUGGAAGAGGGAAAGGAGCCUCUAAAAGCAGUCGAUAUAAAGAAAGUAACAGAGCAAGAAGAACCGGAAAAGGCUGAGCACGACGAGAAAGAAAUUAGGCUUGAAGAGCUUCCCGAACAGGUUACCGUUCUCAAAACAACCACCCAAGAUGGCAAAACAAAAACCAAAACCGUUAAGACAAGAAUUAUCAAAAAGACAAAGGGCGAUAAACAGGAGGUCACCAAGAUCGAAACCGUUGAAGAGGAUGACCAAAAGCCAGUCACCACCGUAACAAUAGAAGAAGCACCCAAACCAGAGAAAGUCCCUGAAGAAACUCACAAAUUAGAAGAAUUACCUGAACAAGUUACCGUGUUCGAGACAGUCACAAGGGAGGGAAAACCCAAGAAAAAGGUUGUCAAAACUAAAGUUCUCAAGAAAGUCAAGGGUGAUAAACAAGAAGUCACCAAGAUCGAAACCGUUGAGGAAGACGAUAAGGCCCCAGUCACAACCGUUACUGUCGAAGAAGUUAAGAAACCAGAGGAAGAACAAACUCUAGUCGAGGAGCUUCCCGAACAGGUUACCGUUCUCGAAACAGUCACCAAGGAAGGAAAGCCAAAGAAGAAAACCGUCAAGACUCGAGUAAUCAAGAAGACGAAGGGUGAUAAACAGGAGGUCACCAAGAUCGAAACCGUCGAAGAGGAUGACCAAAAGCCUGUCACCACCGUAACUGUCGAAGAAGGACCUAAACCAGAAGAAGUCCCUGAAGAAACUCAAAAGGUAGAAGAAUUACCUGAACAAGUCACCGUGUUCGAGACAGUCACGAAGGAGGGAAAACCCAAGAAAAAGGUUGUCAAAACUAAGGUUCUCAAGAAAAUCAAGGGUGAUAAACAAGAAGUCACCAAGAUCGAAACCGUUGAGGAAGACGAUAAGGCCCCAGUCACAACCGUUACUGUCGAAGAAGUUAAGAAACCAGAGGAAGAACAAACUCUAGUCGAGGAGCUUCCCGAACAGGUUACCGUUCUCGAAACAGUCACCAAGGAAGGAAAGCCAAAGAAGAAAACCGUCAAGACUCGAGUAAUCAAGAAGACGAAGGGUGAUAAACAGGAGGUCACCAAGAUCGAAACCGUCGAAGAGGAUGACCAAAAGCCUGUCACCACCGUAACUGUCGAAGAAGGACCUAAACCAGAAGAAGUCCCUGAAGAAACUCAAAAGGUAGAAGAAUUACCUGAACAAGUCACCGUGUUCGAGACAGUCACGAAGGAGGGAAAACCCAAGAAAAAGGUUGUCAAAACUAAGGUUCUCAAGAAAAUCAAGGGUGAUAAACAAGAAGUCACCAAGAUCGAAACCGUUGAGGAAGACGAUAAGGCCCCAGUCACAACCGUUACUGUCGAAGAAGUUAAGAAACCAGAGGAAGAACAAACUCUAGUCGAGGAGCUUCCCGAACAGGUUACCGUUCUCGAAACAGUCACCAAGGAAGGAAAGCCAAAGAAGAAAACCGUCAAGACUCGAGUAAUCAAGAAGACGAAGGGUGAUAAACAGGAGGUCACCAAGAUCGAAACCGUCGAAGAGGAUGACCAAAAGCCUGUCACCACCGUAACUGUCGAAGAAGGACCUAAACCAGAAGAAGUCCCUGAAGAAACUCAAAAGGUAGAAGAAUUACCUGAACAAGUCACCGUGUUCGAGACAGUCACGAAGGAGGGAAAACCCAAGAAAAAGGUUGUCAAAACUAAGGUUCUCAAGAAAAUCAAGGGUGAUAAACAAGAAGUCACCAAGAUCGAAACCGUUGAGGAAGACGAUAAGGCCCCAGUCACAACCGUUACUGUCGAAGAAGUUAAGAAACCAGAGGAGGAAGAAACUCUAGUCGAGGAGCUUCCCGAACAGGUUACCGUUCUCGAAACAGUCACCAAGGAAGGAAAGCCAAAGAAGAAAACCGUCAAGACUCGAGUAAUCAAGAAGACGAAGGGUGAUAAACAGGAGGUCACCAAGAUCGAAACCGUCGAAGAGGAUGACCAAAAGCCUGUCACCACCGUAACUGUCGAAGAAGGACCUAAACCAGAGGAAGUUCCUGAAGAAACUCAAAAGGUAGAAGAAUUACCUGAACAAGUCACCGUGUUCGAGACAGUCACGAAGGAGGGAAAACCCAAGAAAAAGGUUGUCAAAACUAAGGUUCUCAAGAAAAUCAAGGGUGAUAAACAAGAAGUCACCAAGAUCGAAACCGUUGAGGAAGACGAUAAGGCCCCAGUCACAACCGUUACUGUCGAAGAAGUUAAGAAACCAGAGGAAGAAGAAACUCUAGUCGAGGAGCUUCCCGAACAGGUUACCGUUCUCGAAACAGUCACCAAGGAAGGAAAGCCAAAGAAGAAAACCGUCAAGACUCGAGUAAUCAAGAAGACGAAGGGUGAUAAACAGGAGGUCACCAAGAUCGAAACCGUCGAAGAGGAUGACCAAAAGCCUGUCACCACCGUAACUGUCGAAGAAGGACCUAAACCAGAAGAAGUCCCUGAAGAAACUCACAAGGUAGAAGAAUUACCUGAACAAGUCACCGUGUUCGAGACAGUCACGAAGGAGGGAAAACCCAAGAAAAAGGUUGUCAAAACUAAGGUUCUCAAGAAAAUCAAGGGUGAUAAACAAGAAGUCACCAAGAUCGAAACCGUUGAGGAAGACGAUAAGGCCCCAGUCACAACCGUUACUGUCGAAGAAGUUAAGAAACCAGAGGAAGAAGAAACUCUAGUCGAGGAGCUUCCCGAACAGGUUACCGUUCUCGAAACAGUCACCAAGGAAGGAAAGCCAAAGAAGAAAACCGUCAAGACACGAGUAAUCAAGAAGACGAAGGGUGAUAAACAGGAGGUCACCAAGAUCGAAACCGUCGAAGAGGAUGACCAAAAGCCUGUCACCACCGUAACUGUCGAAGAAGGACCUAAACCAGAAGAAGUCCCUGAAGAAACUCAAAAGGUAGAAGAAUUACCUGAACAAGUCACCGUGUUCGAGACAGUCACGAAGGAGGGAAAACCCAAGAAAAAGGUUGUCAAAACUAAGGUUCUCAAGAAAAUCAAGGGUGAUAAACAAGAAGUCACCAAAAUCGAAACCGUUGAGGAAGACGAUAAGGCCCCAGUCACAACCGUUACUGUCGAAGAAGUUAAGAAACCAGAGGAAGAAGAAACUCUAGUCGAGGAGCUUCCCCAACAGGUUACCGUUCUCGAAACAGUCACCAAGGAAGGAAAGCCAAAGAAGAAAACCGUCAAGACUCGAGUAAUCAAGAAGACGAAGGGUGAUAAACAGGAGGUCACCAAGAUCGAAACCGUCGAAGAGGAUGACCAAAAGCCUGUCACCACCGUAACUGUCGAAGAAGGACCUAAACCAGAGGAAGUUCCUGAAGAAACUCAAAAGGUAGAAGAAUUACCUGAACAAGUCACCGUGUUCGAGACAGUCACGAAGGAGGGAAAACCCAAGAAAAAGGUUGUCAAAACUAAGGUUCUCAAGAAAAUCAAGGGUGAUAAACAAGAAGUCACCAAGAUCGAAACCGUUGAGGAAGACGAUAAGGCCCCAGUCACAACCGUUACUGUCGAAGAAGUUAAGAAACCAGAGGAAGAACAAACUCUAGUCGAGGAGCUUCCCGAACAGGUUACCGUUCUCGAAACAGUCACCAAGGAAGGAAAGCCUAAGAAGAAAACCGUCAAGACACGAGUAAUCAAGAAGACGAAGGGUGAUAAACAGGAGGUAACCAAGAUCGAAACCGUUGAAGAAGAUGAUCAAAAACCAGUCACCACCGUAACAAUCGAAGAAGGUCCUAAACCAGAGGAAGUCCCUGAAGAAACUCACAAGGUAGAAGAAUUACCUGAACAAGUUACCGUUUUCGAGACAGUCACAAAGGAGGGAAAACCCAAGAAAAAGGUUGUUAAAACUAAGGUUCUCAAGAAAAUCAAGGGUGAUAAACAAGAAGUCACCAAGAUCGAAACCGUUGAGGAAGAUGAUAAGGCCCCAGUCACAACCGUUACUGUCGAAGAAGUUAAGAAACCAGAGGAAGAAGAAACUCUAGUGGAGGAGCUUCCCGAACAGGUUACCGUUCUCGAAACAGUCACCAAGGAAGGAAAGCCAAAGAAGAAAACCGUCAAGACUCGACUAAUCAAGAAGACGAAGGGUGAUAAACAGGAGGUCACCAAGAUCGAAACCGUUGAAGAGGAUGACCAAAAGCCUGUCACCACCGUAACAAUCGAAGAAGGUCCUAAACCAGAGGAAGUCCCUGAAGAAACUCACAAGGUAGAAGAAUUACCUGAACAAGUUACCGUAUUCGAGACAGUCACGAAGGAGGGGAAACCCAAGAAAAAGGUUGUUAAAACUAAGGUUCUCAAAAAAAUCAAGGGUGAUAAACAAGAAGUCACCAAGAUCGAAACCGUUGAGGAAGACGAUAAGGCCCCAGUCACAACCGUUACUGUCGAAGAAGUAAAGAAACCAGAGGAAGAACAAACUCUAGUCGAGGAGCUUCCCGAACAGGUUACCGUUCUCGAAACAGUCACCAAGGAAGGAAAGCCAAAGAAGAAAACCGUCAAGACCCGAGUAAUCAAGAAGACGAAGGGUGAUAAACAGGAGGUCACCAAGAUCGAAACCGUUGAAGAGGAUGACCAAAAGCCCGUCACCACCGUAACAAUCGAAGAAGGUCCCAAACCAGAGGAAGUCCCUGAAGAAACUCACAAGGUAGAAGAAUUACCUGAACAAGUUACCGUGUUCGAGACAGUCACGAAGGAGGGCAAACCCAAGAAAAAGGUUGUCAAGACUAAAGUUCUCAAGAAAAUCAAGGGUGAUAAACAAGAAGUCACCAAGAUCGAAACCGUCGAAGAAGACGAUAAGGCUCCAGUCACAACCGUUACUGUCGAAGAGGUUAAGAAACCAGAGGAUGAAGAAACUCUAGUCGAGGAGCUUCCCGAACAGGUUACCGUUCUCGAAACAGUCACCAAGGAAGGAAAGCCAAAGAAGAAAACCGUCAAGACUCGAGUAAUCAAGAAGACGAAGGGUGAUAAACAGGAAGUCACCAAGAUCGAAACCGUCGAAGAGGAUGACCAAAAGCCUGUCACCACCGUAACAAUCGAAGAAGCACCCACACCAGGGAAAGUCCCUGAAGAAACUCACAAGGUAGAAGAAUUACCUGAACAAGUUACCGUGUUCGAGACAGUCACGAAGGAGGGCAAACCCAAGAAAAAGGUUGUCAAGACUAAAGUUCUCAAGAAAAUCAAGGGUGAUAAACAAGAAGUCACCAAGAUCGAAACCGUUGAGGAAGACGAUAAGGCCCCAGUCACAACCGUUACUGUCGAAGAAGUGAAGAAACCAGAGGAAGAAGAAACUCUAGUCGAGGAGCUUCCCGAACAGGUUACCGUUCUCGAAACAGUCACCAAGGAAGGAAAGCCAAAGAAGAAAACCGUCAAGACUCGAGUAAUCAAGAAGACGAAGGGUGAUAAACAGGAGGUCACCAAGAUCGAAACCGUUGAAGAGGAUGACCAAAAGCCCGUCACCACCGUAACAAUCGAAGAAGGUCCCAAACCAGAGGAAGUCCCUGAAGAAACUCACAAGGUAGAAGAAUUACCUGAACAAGUUACCGUGUUCGAGACAGUCACGAAGGAGGGCAAACCCAAGAAAAAGGUUGUCAAGACUAAAGUUCUCAAGAAAAUCAAGGGUGAUAAACAAGAAGUCACCAAGAUCGAAACCGUUGAGGAAGACGAUAAGGCCCCAGUCACAACCGUUACUGUCAAAGAAGUUAAGAAACCAGAGGAAGAAGAAACUCUAGUCGAGGAGCUUCCCGAACAGGUUACCGUUCUCGAAACAGUCACCAAGGAAGGAAAGCCAAAGAAGAAAACCGUCAAGACUCGAGUAAUCAAGAAGACGAAGGGUGAUAAACAGGAGGUCACCAAGAUCGAAACCGUUGAAGAGGAUGACCAAAAGCCCGUCACCACCGUAACAAUCGAAGAAGGUCCCAAACCAGAGGAAGUCCCUGAAGAAACUCACAAGGUAGAAGAAUUACCUGAACAAGUUACCGUGUUCGAGACAGUCACGAAGGAGGGCAAACCCAAGAAAAAGGUUGUCAAGACUAAAGUUCUCAAGAAAAUCAAGGGUGAUAAACAAGAAGUCACCAAGAUCGAAACCGUUGAGGAAGACGAUAAGGCCCCAGUCACAACCGUUACUGUCAAAGAAGUUAAGAAACCAGAGGAAGAACAAACUCUAGUCGAGGAGCUUCCCGAACAGGUUACCGUUCUCGAAACAGUCACCAAGGAAGGAAAGCCAAAGAAGAAAACCGUCAAGACUCGAGUAAUCAAGAAGACGAAGGGUGAUAAACAGGAGGUAACCAAGAUCGAAAUUAUCGAAGAAGAUGACCAAAAGCCUAUCACCACCGUAACAGUCGAAGAGGGCCCCAAACCAGAAGAAGUUCCUGAAGAAACUCACAAGGUCGAAGAAUUACCUGAACAAGUUACCGUUUUCGAAACAGUCACAAAGGAGGGAAAACCCAAGAAAAAGGUUGUCAAAACUAAAGUUCUCAAGAAAAUCAAGGGUGAUAAACAAGAAGUCACCAAGAUCGAAACCGUUGAGGAAGACGAUAAGGCCCCAGUCACAACCGUUACUGUCGAAGAAGUUAAGAAACCAGAGGAAGAAGAAACUCUAGUCGAGGAGCUUCCCGAACAGGUUACCGUUCUCGAAACAGUCACCAAGGAAGGAAAGCCAAAGAAGAAAACCGUCAAGACUCGAGUAAUCAAGAAGACGAAGGGUGAUAAACAGGAGGUCACCAAGAUCGAAACCGUUGAAGAGGAUGACCAAAAGCCUGUCACUACCGUAACAAUCGAAGAAGGUCCUAAACCAGAGGAAGUCCCUGAAGAAACUCACAAGGUAGAAGAAUUACCUGAACAAGUUACCGUUUUCGAGACAGUCACGAAGGAGGGGAAACCCAAGAAAAAGGUUGUUAAAACUAAGGUUCUCAAGAAAAUCAAGGGUGAUAAACAAGAAGUCACCAAGAUCGAAACCGUUGAGGAAGACGAUAAGGCCCCAGUCACAACCGUUACUGUCGAAGAAGUUAAGAAACCAGAGGAAGAACAAACUCUAGUCGAGGAGCUUCCCGAACAGGUUACCGUUCUCGAAACAGUCACCAAGGAAGGAAAGCCAAAGAAGAAAACCGUCAAGACUCGAGUAAUCAAGAAGACGAAGGGUGAUAAACAGGAGGUCACCAAGAUCGAAACCGUUGAAGAAGAUGAUCAAAAACCAGUCACCACCGUAACAAUCGAAGAAGCACCCAAACCAGAGAAAGUUCCUGAAGAAACUCACAAGGUAGAAGAAUUACCUGAACAAGUUACCGUUUUCGAGACAGUCACAAAGGAGGGGAAACCCAAGAAAAAGGUUGUCAAGACUAAAGUUCUCAAGAAAAUCAAGGGUGAUAAACAAGAAGUCACCAAGAUCGAAACCGUCGAAGAAGACGACAAGGCUCCAGUCACAACCGUUACUGUCGAAGAGGCUAAGAAACCAGAAGAAGAAGAAACUCUAGUCGAGGAGCUUCCCGAACAGGUUACCGUUCUCGAAACAGUCACCAAGGAAGGAAAGCCAAAGAAGAAAACCGUCAAGACUCGAGUAAUCAAGAAGACGAAGGGUGAUAAACAGGAGGUAACCAAGAUCGAAACCGUUGAAGAAGAUGAUCAAAAACCAGUCACCACCGUAACAAUCGAAGAAGCACCCAAACCAGAGGAAGUCCCUGAAGAAACUCACAAGGUAGAAGAAUUACCUGAACAAGUUACCGUAUUCGAGACAGUCACGAAGGAGGGAAAACCCAAGAAAAAGGUUGUCAAGACUAAAGUUCUCAAGAAAAUCAAGGGUGAUAAACAAGAAGUCACCAAGAUCGAAACCGUUGAGGAAGACGAUAAGGCCCCAGUCACAACCGUUACUGUCGAAGAAGUUAAGAAACCAGAGGAAGAACAACCUCUAGUCGAGGAGCUUCCCGAACAGGUUACCGUUCUCGAAACAGUCACCAAGGAAGGAAAGCCAAAGAAGAAAACCGUCAAGACUCGAGUAAUCAAGAAGACGAAGGGUGAUAAACAGGAGGUCACCAAGAUCGAAACUAUCGAAGAAGAUGACCAAAAGCCUAUCACCACCGUAACAGUCGAAGAGGGCCCCAAACCAGAAGAAGUUCCUGAAGAAACUCACAAGGUCGAAGAAUUACCUGAACAAGUUACCGUGUUCGAGACAGUCACAAAGGAGGGCAAACCCAAGAAAAAGGUUGUCAAGACUAAAGUUCUCAAGAAAAUCAAGGGUGAUAAACAAGAAGUCACCAAGAUCGAAACCGUUGAGGAAGACGAUAAGGCCCCAGUCACAACCGUUACUGUCGAAGAAGUUAAGAAACCAGAGGAAGAAGAAGCUCUAGUCGAGGAGCUUCCCGAACAGGUUACCGUUCUCGAAACAGUCACCAAGGAAGGAAAGCCAAAGAAGAAAACCGUCAAGACUCGAGUAAUCAAGAAGACGAAGGGUGAUAAACAGGAGGUCACCAAGAUCGAAACCGUUGAAGAGGAUGACCAAAAGCCCGUCACCACCGUAACAAUCGAAGAAGGUCCCAAACCAGAGGAAGUCCCUGAAGAAACUCACAAGGUAGAAGAAUUACCUGAACAAGUUACCGUGUUCGAGACAGUCACAAAGGAGGGCAAACCCAAGAAAAAGGUUGUCAAGACUAAAGUUCUCAAGAAAAUCGAGGGUGAUAAACAAGAAGUCACCAAGAUCGAAACCGUUGAGGAAGACGAUAAGGCCCCAGUCACAACCGUUACUGUCAAAGAAGUUAAGAAACCAGAGGAAGAAGAAACUCUAGUCGAGGAGCUUCCCGAACAGGUUACCGUUCUCGAAACAGUCACCAAGGAAGGAAAGCCAAAGAAGAAAACCGUCAAGACUCGAGUAAUCAAGAAGACGAAGGGUGAUAAACAGGAGGUAACCAAGAUCGAAAUUAUCGAAGAAGAUGACCAAAAGCCUAUCACCACCGUAACAGUCGAAGAGGGCCCCAAACCAGAAGAAGUUCCUGAAGAAACUCACAAGGUCGAAGAAUUACCUGAACAAGUUACCGUUUUCGAAACAGUCACAAAGGAGGGAAAACCCAAGAAAAAGGUUGUCAAAACUAAAGUUCUCAAGAAAAUCAAGGGUGAUAAACAAGAAGUCACCAAGAUCGAAACCGUUGAGGAAGACGAUAAGGCCCCAGUCACAACCGUUACUGUCGAAGAAGUUAAGAAACCAGAGGAAGAAGAAACUCUAGUCGAGGAGCUUCCCGAACAGGUUACCGUUCUCGAAACAGUCACCAAGGAAGGAAAGCCAAAGAAGAAAACCGUCAAGACUCGAGUAAUCAAGAAGACGAAGGGUGAUAAACAGGAAGUCACCAAGAUCGAAACCGUUGAAGAAGAUGAUCAAAAACCAGUCACCACCGUAACAAUCGAAGAAGCACCCAAACCAGAGAAAGUUCCUGAAGAAACUCACAAGGUAGAAGAAUUACCUGAACAAGUUACCGUUUUCGAGACAGUCACAAAGGAGGGGAAACCCAAGAAAAAGGUUGUCAAGACUAAAGUUCUCAAGAAAAUCAAGGGUGAUAAACAAGAAGUCACCAAGAUCGAAACCGUCGAAGAAGACGACAAGGCUCCAGUCACAACCGUUACUGUCGAAGAGGCUAAGAAACCAGAAGAAGAAGAAACUCUAGUCGAGGAGCUUCCCGAACAGGUUACCGUUCUCGAAACAGUCACCAAGGAAGGAAAGCCAAAGAAGAAAACCGUCAAGACUCGAGUAAUCAAGAAGACGAAGGGUGAUAAACAGGAGGUCACCAAGAUCGAAACCGUCGAAGAGGAUGACCAAAAGCCUGUCACCACCGUAACAAUCGAAGAAGGUCCUAAACCAGAGGAAGUCCCUGAAGAAACUCACAAGGUAGAAGAAUUACCUGAACAAGUUACCGUGUUCGAGACAGUCACAAGGGACGGAAAACCCAAGAAAAAGGUUGUCAAAACUAAAGUUCUCAAGAAAAUCAAGGGUGAUAAACAAGAAGUCACCAAGAUCGAAACCGUUGAGGAAGACGAUAAGGCCCCAGUCACAACAGUUACUGUCGAAGAAGUUAAGAAACCAGAGGAAGAAGAAACUCUAGUCGAGGAGCUUCCCGAACAAAUUACGGUUCUCGAAACAGUCACCAAAGAAGGAAAGCCAAAGAAGAAAACCGUCAAGACUCGAGUAAUCAAGAAGACGAAGGGUGAUAAACAGGAGGUCACCAAGAUCGAAAUCGUUGAAGAAGAUGAUCAAAAACCAGUCACCACCGUAACAAUCGAAGAAGCACCCAAACCAGAGGAAGUCCCUGAAGAAACUCACAAGGUAGAAGAAUUACCUGAACAAGUUACCGUGUUCGAGACAGUCACGAAGGAGGGGAAACCCAAGAAAAAGGUUGUCAAAACUAAAGUUCUCAAGAAAAUCAAGGGUGAUAAACAAGAAGUCACCAAGAUCGAAACCGUUGAGGAAGACGAUAAGGCCCCAGUCACAACCGUUACUGUCGAAGAAGUUAAGAAACCAGAGGAAGAACAAACUCUAGUCGAGGAGCUUCCCGAACAGGUUACCGUUCUCGAAACAGUCACCAAGGAAGGAAAGCCAAAGAAGAAAACCGUCAAGACUCGAGUAAUCAAGAAGACGAAAGCUGAUAAACAGGAGGUCACCAAGAUCGAAACCGUCGAAGAGGAUGAUCAAAAACCAGUCACCACCGUAACAAUCGAAGAAGCACCCAAACCAGAGAGAGUCCCUGAAGAAAUUCACAAGGUAGAAGAAUUACCUGAACAAGUUACCGUGUUCGAGACAGUCACGAAGGAGGGAAAACCCAAGAAAAAGGUUGUCAAGACUAAAGUUCUCAAGAAAAUCAAGGGUGAUAAACAAGAAGUCACCAAGAUCGAAACCGUCGAAGAAGACGACAAGGCUCCAGUCACAACCGUUACUGUCGAAGAGGUUAAGAAACCAGAGGAAGAAGAAACUCUAGUCGAGGAGCUUCCCGAACAGGUUACCGUUUUCGAAACAGUCACCAAGGAAGGAAAGCCAAAGAAGAAAACCGUCAAGACUCGAGUAAUCAAGAAGACGAAGGGUGAUAAACAGGAGGUCACCAAGAUCGAAACCGUUGAAGAGGAUGACCAAAAGCCUGUCACUACCGUAACAAUCGAAGAAGGUCCUAAACCAGAGGAAGUCCCUGAAGAAACUCACAAGGUAGAAGAAUUACCUGAACAAGUUACCGUUUUCGAGACAGUCACGAAGGAGGGGAAACCCAAGAAAAAGGUUGUUAAAACUAAGGUUCUCAAGAAAAUCAAGGGUGAUAAACAAGAAGUCACCAAGAUCGAAACCGUUGAGGAAGACGAUAAGGCCCCAGUCACAACCGUUACUGUCGAAGAAGUUAAGAAACCAGAGGAAGAACAAACUCUAGUCGAGGAGCUUCCCGAACAGGUUACCGUUCUCGAAACAGUCACCAAGGAAGGAAAGCCAAAGAAGAAAACCGUCAAGACUCGAGUAAUCAAGAAGACGAAGGGUGAUAAACAGGAAGUCACCAAGAUCGAAAUCGUCGAAGAGGAUGACCAAAAGCCUGUCACCACCGUAACAAUCGAAGAAGCACCCAAACCAGAGAAAGUCCCUGAAGAAACUCACAAGGUGGAAGAAUUACCAGAACAAAUUACCGUUCUCGAGACAGUCACGAAGGAGGGGAAACCCAAGAAAAAGGUUGUCAAAACUAAAGUUCUCAAGAAAAUCAAGGGUGAUAAACAAGAAGUCACCAAGAUCGAAACCGUUGAGGAAGACGAUAAGGCCCCAGUCACAACCUGGAGGAACUUCCCGAACAGGUUACCGUUCUCGAAACAGUCACCAAGGAAGGAAAGCCUAAGAAAAAAAACCGUCAAGACUCGAGUAAUCAAGAAGACGAAGGGUGAUAAACAGGAAGUCACCAAGAUCGAAACCGUCGAAGAGGAUGACCAAAAGCCUGUCACCACCGUAACAAUCGAAGAAGGUCCUAAACCAGAGGAAGUCCCUGAAGAAACUCACAAGGUAGAAGAAUUACCUGAACAAGUUACCGUGUUCGAGACAGUCACAAGGGAGGGAAAACCCAAGAAAAAGGUUGUCAAAACUAAAGUUCUCAAGAAAAUCAAGGGUGAUAAACAAGAAGUCACCAAGAUCGAAACCGUUGAGGAAGACGAUAAGGCCCCAGUCACAACCGUUACUGUCGAAGAAGUUAAGAAACCAGAGGAAGAAGAAACUCUAGUCGAGGAGCUUCCCGAACAAAUUACGGUUCUCGAAACAGUCACCAAGGAAGGAAAGCCAAAGAAGAAAACCGUCAAGACUCGAGUAAUCAAGAAGACGAAGGGUGAUAAACAGGAGGUAACCAAGAUCGAAACUGUUGAAGAAGAUGAUCAAAAACCAGUGACCACCGUAACAAUCGAAGAAGCACCCAAACCAGAGAAAGUCCCUGAAGAAACUCACAAGGUAGAAGAAUUACCUGAGCAAGUUACCGUUUUCGAGACAGUCACAAAGGAGGGAAAACCCAAGAAAAAGGUUGUCAAAACUAAGGUUCUCAAGAAGAUCAAGGGUGAAAAACAAGAAGUCACCAAGAUCGAAACCGUUGAGGAAGACGAUAAGGCCCCAGUCACAACCGUUACUGUCGAAGAGGUGAAGAAACCAGAGGAAGAAGAAACUCUAGUCGAGGAGCUUCCCGAACAAGUUACCGUUCUCGAAACAGUCACCAAGGAAGGAAAGCCAAAGAAGAAAACCGUCAAGACACGAGUAAUCAAGAAAACGAAGGGUGAUAAACAGGAGGUCACCAAGAUCGAAAUCGUUGAAGAAGAUGACCAGAAACCAGUCACCACCGUAACAGUCGAAGAGGGCCUUAAACCAGAAGAAGUUCCUGAAGAAACUCACAAGGUCGAAGAAUUACCUGAACAAGUUACCGUUUUCGAGACAGUCACGAAGGAGGGGAAACCCAAGAAAAAGGUUGUCAAAACUAAGGUUCUCAAGAAAAUCAAGGGUGAUAAACAAGAAGUCACCAAGAUCGAAACCGUUGAGGAAGACGAUAAGGCCCCAGUCACAACCGUUACUGUCGAAGAAGUUAAGAAACCAGAGGAAGAACAAACUCUAGUCGAGGAGCUUCCCGAACAGGUUACCGUUCUCGAAACAGUCACCAAGGAAGGAAAGCCAAAGAAGAAAACCGUCAAGACCCGAGUAAUCAAGAAGACGAAGGGUGAUAAACAGGAGGUCACCAAGAUCGAAACUAUCGAAGAAGAUGACCAAAAGCCUAUCACCACCGUAACAAUCGAAGAAGGUCCUAAACCAGAGGAAGCUCCUGAAGAAACCCACAAGGUAGAAGAAUUACCUGAACAAGUUACCGUGUUCGAGACAGUCACGAAGGAGGGCAAACCCAAGAAAAAGGUUGUCAAGACUAAAGUUCUCAAGAAAAUCAAGGGUGAUAAACAAGAAGUCACCAAGAUCGAAACCGUUGAGGAAGACGAUAAGGCCCCAGUCACAACCGUUACUGUCGAAGAAGUUAAGAAACCAGAGGAAGAAGAAACUCUAGUCGAGGAGCUUCCCGAACAGGUUACCAUUCUCGAAACAGUCACCAAGGAAGGAAAGCCAAAGAAGAAAACCGUCAAGACUCGAGUAAUCAAGAAGACGAAGGGUGAUAAACAGGAGGUCACCAAGAUCGAAACUAUCGAAGAAGAUGACCAAAAGCCUAUCACCACCGUAACAGUCGAAGAGGGCCCCAAACCAGAAGAAGUUCCUGAAGAAACUCACAAGGUCGAAGAAUUACCUGAACAAGUUACCGUUUUCGAGACAGUCACAAAGGAGGGAAAACCCAAGAAAAAGGUUAUCAAAACUAAGGUUCUCAAGAAGAUCAAGGGUGACAAACAAGAAGUCACCAAGAUCGAAACCGUCGAGGAAGACGAUAAGGCCCCAGUCACAACCGUUACUGUCGAAGAAGUUAAGAAACCAGAGGAAGAAGAAACUCUAGUCGAGGAGCUUCCCGAACAGGUUACCGUUCUCGAAACAGUCACCAAGGAAGGAAAGCCAAAGAAGAAAACCGUCAAGACCCGAGUAAUCAAGAAGACGAAGGGUGAUAAACAGGAGGUCACCAAGAUCGAAACUAUCGAAGAGGAUGACCAAAAGCCUAUCACCACCGUAACGGUCGAAGAACGUCCUAAACCAGAGGAAGCUCCUGAAGAAACCCACAAGGUAGAAGAAUUACCUGAACAAGUUACCGUUUUCGAAACAGUCACAAAGGAGGGAAAACCCAAGAAAAAGGUUGUCAAAACUAAAGUUCUCAAGAAAAUCAAGGGUGAUAAACAAGAAGUCACCAAGAUCGAAACCGUUGAGGAAGACGAUAAGGCCCCAGUCACAACCGUUACUGUGGAAGAAGUUAAGAAACCAGAGGAAGAACAACCUCUAGUCGAGGAGCUUCCCGAACAGGUUACCGUUCUCGAAACAGUCACCAAGGAAGGAAAGCCAAAGAAGAAAAUCGUCAAGACCCGAGUAAUCAAGAAGACGAAGGGUGAUAAACAGGAGGUCACCAAGAUCGAAACUAUCGAAGAAGAUGACCAAAAGCCUAUCACCACCGUAACAGUCGAAGAGGGCCCCAAACCAGAAGAAGUUCCUGAAGAAACUCACAAGGUCGAAGAAUUACCUGAACAAGUUACGGUUUUCGAGACAGUCACGAAGGAGGGAAAACCCAAGAAAAAGGUUAUCAAAACUAAGGUUCUCAAGAAGAUCAAGGGUGACAAACAAGAAGUCACCAAGAUCGAAACCGUUGAGGAAGACGAUAAGGCCCCAGUCACAACCGUUACUGUCGAAGAAGUUAAGAAACCAGAGGAAGAAGAAACUCUAGUCGAGGAGCUUCCCGAACAGGUUACCGUUCUCGAAACAAUCACCAAGGAAGGAAAGCCAAAGAAGAAAACCGUCAAGACACGAGUAAUCAAGAAGACGAAGGGUGAUAAACAGGAAGUAACCAAGAUCGAAACCGUUGAGGAAGAUGACCAGAAACCAGUCACUACCGUAACAGUCGAAGAAGGCCCUAAACCAGAGGAAGUUCCUGAAGAAACUCAGAAGGUCGAAGAAUUACCUGAACAAGUUACAGUUUUCGAGACAGUCACAAAGGAGGGAAAACCCAAGAAAAAGGUUGUCAAAACUAAGGUUCUCAAGAAAAUCAAGGGUGAUAAACAAGAAGUCACCAAGAUCGAAACUGUUGAGGAAGACGAUAAGGCCCCAGUCACAACCGUUACUGUCGAAGAAGUUAAGAAACCAGAGGAAGAAGAAACUCUAGUCGAGGAGCUUCCCGAACAGGUUACCGUUCUCGAAACAGUCACCAAGGAAGGAAAGCCAAAGAAGAAAACCGUCAAGACACGAGUAAUCAAGAAGACGAAGGGUGAUAAACAGGAGGUCACCAAGAUCGAAACUAUCGAAGAAGAUGACCAAAAGCCUAUCACCACCGUAACGGUCGAAGAACGUCCUAAACCAGAGGAAGCUCCUGAAGAAACCCACAAGGUAGAAGAAUUACCUGAACAAGUUACCGUAUUCGAGACAGUCACGAAGGAGGGAAAACCCAAGAAAAAGGUUAUCAAAACUAAGGUUCUCAAGAAGAUCAAGGGUGACAAACAAGAAGUCACCAAGAUCGAAACCGUUGAAGAAGACGAUAAGGCCCCAGUCACAACCGUUACUGUCGAAGAAGUUAAGAAACCAGAGGAAGAACACACUCUAGUCGAGGAGCUUCCCGAACAGGUUACCGUUCUCGAAACAGUCACCAAGGAAGGAAAGCCAAAGAAGAAAACCGUCAAGACUCGAGUAAUCAAGAAGACGAAGGGUGAUAAACAGGAGGUCACCAAGAUCGAAACUAUCGAAGAAGAUGACCAAAAGCCUAUCACCACCGUAACGGUCGAAGAACGUCCUAAACCAGAGGAAGCUCCUGAAGAAACCCACAAGGUAGAAGAAUUACCUGAACAAGUUACUGUUUUCGAGACAGUCACAAAGGAGGGAAAACCCAAGAAAAAGGUUGUCAAAACUAAAGUUCUCAAGAAAAUCAAGGGUGAUAAACAAGAAGUCACCAAGAUCGAAACCGUUGAGGAAGACGAUAAGGCCCCAGUCACAACCGUUACUGUCGAAGAAGUUAAGAAACCAGAGGAAGAACAACCUCUAGUCGAGGAGCUUCCCGAACAGGUUACCGUUCUCGAAACAGUCACCAAGGAAGGAAAGCCAAAGAAGAAAACCGUCAAGACUCGAGUAAUCAAGAAGACGAAGGGUGAUAAACAGGAGGUCACCAAGAUCGAAACUAUCGAAGAAGAUGACCAAAAGCCUAUCACCACCGUAACAGUCGAAGAGGGCCCCAAACCAGAAGAAGUUCCUGAAGAAACUCACAAGGUCGAAGAAUUACCUGAACAAGUUACCGUUUUCGAGACAGUCACAAAGGAGGGAAAACCCAAGAAAAAGGUUAUCAAAACUAAGGUUCUCAAGAAAAUCAAGGGUGAUAAACAAGAAGUCACCAAGAUCGAAACCGUUGAAGAAGACGAUAAGGCCCCAGUCACAACCGUUACUGUCGAAGAAGUUAAGAAACCAGAGGAAGAACAAACUCUAGUCGAGGAGCUUCCCGAACAAGUUACCGUUCUCGAAACAGUCACCAAGGAAGGAAAGCCAAAGAAGAAAACCGUCAAGACUCGAGUAAUCAAGAAGACGAAGGGUGAUAAACAGGAGGUCACCAAGAUCGAAAUCGUUGAAGAAGAUGACCAGAAACCAGUCACCACCGUAACAGUCGAAGAGGGCCCUAAACCAGAAGAAGUUCCUGAAGAAACUCACAAGGUCGAAGAAUUACCCGAACAAGUUACCGUUUUCGAGACAGUCACAAAGGAGGGAAAACCCAAGAAAAAGGUUGUCAAAACUAAGGUUCUCAAGAAAAUCAAGGGUGAUAAACAAGAAGUCACCAAGAUCGAAACCGUUGAGGAAGACGAUAAGGCCCCAGUCACAACCGUUACUGUCGAAGAAGUUAAGAAACCAGAGGAAGAAGAAACUCUAGUCGAGGAGCUUCCCGAACAGGUUACCGUUCUCGAAACAAUCACCAAGGAAGGAAAGCCAAAGAAGAAAACCAUCAAGACACGAGUAAUCAAGAAGACGAAGGGUGAUAAACAGGAGGUCACCAAGAUCGAAACUAUCGAAGAAGAUGACCAAAAGCCUAUCACCACCGUAACGGUCGAAGAACGUCCUAAACCAGAGGAAGCUACUGAAGAAACCCACAAGGUAGAAGAAUUACCUGAACAAGUUACCGUUUUCGAGACAGUCACAAAGGAGGGAAAACCCAAGAAAAAGGUUGUCAAAACUAAAGUUCUCAAGAAAAUCAAGGGUGAUAAACAAGAAGUCACCAAAAUCGAAACCGUUGAGGAAGACGAUAAGGCCCCAGUCACAACCGUUACUGUGGAGGAAGUUAAGAAACCAGAGGAAGAAGAAACUCUAGUCGAGGAGCUUCCCGAACAGGUUACCGUUCUCGAAACAGUCACCAAGGAAGGAAAGCCAAAGAAGAAAACCGUCAAGACACGAGUAAUCAAGAAAACGAAGGGUGAUAAACAGGAGGUAACCAAGAUCGAAACUAUCGAAGAAGAUGACCAAAAGCCUAUCACCACCGUAACGGUCGAAGAACGUCCUAAACCAGAGGAAGCUACUGAAGAAACUCACAAGGUCGAAGAAUUACCCGAACAAGUUACCGUUUUCGAGACAGUCACAAAGGAGGGAAAACCCAAGAAAAAGGUUGUCAAAACUAAGGUUCUCAAGAAAAUCAAGGGUGAUAAACAAGAAGUCACCAAGAUCGAAACCGUUGAGGAAGACGAUAAGGCCCCAGUCACAACCGUUACUGUCGAAGAAGUUAAGAAACCAGAGGAAGAACAAACUCUAGUCGAGGAGCUUCCCGAACAGGUUACCGUUCUCGAAACAGUCACCAAGGAAGGAAAGCCAAAGAAGAAAACCGUCAAGACACGAGUAAUCAAGAAAACGAAGGGUGAUAAACAGGAGGUAACCAAGAUCGAAACUAUCGAAGAAGAUGACCAAAAGCCUAUCACCACCGUAACAGUCGAAGAGGGCCCCAAACCAGAAGAAGUUCCUGAAGAAACCCAGAAGGUAGAAGAAUUACCUGAACAAGUUACCGUAUUCGAGACAGUCACAAAGGAGGGAAAACCCAAGAAAAAGGUUGUCAAAACUAAAGUUCUCAAGAAAAUCAAGGGUGAUAAACAAGAAGUCACCAAAAUCGAAACCGUUGAGGAAGACGAUAAGGCCCCAGUCACAACCGUUACUGUGGAGCAAGUUAAGAAACCAGAGGAAGAACAACCUCUAGUCGAGGAGCUUCCCGAACAGGUUACCGUUCUCGAAACAGUCACCAAGGAAGGAAAGCCAAAGAAGAAAAUCGUCAAGACCCGAGUAAUCAAGAAGACGAGGGGUGAUAAACAGGAGGUCACCAAGAUCGAAACCGUUGAGGAAGAUGACCAGAAACCAGUCACCACCGUAACAGUCGAAGAAGGCCCUAAACCAGAAGAAGUUCCUGAAGAAACUCACAAGGUCGAAGAAUUACCUGAACAAGUUACCGUUUUCGAGACAGUCACAAAGGAGGGAAAACCCAAGAAAAAGGUUGUCAAAACUAAGGUUCUCAAGAAAAUCAAGGGUGAUAAACAAGAAGUCACCAAGAUCGAAACCGUUGAGGAAGACGAUAAGGCCCCAGUCACAACCGUUACUGUCGAAGAAGUUAAGAAACCAGAGGAAGAACAAACUCUAGUCGAGGAGCUUCCCGAACAGGUUACCGUUGUCGAAAUAGUCACCAAAGAAGGAAAGCCUAAGAAGAAAACCGUCAAGACACGAGUAAUCAAGAAGACGAAGGGUGAUAAACAGGAGGUCACCAAGAUCGAAACUAUCGAAGAAGAUGACCAAAAGCCUAUCACCACCGUAACGGUCGAAGAAGGUCCUAAACCAGAGGAAGCUCCUGAAGAAACCCACAAGGUCGAAGAAUUACCUGAACAAGUUACUGUAUUCGAGACAGUCACAAAGGAGGGAAAACCCAAGAAAAAGGUUGUCAAAACUAAAGUUCUCAAGAAAAUUAAGGGUGAUAAACAAGAAGUCACCAAGAUCGAAACCGUUGAGGAAGACGAUAAGGCCCCAGUCACAACCGUUACUGUCGAAGAGGUUAAGAAACCAGAGGAAGAACAAACUCUAGUCGAGGAGCUUCCCGAACAAGUUACCGUUCUCGAAACAGUCACCAAGGAAGGAAAGCCAAAGAAGAAAACCGUCAAGACUCGAGUAAUCAAGAAGACGAAGGGUGAUAAACAGGAGGUAACCAAGAUCGAAACCGUUGAAGAAGAUGAUCAAAAACCAAUCACCACCGUAACAAUCGAAGAAGGUCCUAAACCAGAGGAAGUCCCUGAAGAAACUCACAAGGUAGAAGAAUUACCUGAACAAGUUACCGUUUUCGAGACAGUCACAAAGGAGGGAAAACCCAAGAAAAAGGUUGUUAAAACUAAGGUUCUCAAGAAAAUCAAGGGUGAUAAACAAGAAGUCACCAAGAUCGAAACCGUUGAGGAAGACGAUAAGGCCCCAGUCACAACCGUUACUGUCGAAGAAGUUAAAAAACCAGAGGAAGAAGAAACUCUAGUCGAGGAGCUUCCCGAACAGGUUACCGUUCUCGAAACAGUCACCAAGGAAGGAAAGCCAAAGAAGAAAACCGUCAAGACUCGAGUAAUCAAGAAGACGAAGGGUGAUAAACAGGAGGUCACCAAGAUCGAAACCGUUGAAGAGGAUGACCAAAAGCCCGUCACCACCGUAACAAUCGAAGAAGGUCCCAAACCAGAGGAAGUCCCUGAAGAAACUCACAAGGUAGAAGAAUUACCGGAACAAGUUACCGUGUUCGAGACAGUCACGAAGGAGGGCAAACCCAAGAAAAAGGUUGUCAAGACUAAAGUUCUCAAGAAGAUCAAGGGUGAUAAACAAGAAGUCACCAAGAUCGAAACCGUUGAAGAAGACGAUAAGGCCCCAGUCACAACCGUUACUGUCGAAGAAGUUAAGAAACCAGAGGAAGAACAAACUCUAGUCGAGGAGCUUCCCGAACAAGUUACCGUUCUCGAAACAGUCACCAAGGAAGGAAAGCCAAAGAAGAAAACCGUCAAGACUCGAGUAAUCAAGAAGACGAAGGGUGAUAAACAGGAGGUAACCAAGAUCGAAACCGUUGAAGAAGAUGAUCAAAAACCAAUCACCACCGUAACAAUCGAAGAAGGUCCUAAACCAGAGGAAGUCCCUGAAGAAACUCACAAGGUAGAAGAAUUACCUGAACAAGUUACCGUUUUCGAGACAGUCACAAAGGAGGGAAAACCCAAGAAAAAGGUUGUUAAAACUAAGGUUCUCAAGAAAAUCAAGGGUGAUAAACAAGAAGUCACCAAGAUCGAAACCGUUGAGGAAGACGAUAAGGCCCCAGUCACAACCGUUACUGUCGAAGAAGUUAAAAAACCAGAGGAAGAACAAACUCUAGUCGAGGAGCUUCCCGAACAGGUUACCGUUCUCGAAACAGUCACCAAGGAAGGAAAGCCAAAGAAGAAAACCGUCAAGACUCGAGUAAUCAAGAAGACGAAGGGUGAUAAACAGGAGGUCACCAAGAUCGAAACCGUUGAAGAGGAUGACCAAAAGCCCGUCACCACCGUAACAAUCGAAGAAGGUCCCAAACCAGAGGAAGUCCCUGAAGAAACUCACAAGGUAGAAGAAUUACCGGAACAAGUUACCGUGUUCGAGACAGUCACGAAGGAGGGCAAACCCAAGAAAAAGGUUGUCAAGACUAAAGUUCUCAAGAAGAUCAAGGGUGAUAAACAAGAAGUCACCAAGAUCGAAACCGUUGAAGAAGACGAUAAGGCCCCAGUCACAACCGUUACUGUCGAAGAAGUUAAGAAACCAGAGGAAGAACAAACUCUAGUCGAGGAGCUUCCCGAACAAGUUACCGUUCUCGAAACAGUCACCAAGGAAGGAAAGCCAAAGAAGAAAACCGUCAAGACCCGAGUAAUCAAGAAGACGAAGGGUGAUAAACAGGAGGUAACCAAGAUCGAAACCGUUGAAGAAGAUGAUCAAAAACCAGUCACCACCGUAACAAUCGAAGAAGGUCCUAAACCAGAGGAAGUCCCUGAAGAAACUCACAAGGUAGAAGAAUUACCUGAACAAGUUACAGUUUUCGAGACAGUCACAAAGGAGGGAAAACCCAAGAAAAAGGUUGUCAAAACUAAGGUUCUCAAGAAAAUCAAGGGUGAUAAACAAGAAGUCACCAAGAUCGAAACUGUUGAGGAAGACGAUAAGGCCCCAGUCACAACCGUUACUGUCGAAGAAGUUAAGAAACCAGAGGAAGAACAAACUCUAGUCGAGGAGCUUCCCGAACAGGUUACCGUUCUCGAAACAGUCACCAAAGAAGGAAAGCCUAAGAAGAAAACCGUCAAGACUCGAGUAAUCAAGAAGACGAAGGGUGAUAAACAGGAAGUCACCAAGAUCGAAACCGUUGAAGAAGAUGACCAGAAACCAGUCACCACCGUAACAGUCGAAGAGGGUCCUAAACCAAAGGGAAUCUCUGAAGAAAGUCACAUGAUCGAGGAACUGCCAGAACAAGUAACUGUGUUUGAGAUAAUCACGAAGGAAGGCAAGCCCAAGAAGAAGGUUGUCAAAACCAGAGUGCUCAAAAAGACCAAAGGCGACAAAAAAGAAAUCAUCAAAAUCGAAACCGUUGAGGAGGAUGACAAAGCUCCGAUCACUAGCGUUACAGUCGAGGAUCUCGGAGAACACGCCGCAGAGGAUACGGAAGAUACAAUGGAACAAUCUGAGGUCUUCCCAAUAGGCACUGAAAUUUCACAAGGUAAGGUUGAUAACAAAAACUAUAUAUAUACGGAACCACGGAAUGUAGAGGGUGAAACGGCCAGCGAGGUUGCUAACGAUGCUGUAACCAACGCUGAAGAGGAAAUUGAAGUAGAGGAACUUCCUAUCCUUGACACAGUCACAGGGGAAGGAAAGCGAAAGAAAAAGACCGUAAAGUCUCGAGUUAUCAAAGUGACAAAGGGUGACAAGAAUGAGGGUGAUAAGGAGCCAGUCGCCAUCCUAACAGUCGAGAAAGGAUCGAAGCCAGAAGAAGUUCCAACAGAAACUGAGAAGAUAGAGGAACUACCCGAACAGGUUACUGUGAUUGAGACAAUCACCAAAGAAGGUAAACCAACCAAAAAGAUCGUCAGGACAAAGGUUCUCAAGAAGAUCAAAGGUGGCAAGCAAGAAAUCACCAAGGUCGAAACUGUUGAGGAGGAUGACAAGGCUCCAAUUACAACUGUUAUCGUAGAAGAAGUGCUGAAACCAGAGGAACCAACUCUAGUUGAGGAACUUCCCGAACAGAUUACCGUUCUCGAAACAGUUACCAGGGAAGGAAAGCCAAAGAAGAAAACGGUCAAAACUAGAGUAAUCAAAAAGACAAAGGGUGAUAAACAGGAAAUCACCAAAAUCGAAACCAUUGAAGAGGACGAAAUGGCUCCGGUAACAACUGUUACAGUUAAAGAAGUUAAGAAACCGGAAGAGGAGGAAACUCUAGUUGAGGAACUUCCCGAACAGGUCACCGUUCUCGAGACGAUCACAAAGGAAGGUAAGCCAAAGAAAAAAACCGUCAAGACUCGAGUAAUCAAGAAGACGAAGGGUGAUAAACAGGAGGUCACCAAGAUCGAAACCGUUGAAGAGGAUGACCAGAAACCUGUCACCACCGUCACAGUCGAAAAAGUUCCUAAACCAGAGGAAGUCCCUCAAGAAACGCAAAAGAUUGAAGAAUUGCCUGAACAAGUAACUGUUUUCGAGACAGUCACAAAGGAGGGAAAACCCAAGAAAAAGGUUGUCAAAACUAAGGUUCUCAAGAAGAUCAAGGGCGAUAAACAAGAAGUUACCAAGAUCGAAACCAUUGAGGAAGAUGACAAGGCACCAGUCACAACCGUCACGGUCGAAGAACUUGAGAAACCAGAGGAGGGGGAAAUUGUGGUUGAGGAACUUCCGGAACAGGUUACCGUUCUUGAAACAGUGACUAAGGAAGGAAGGCCCCAGAAGAAAACCGUGAAGACACGGAUAAUUAGGAAGACGAAGGGUGAUAAACAGGAGGUCACCAAGAUCGAAACGGUUGAGGAGGACGACAGAGCCCCAGUCACAACCGUCAUGGUCGAAGAUAUCGAGAAACCAGAGGAGGAAAUUGUGGUUGAGGAGCUUCCGGAACAGGUUACCGUUCUCGAAACAGUGACUAAGGAAGGAAGGCCACAGAAAAAAACCGUCAAAACACGGGUAAUUAAGAAGACCAAGGGUGAUAAACAGGAGGUCACCAAGAUCGAAACCGUUGAAGUGGAUGACCAGAAACCUAUCACCACCGUAACUGUCGAAGAAGGUCCUAAACCACAGGAAGUUCCUGAAGAAAUUCAGACUAUGGAAGAACUCCCUGAAGAAGUUACUAUUUUUGAAACGGUCACAAAAGAGGGUAAACCCAAGAAAAAGAUUAUCAAAAGUAAGGUUCUCAAGAAGAUCAAGGGUGACAAGCAAGAAGUCACCAAGAUCGAAACUGUUGAGGAAGAUGACAAAGCCCCAGUCACAACCGUUACCGUCGAAGAAAUUGGGAAACCAGAGGAGGAACAAAUUGUGGUUGAGGAACUUCCGGAACAGGUUACCAUUCUCGAAACAGUCACCAAGGAAGGAAAGCCUAAGAAGAAAACCGUCAAAACACGGGUAAUUAAGAAAACAAAGGGUGAUAAACAGGAGAUCACUAAGAUCGAAACCGUUCAAGAGGAUGACCAGAAACCAGUCACGACUGUAACAAUCGAAGAGGCACCCAAACCAGAGGAAGUGUCUGAAGAAACUCAUAAGAUCGAGGAGUUACCUGAACAAGUUACCAUUUUCGAGACAGUCACAAAGGAGGGAAAACCCAAGAAAACGGUUGUGAAAACUAAGGUUCUCAAGAAGAUAAAGGGCGAUAAACAAGAAAUUACCAAGAUCGAAACCGUCGAGGAAGACGAUAAGGCCCCAGUCACAACCGUUACUAUCGAAGAAGUUAAGAAACCAGAGAAAGAAGAAACUCUAGUCGAGGAGCUUCCCGAACAGGUCACUGUUCUCGAAACAGUCACGAAAGAAGGACAGCCUAAGAAGAAAACCGUCAAGACUCGAGUAAUCAAGAAGACGAAGGGUGAUAAACAGGAGGUCACCAAGAUCGAAACCGUUGAAGAAGAUGACCAAAAGCCUGUCACCACCGUGACUGUCGAAGAAGGUCCUAAACCAGAGGAAGUUCCUGAUGAAACUCACAAGAUCGAGGAAUUACCUGAACAAGUUACUGUCUUCGAGACAAUCACAAAGGAGGGAAAACCCAAGAAAAAGGUUGUCAAAACUAAGGUUCUCAAGAAGAUCAAGGGCGAUAAACAAGAAGUUACCAAGAUCGAAACCGUCGAGGAAGACGAUAAGGCCCCAGUCACAACCGUUACUGUGGAAGAGGUUAAGAAACCAGAGGAAGAAGAAACUCUAGUGGAGGAACUUCCCGAACAGGUCACCGUUCUCGAAACAGUCACGAAGGAAGGAAAGCCUAAGAAGAAAACCGUCAAAACUCGAGUAAUCAAGAAGACGAAGGGUGAUAAACAGGAGGUCACCAAGAUCGAAACCGUUGAAGAAGAUGACGAAAAGCCUGUCACCACCGUAAUUGUCGAAGAAGGUCCUAAGCCGGAGGAAGUUCCUGAAGAAACUCAUAAGAUCGAGGAGUUACCUGAACAAGUUACCGUUUUCGAGACAGUUACAAAGGAGGGGAAACCCAAGAAAAAGAUCGUUAAAACUAAGGUUCUCAAGAAGAUAAAGGGUGAUAAACAGGAAGUUACCAAGAUCGAAACCGUCGAGGAAGAUGAUAAGGCCCCAGUUACAACCGUUACCGUCGAAGAAGUUAAGAAACCAGAGGAAGAAGAAACUCUAGUCGAGGAGCUUCCCGAACAGGUCACUGUUCUCGAAACAGUCACGAAGGAAGGAAAGCCUAAGAAGAAAACCGUCAAGACUCGAGUAAUCAAGAAGACGAAGGGUGAUAAACAGGAGGUCACCAAGAUCGAAACCGUUGAAGAAGAUGACCAAAAGCCUGUCACCACCAUAACAGUCGAAGAAGGUCCUAAACCAGAGGAAGUUCCUGAAGAAGCUCAUAAGAUCGAGGAAUUACCUGAACAAGUUACUGUCUUCGAGACAAUCACAAAGGAGGGGAAACCCAAGAAAAAGGUUGUUAAAACUAAGGUUCUCAAGAAGAUAAAGGGUGAUAAACAGGAAGUUACCAAAAUCGAAACCGUCGAGGAAGACGAUAAGGCCCCAGUCACAACCGUUACCGUCGAAGAAGUUAAGAAACCAGAGGAAGAAGAAACUCUAGUCGAGGAGCUUCCCGAACAGGUCACUGUUCUCGAAACAGUCACGAAGGAAGGAAAGCCUAAGAAGAAAACCGUCAAGACUCGAGUAAUCAAGAAGACGAAGGGUGAUAAACAGGAGGUCACCAAGAUCGAAACCGUUGAAGAAGAUGACCAAAAGCCUGUCACCACCGUAACAGUCGAAGAAGGUCCUAAACCAGAGGAAGUUCCUGAAGAAACUCAUAAGAUCGAGGAAUUACCUGAACAAGUUACUGUCUUCGAGACAAUCACAAAGGAGGGAAAACCCAAGAAAAAGGUUGUCAAAACUAAAGUUCUUAAGAAAAUUAAGGGUGAUAAACAAGAAGUCACCAAGAUCGAAACCGUCGAGGAAGACGAUAAGGCCCCAGUCACAACCGUUACCGUCGAAGAAGUUAAGAAACCAGAGGAAGAAGAAACUCUAGUCGAGGAGCUUCCUGAACAGGUCACUGUUCUCGAAACAGUCACGAAGGAAGGAAAGCCUAAGAAGAAAACCGUCAAGACUCGAGUAAUCAAGAAGACGAAGGGUGAUAAACAGGAGGUCACCAAGAUCGAAACCGUUGAAGAAGAUGACCAAAAGCCUGUCACCACCGUAACAGUCGAAGAAGGUCCUAAACCAGAGGAAGUUCCUGAAGAAACUCAUAAGAUCGAGGAAUUACCUGAACAAGUUACUGUCUUCGAGACAGUCACAAAGGAGGGGAAACCCAAGAAAAAGGUUGUUAAAACUAAGGUUCUCAAGAAGAUAAAGGGUGAUAAACAGGAAGUUACCAAGAUCGAAACCGUCGAGGAAGACGAUAAGGCCCCAGUCACAACCGUUACCGUCGAAGAAGUUAAGAAACCAGAGGAAGAAGAAACUCUAGUCGAGGAGCUUCCCGAACAGGUCACUGUUCUCGAAACAGUCACGAAGGAAGGAAAGCCUAAGAAGAAAACCGUCAAGACUCGAGUAAUCAAGAAGACGAAGGGUGAUAAACAGGAGGUCACCAAGAUCGAAACCGUUGAAGAAGAUGACCGAAAGCCUGUCACCACCGUAACAGUCGAAGAAGGUCCUAAACCAGAGGAAGUUCCUGAAGAAACUCAUAAGAUCGAGGAAUUACCUGAACAAGUUACUGUCUUCGAGACAAUCACAAAGGAGGGAAAACCCAAGAAAAAGGUUGUCAAAACUAAAGUUCUCAAGAAAAUUAAGGGUGAUAAACAAGAAGUCACCAAGAUCGAAACCGUUGAGGAAGACGAUAAAGCCCCAGUCACAACUGUUACCGUCGAAAAAGUUAAGAAACCAGAGGAAGAAGAAACUCUAGUCGAGGAGCUUCCCGAACAGGUCACUGUUCUCGAAACAGUCACGAAGGAAGGAAAGCCUAAGAAGAAAACCGUCAAGACUCGAGUAAUCAAGAAGACGAAGGGUGAUAAACAGGAGGUCACCAAGAUCGAAACCGUUGAAGAAGAUGACCAAAAGCCUGUCACCACCGUAACAGUCGAAGAAGGUCCUAAACCAGAGGAAGUUCCUGAAGAAACUCAUAAGAUCGAGGAAUUACCUGAACAAGUUACUGUCUUCGAGACAGUCACAAAGGAAGGGAAACCCAAGAAAAAGUUUGUUAAAACUAAGGUUCUCAAGAAGAUAAAGGGUGAUAAACAGGAAGUUACCAAGAUCGAAACCGUCGAGGAAGACGAUAAGGCCCCAGUCACAACCGUUACCGUCGAAGAAGUUAAGAAACCAGAGGAAGAAGAAACUCUAGUCGAGGAGCUUCCCGAACAGGUCACUGUUCUCGAAACAGUCACGAAGGAAGGAAAGCCUAAGAAGAAAACCGUCAAGACUCGAGUAAUCAAGAAGACGAAGGGUGAUAAACAGGAGGUCACCAAGAUCGAAACCGUUGAAGAAGAUGACCAAAAGCCUGUCACCACCGUAACAGUCGAAGAAGGUCCUAAACCAGAGGAAGUUCCUGAAGAAACUUAUAAGAUCGAGGAAUUACCUGAACAAGUUACUGUCUUCGAGACAAUCACAAAGGAGGGAAAACCCAAGAAAAAGGUUGUCAAAACUAAAGUUCUCAAGAAAAUUAAGGGUGAUAAACAAGAAGUCACCAAGAUCGAAACCGUUGAGGAAGACGAUAAAGCCCCAGUCACAACUGUUACCGUCGAAGAAGUUAAGAAACCAGAGGAAGAAGAAACUCUAGUCGAGGAGCUUCCUGAACAGGUCACUGUUCUCGAAACAGUCACGAAGGAAGGAAAGCCUAAGAAGAAAACCGUCAAGACUCGAGUAAUCAAGAAGACGAAGGGUGAUAAACAGGAGGUCACCAAGAUCGAAACCGUUGAAGAAGAUGACCAAAAGCCUGUCACCACCGUAACAGUCGAAGAAGGUCCUAAACCAGAGGAAGUUCCUGAAGAAACUCAUAAGAUCGAGGAAUUACCUGAACAAGUUACUGUCUUCGAGACAGUCACAAAGGAGGGGAAACCCAAGAAAAAGGUUGUUAAAACUAAGGUUCUCAAGAAGAUAAAGGGUGAUAAACAGGAAGUUACCAAGAUCGAAACCGUCGAGGAAGACGAUAAGGCCCCAGUCACAACCGUUACCGUCGAAGAAGUUAAGAAACCAGAGGAAGAAGAAACUCUAGUCGAGGAGCUUCCCGAACAAGUCACUGUUCUCGAAACAGUCACGAAGGAAGGAAAGCCUAAGAAGAAAACCGUCAAGACUCGAGUAAUCAAGAAGACGAAGGGUGAUAAACAGGAGGUCACCAAGAUCGAAACCGUUGAAGAAGAUGACCAAAAGCCUGUCACCACCGUAACAGUCGAAGAAGGUCCUAAACCAGAGGAAGUUCCUGAAGAAACUCAUAAGAUCGAGGAAUUACCUGAACAAGUUACUGUCUUCGAGACAGUCACAAAGGAGGGGAAACCCAAGAAAAAGGUUGUUAAAACUAAGGUUCUCAAGAAGAUAAAGGGUGAUAAACAGGAAGUUACCAAGAUCGAAACCGUCGAGGAAGACGAUAAGGCCCCAGUCACAACCGUUACUGUCGAAGAAGUUAAGAAACCAGAGGAAGAAGAAACUCUAGUCGAGGAGCUUCCCGAACAGGUCACUGUUCUCGAAACAGUCACGAAGGAAGGACAGCCUAAGAAGAAAACCGUCAAGACUCGAGUAAUCAAGAAGACGAAGGGUGAUAAACAGGAGGUCACCAAGAUCGAAACCGUUGAAGAAGAUGACCAAAAGCCUGUCACCACCGUAACAGUCGAAGAAGGUCCUAAACCAGAGGAAGUUCCUGAAGAAACUCAUAAGAUCGAGGAAUUACCUGAGCAAGUUACUGUCUUCGAGACAAUCACAAAGGAGGGAAAACCCAAGAAAAAGGUUGUCAAAACUAAAGUUCUCAAGAAAAUUAAGGGUGAUAAACAAGAAGUCACCAAGAUCGAAACCGUUGAGGAAGACGAUAAAGCCCCAGUCACAACUGUUACCGUCGAAGAAGUUAAGAAACCAGAGGAAGAAGAAACUCUAGUCGAGGAGCUUCCCGAACAGGUCACUGUUCUCGAAACAGUCACGAAGGAAGGAAAGCCUAAGAAGAAAACCGUCAAGACUCGAGUAAUCAAGAAGACGAAGGGUGAUAAACAGGAGGUCACCAAGAUCGAAACCGUUGAAGAAGAUGACCAAAAGCCUGUCACCACCGUAACAGUCGAAGAAGGUCCUAAACCAGAGGAAGUUCCUGAAGAAACUCAUAAGAUCGAGGAAUUACCUGAACAAGUUACUGUCUUCGAGACAAUCACAAAGGAGGGAAAACCCAAGAAAAAGGUUGUCAAAACUAAAGUUCUCAAGAAAAUUAAGGGUGAUAAACAAGAAGUUACCAAGAUCGAAACCGUUGAGGAAGACGAUAAGGCCCCAGUCACAACCCUUACCGUCGAAGAGGUUAAGAAACCAGAGGAAGAAGAAACUCUAGUCGAGGAACUUCCCGAACAGGUUACCGUUCUCGAAACAGUCACCAAGGAAGGAAAGCCAAAGAAGAAAACCGUCAAAACUCGAGUAAUCAAGAAGACGAAGGGUGAUAAACAGGAGGUCACCAAGAUCGAAACCGUUGAAGAAGAUGACCAAAAGCCUGUCACCACCGUAAUUAUCGAAGAAGGUCCUAAGCCGGAGGAAGUCCCAGAAGAAGCUUACAAGAUCGAAGAAUUACCUGAACAAGUUUCCGUGUUUGAGACCAUCACAAAAGAGGGGAAACCGAAGAAAAAGGUUGUCAGAACUAAAGUUUUCAAAAAGGACAAAGGGGAUAAACAAGAAGUCACCAAGAUCGAAACCUUUGAAGAGGACGAUAAGGCCCCACUCACAACCGUCACGGUAGAAGAAACCACGAAGCCUGAGGAGGAGGAAGUUGUAAUUAGGGAACUGCCUGAGCAGGUGGCAGUAUUCGAGACGAUCGCAAAGGACGGGGUGCCGAAAAAGAAAACUGUUAGGACUAGGGUUAUUCAGAGAACUAAAGGUGAUAAGCAAGAGAUUACCAAAGUGGAGACAGUGGAAGAAGACGAUAAAGAACCAGUGACCACUGUAACGAUUGAAGAAGCCCAGCAACCCAACGACUUUGCAGGAGAGGGUGAAGAAAUCCACGAGCUUCCCGAGCAAAUCACCAUAUACGAAAGAAGAGAUAAGGAAGGGAAGCCAACCAAGAAAAUUUCGAAAACCAGGAUAUUGAAAAAGGUAAAAGGGGACAAAGAAAAAGUUACUAAAAUCGAGACUAUCGAGGAAGAUGGUAAAAUACAAGCUGCAAAUGUUGUGGUUGAGGAAAUUCCUAUAAUAGAACCGGAAAUUAUAGAGGAACUUCCAGAGAAGGUUAUUAUUAAAGAGAGGGUAAGCGACGACGGUGUUGUCACGCAAGAUGUCGCAAAAGUGAGAACAAUAAAGAAGAAACAUGGUCCUCAUGAGGAAACUACCAAAAUUGAGACGAUCAAAAAAGAAGGAGAAGAACCUUCUACCAGCAUUAGUGUUGAGAGAUUGAAACGGCGCCGGAAGUCCGAAAAACCCGUAGAAGUUGUGGAGGAACUCCCAGAACAAAAAACUGUAUAUUUCUCCGUGGGUGAUGAUGGUAAGCUUAAAAAGACAGUAGUUAAAACUCGUAUUAUCAAAAAGAUAAAAGGGGAUAAACAAGAAAUCACGAAAAUUCAAACUGUGGAGGAAUAUGAGAAGGAACCAGUGACGACGGUUUCGGUGGAGGAAAUCGAGAAACCUUUGACGGAAGAACAACAGGAAGAGCCCAUCUUCAUAGAGGAAUUUCCAGAAAUUGUUCGUGAAGAUUCCUCUCCAACUGAUACAGGAGAGAUAAAAAAGAAAGUUGUUCGUCAGAAAAAAUUCCGAAAGCCGAAGGGAGAUCACGAUGAGAUAAUGGAAAUUCAGAUUAUCGAAGAAGAAGGGAAGGAACCAAUAUCCUCCGUAAAUAUCGCAGAUGUGCCUAAAGAAGAAGUUGAAACCAUGCCUGGUGAAAUGGUGGAAGCACGCGAAUUACCGAUGGAGGUUAUCGUUGUUGAAUCGAAAUCGAAAGAGGGUAAACCUAAGAAAACGGUGGUCAAAACUAAAACAGUUAAGAGGCUUAAAGGUGAGAAAGAGGAAGUAACGAAAAUCCAGACCAUCAUUGAAGAUGAAAAAGAACCUGUUAGAACGCUCUUAAUUGAAGAAACAGUACCAACUGAAGAUUCUCCGGUUCAAACGAUCCCAUUAGAAGAAUUACCUGAGGAAAUUAUUGAAGCUGAAGUUUCCAUAGAUGGUGCCAAGCCAAAGAAAAAAGUUAUAAAAACUAAGGGUUAUAAAAAAUUAAAAGAUGAAAAACCAGAAGUUACAACUAUUCAAACCGUUGAGGAAGAAGGCGAACAGCCUGUCACUUUGGUUAGGGUAGUGAGUAGUGAUAGUUUAGCUAAUGUUAUUGACAUAAGUUCUCUGGCUGAUGAAACUGCCGAUUUUCACAAAACACCAACACAAUAUACACCUACACCUUACACUGACAAUAUAGAGCCUGAAGCAGCUCCAGAAGAAAAGCCCAUAUUCAUCACAACCUUCGAAACUAGCAACGUAGAUGGCGAAACUGUGAUCAAACCACGCAGUAAAAAAGUUACAACCGAUAAAGGUUUUAUUGUAGAAGAGAUACUAAGUGACUCUGAAUCGCCAAUUGUCCCCCAGGUCCCAGAAAGCAGUGUAGAAAUUGUUGAAGUUAAUGAGUUAGAAGAUGUGACCAGCAAAGACUACACAAUCACAGAACCAGAAGAAGACACACCUUUAUCAGAAACACCUGACAUACGAAAACCAACACCAAAACCUAAGAAAAAGAAAGACCUUAAGGACAGCAAAGAACUUAAACCUGAAGAUUAUAGUCUUGAAGUUCUUCCUGAAGAGGUUACAGAAAACGAAGUUCCCACGGAAGAUGGUGAAAAAAGGACGAAAUCUGUUAAGAAGAAAACUUUUAAGAAGAAAAUUGGUGACGAAGAACAAACAAUUGAAGUCCUCACCGUCAAAGAAGAUGGAAAAGAGGAAGUCAAUACAGUAAGCAUCAUUGAAGAAGUACCAGAAGAUGUACAGAAAGAGGAUGCACCCGAAAAUGAAGAGGAUAAACAGCCUACACCAGAAAAGCCGGAAAAGAUUGUGAAGAGAAAGAAGAAGAAGAUAAUCAAAAAAGUGAAAAAGGACGAUUUGGACGAUUACAUACAAAUGUUGAUUGAACAAGAUAUUCCCAAAACGGUCCUACAGAAAUAUGAGAAAGUUGACGUUGCAUUACCACAAAAAGCGAAACGUACUAAGAAGCCUAUUGAAACUAUCGAGAUUAUACCAAUGAAAAUUGAAAGGAUUGAACAGAAACCUACAAAAGUGGAAAUCAUCAGUGCAGCGGAAUACCCGCAACAUGUGAAGCUAAAGCAAAUAAAACGGAAGGAAAAACCAAAGAAGGUGCAGGAAGCGGUUGAUUUUAAAAAAUUAAAACUGAAAAGCCGCAUCCAGCACGUACCAUUCACUCUAGAACCAUUGCAUUUCUCAGUAACCACGUUAACAACAAUAAGAGGCAAUGGUGAACUUUCGAGAAAUGUUGAGGAAGCUACUAAAUUGUUGAAGAAGAAGCUGAAAAAGUUUAAAGAACCGAAAAUCGACGAUGAAGAGCUAGAAAAGCCAGAACUAGAAACCUAUGAAAAAUUGGAGGACAUACCAAAAGCCCAAAAACCAGAUAAAAAAUAUAUUCGGGAUAAAAAACCAGAGAAAACGGAAGAGCCGUCAGAUGACCGGAAACUGAAAUUGGGAAAAGGUGUACCUAAGGACGAAACCGAAUUGGAUGAAAAAGUUGUAUUAAAACCCGUUGCUCGCGAAGACCUGCCAGAUGAGAAACAGGAUCAAGAAGAUAAACCAAAACCAAAGAAACCAGAAAAAACUGACAAACCGAAGAAGUCACAUAAAACGCCCGAAGGAACACAAUUUGAGCCAUCCGAAUUCGAAACCGACAGCACCAAACUAGAUGAAUACACUCCUCAUCCAACUGAUCUUAAACCCGAGGAGGACACUGAAAAGGAAAAACCAAAGUAUAAAAGGAAGAAAAAACCAAAAACUGACGCAGAAGUCGACCAAAUCGAUAUCAAAAAAGGAAUUCCAAAGCCGGCAGAAUCUUCCGAGGAAGAUGAUGUUGCAUUUAGAAUUCCUAAAAGUCAACCACCAGACGAAACAACUGAUGAAAUAAAACUCAAGCCGUUUAAGAAAAUCGCGGAUCUUCCAGAAAAAGAAGCCGAUAGUAAAGCUACUCUCAAAUACAUAGGAAGUGACAUUCCUUCUCCUGAAGAAGUCGACGAAACAGAGCCUAUCUCCUUUGAAGAACUUCCUGCUGAAGUACACACAGUACAGAUUAUCGAGGAAGAUGCAAAACCGAAAACUCAGACAACUACACGACGUACUAUUAAAAAGAAAAAAGGAGACAAAGAAGAAAUAUUCAAAAUCACAGUUGUCGAGGAAGAAGGCAAACCGGAAACCACAAUUACAUUUGAAGCCAUAGAAAAAUCGCCAGAAGAACAGCAAAUACCUGAAGAAGAAAUAACCUCACCUGAAAAACCAAAGAAAAAAUCUGUUAAGAAAGUGAAAAAACAAGACAUUGAUCAAUAUAUCAAAACUUUGAUUGAACAGGAAAUCCCAAAAACAGAACUUGAAAAAUAUGAAAAGACUGAAGUUGAAGAGAAACCUAAGAAACCAAAAGAAAAGAAAAAGCCCAAGGAGAAGAAGGAAGUUCCCGUCGAAGAAGAAGUUCCUGUCUCGGUUGAAGAACUUCCAGAAGAGGUUGAAACUGUUGAGGUGCUCGAUGAGGAGGAAAAACCGAAAAAACAAACCACCAUAAAACGUACUAUCAAAAAGAAGGUUGGUGAUAAGGAAGAAAUAUUCAAAAUUACAGUUGUCGAGGAGGAAGGCAAACCCGAAACCACAAUUGCGUUCGAAGUAGAAGAGACUCCUGAGCAACCAGUGCCUGGGGAAGAAGCCAAACCAGAGAAACCCAAGAAGAAAACUGUUAAGAAGCUUAAGAAGGAUGAUGUCGAUGAAUACAUUAAAUCGUUGAUUGAACAGGAGAUUCCCAAAACUGAUCUUGAGGAAUAUGAGAAGACUGAAGUCGAGGAGAAACCUAAGAAACCAAAAGAAAAGAAAAAGCCCAAGGAAAAGAAGGAAGUUCCCGUCGAAGAAGAAGUUCCUGUCUCGGUUGAAGAACUUCCAGAAGAAGUUGAAACAGUUCAGGUGCUCGAUGAGGAGGAAAAACCCAAAACACAAACCACCACAAAACGUACUAUCAAAAAGAAGGUUGGUGAUAAGGAAGAAAUAUUCAAAAUCACAGUUGUCGAGGAGGAAGGCAAACCCGAAACCACAAUUGCGUUCGAAGUAGAAGAGACUCCUGAGCAACCAGUGCCUGGGGAAGAAGCCAAACCAGAGAAACCCAAGAAGAAAACUAUCAAGAAACUUAAGAAGGAUGACGUCGAUGAAUACAUUAAGUCGUUAAUCGAGCAGGAAAUUCCUAAAACUGAUCUUGAGCAAUAUGAGAAGACUGAAGUCGAGGAGAAACCUAAGAAACCAAAAGAAAAGAAAAAGCCCAAGGAAAAGAAGGAAGUUCCCGUCGAAGAAGAAGUUCCUGUUUCGAUUGAAGAACUUCCAGAAGAGGUUGAAACAGUUCAGGUCCUAGAUGAGGAGGAAAAACCGAAAACACAAACCACCACAAAACGAACUAUCAAAAAGAAGGUUGGUGAUAAGGAAGAAAUAUUCAAAAUCACAGUUGUGGAGGAGGAAGGCAAACCCGAAACGACAAUCGCCUUCGAAGUAGAAGAGACUCCUGAACAACCAAUGCCUGGGGAAGAAGCCAAACCAGAAAAACCCAAGAAGAAAACUGUUAAGAAGCUUAAGAAGGAUGAUGUCGAUGAAUACAUUAAAUCCUUGAUUGAACAGGAGAUUCCCAAAACUGAUCUUGAGCAAUAUGAGAAGACUGAAGUCGAGGAGAAACCUAAGAAACCAAAAGAAAAGAAAAAGCCCAAGGAAAAGAAGGAAGUUCCCGUCGAAGAAGAAGUUCCUGUCUCGGUUGAAGAACUUCCAGAAGAGGUUGAAACAGUUCAGGUGCUCGAUGAGGAAGAAAAACCGAAAACACAAACCACCACAAAACGUACUAUCAAAAAGAAGGUUGGUGAUAAGGAAGAAAUAUUCAAAAUUACAGUUGUCGAGGAGGAAGGCAAACCCGAAACGACAAUCGCAUUCGAAGUAGAAGAGACUCCUGAGCAACCAGUGCCUGGGGAAGAAGCUAAACCAGAGAAACCCAAGAAGAAAACUGUUAAGAAGCUUAAGAAGGAUGACGUCGAUGAAUACAUUAAAUCCUUGAUUGAACAGGAGAUUCCCAAAACUGAUCUUGAGGAAUAUGAGAAGACUGAAGUCGAGGAGAAACCUAAGAAACCAAAAGAAAAGAAAAAGCCCAAGGAAAAGAAAGAAGUUCCCGUCGAAGAAGAAGUUCCUGUCUCGGUUGAAGAACUUCCAGAAGAGGUUGAAACAGUUCAGGUGCUCGAUGAGGAGGAAAAACCGAAAACACAAACCACCACAAAACGUACUAUCAAAAAGAAGGUUGGUGAUAAGGAAGAAAUAUUCAAAAUUACAGUUGUCGAGGAGGAAGGCAAACCCGAAACGACAAUCGCAUUCGAAGUAGAAGAGACUCCUGAGCAACCAGUGCCUGGGGAAGAAGCCAAACCAGAGAAACCCAAGAAGAAAACUGUUAAGAAGCUUAAGAAGGAUGACGUCGAUGAAUACAUUAAAUCCUUGAUUGAACAGGAGAUUCCCAAAACUGAUCUUGAGGAAUAUGAGAAGACUGAAGUCGAGGAGAAACCUAAGAAACCAAAAGAAAAGAAGAAGCCCAAGGAAAAGAAAGAAGUUCCCGUCGAGGAAGAAGUUCCUGUUUCGGUUGAAGAGCUUCCUGAGGAAAUUGAAACCGUUCAGGUGAUUGAUGAGGAGGAAAAACCAAAAACACAAACCACAAAGAAACGUACCAUCAAAACCAGAAAAGGUGACAUAGAAGAAAUCUUUAAGAUAACUGUUGUUGAGCAAGAAGGUUCACCUGAAACUACAAUUACUUUUGAAACUGUGGAGGUUCCAGAGGAACAACAACAGACACCCGAGGAAGAGGCAACCAAACCGAAAAAACCGAAGAAAAAAUCUGUCAAAAAGCUGAAGAAAAGUGACGUAGACGAGUAUAUUCAGGCAUUAAUUGAGCAGGAAAUUCCAAAGACCGAACUUGAAGAAUAUGAGAAGAUUGACGUUGAUGAAAAGCCUAAAAAAGUUAAAGCAAAGAAACAACCCGAAGUAGAUAAGAAGCCAAUAACUAAAGAAGUUAUAUCAACAUUACCAGAUGAAAAACCAGCAGAAUCGAAAAUUGUGAAAAAACCGAAGGUCCAUAAAAAACAUGCUGUCGAGGAAGAACAGAUAUACAAACAGCCAAGACUGAAGAGUAGAAUCACAUUAAUUGAAUAUCCACCAGAACUUUUAAAACCGAAAAUAGUUGACUUGGAGACAAUUCGAGAUGCUGGCAUAUUGUCUCGGACCAUUGAAGAAGCAGAGAAGCUACCUAAACGAAAAGUGAAAAAAUUCCGUCAUCCUAAGGAGAAAAUCACUGAUUUAGAGAAAACAGAGCCCGAACAAUACGAACCGACCCCAAGCAGCCCCGAGAAGGAUGAACCUUCAAAGCCUUAUGAAAAGCAACAAAAACCCGCAUCUUCAGAUAAGCCAGAAGAGCAAAAGAGCAUUCCUAUAGGGAAGGGCAAAAAGAAAACACCAGAGGAGGAAGAAAAUGAAAUAGUGAAACUAAAGAAAAUUCCUAAGAAAAUGCAUAGUGAGGAAGUACCUGAAGAGAAAAGUACCAAAGUCACUCACACAGAAACAGAUAAGCCUGAUAAACAGCGAGAAGAGCAGGAAUAUAACUUGAAGCCUCUUGAACCAUUUGACACUACCCCAAGCGAAUACGACAAAGAUGAGUUGGAAAAGAUACCCUCCUCCCCCGAAUCACCAGACGAAAAGCAAAUUCCAAAACCAAAAUACAAACGAAAACAGAAACCCAAGUCAGCUCCUGAAACUGAAGAGCAUCCAAUUAUACCAGGCGUGCCAAAGGAACCUGAGGAGCAGCCUGAGGACACAAUUCAAUUCCGAAAACCACAAAAAGACAAGCCAGAAGAAGAAAAGGACGAAAUUACGUUGAAACCCUUUAUCAAACCUGAAGAUCAGAUAAGCGCAGAGAAAGAUAUACCAGACAGAGAUAUGAACCUCGCCCCAAUUAAAUCAUCUUCACCAGAGCCAGAUAGUCAAGAUGAAAAGACUAAAAAACCAAAGGACAAGAAAAAACCCAAAAAGAAAAAGGAAACACCAAUAGAAGAAGAAACUCCAGUUUCAAUUGAAGAGCUUCCGCAGGAAGUUGAAACCACACAAGUAAUCGACGAAGAAGAAAAACCUAAAACACAGACCACCACAAAGCGAACUAUUAAAAAGAAGGUUGGUGAUAAGGAAGAAAUCUUCAAAAUCACAGUUGUAGAAGAAGAAGGCAAACCGGAAACUACAAUUGCAUUCGAAGUUGAAGAGACUCCUGAGCAACCAGUGCCUGGGGAAGAAGCCAAACCAGAGAAACCCAAGAAGAAAAAAGUUAAGAAGCUUAAAAAGGAUGAAGUCGAUGAAUACAUUAAAUCUUUGAUUGAACAGGAGAUUCCCAAAACUGAUCUUGAGCAAUAUGAGAAGACUGAAGUCGAGGAGAAACCUAAGAAACCAAAAGAAAAGAAAAAGCCCAAGGAAAAGAAGGAAGUUCCCGUCGAAGAAGAAGUUCCUGUCUCGGUUGAAGAACUUCCAGAAGAGGUUGAAACAGUUCAAGUGCUCGAUGAGGAGGAAAAACCCAAAACACAAACCACCACAAAACGUACUAUCAAAAAGAAGGUUGGUGAUAAGGAAGAAAUAUUCAAAAUUACCGUUGUCGAGGAGGAAGGUAAACCCGAAACCACAAUUGCGUUCGAAGUAGAAGAGACUCCUGAACAACCAGUGUCUGAGGAAGAAGCCAAACCAGAGAAACCCAAGAAGAAAACUGUCAAGAAACUUAAGAAGGAUGACGUCGAUGAAUACAUUAAGUCGUUAAUAGAGCAGGAAAUUCCUAAAACUGAUCUUGAGCAGUAUGAGAAGACUGAAGUCGAAGAGAAACCUAAGAAACCAAAAGAAAAGAAAAAGCCCAAGGAAAAGAAGGAAGUUCCCGUCGAAGAAGAAGUUCCUGUUUCGGUUGAAGAACUUCCAGAAGAGGUUGAAACAGUUCAAGUGCUCGAUGAGGAGGAAAAACCAAAAACACAAACCACCACAAAACGUACUAUCAAAAAGAAGGUUGGUGAUAAGGAAGAAAUAUUCAAAAUCACAGUUGUGGAGGAGGAAGGCAAACCCGAAACCACAAUCGCAUUUGAAGUAGAAGAAAUUCCUGAAGAACCUGUGCCUGAAGAGGAAACCAAACCAGAGAAGCCCAAGAAGAAAACUGUCAAGAAGCUUAAAAAGGAUGACGUCGAUGAAUACAUUAAAUCUUUGAUUGAACAGGAGAUUCCCAAAACUGAUCUUGAGCAAUAUGAGAAGACUGAAGUCGAGGAGAAACCUAAAAAACCAAAAGAAAAGAAAAAGCCCAAGGAAAAGAAGGAAGUUCCCGUCGAAGAAGAAGUUCCUGUCUCGGUUGAAGAACUUCCAGAAGAGGUUGAAACAGUUCAGGUGCUCGAUGAGGAAGAAAAACCGAAAACACAAACCACCACAAAACGUACUAUCAAAAAGAAGGUUGGUGAUAAGGAAGAAAUAUUCAAAAUUACAGUUGUGGAGGAGGAAGGCAAACCCGAAACCACAAUUGCAUUUGAAGUAGAAGAAAUUCCUGAACAACCAGUGUCUGAAGAAGAAGCUAAACCAGAGAAACCUAAGAAGAAAACUGUCAAGAAGCUUAAAAAGGAUGAUGUCGAUGAAUACAUUAAAUCUUUGAUUGAACAGGAGAUUCCCAAAACUGAUCUUGAGCAAUAUGAGAAGACUGAAGUCGAGGAGAAACCUAAGAAACCAAAAGAAAAGAAAAAGCCCAAGGAGAAGAAGGAAGUUCCCGUCGAAGAAGAAGUUCCUGUUUCGGUUGAAGAACUUCCAGAAGAGGUUGAAACAGUUCAGGUGCUCGAUGAGGAGGAAAAACCGAAAACACAAACCACCACAAAACGUACUAUCAAAAAGAAGGUUGGUGAUAAGGAGGAAAUAUUCAAAAUCACAGUUGUCGAGGAGGAAGGCAAACCCGAAACCACAAUUGCAUUCGAAGUAGAAGAGACUCCUGAACAACCAGUGUCUGAGGAAGAAGCCAAACCAGAGAAACCCAAGAAGAAAACUGUCAAGAAGCUUAAAAAGGAUGACGUUGAUGAAUACAUUAAAUCUUUGAUUGAACAGGAGAUUCCCAAAACCGAUCUUGAGCAAUAUGAAAAGACUGAAGUCGAGGAGAAACCUAAAAAACCAAAAGAAAAGAAAAAGCCCAAGGAAAAGAAGGAAGUUCCCGUCGAAGAAGAAGUUCCUGUCUCGGUUGAAGAACUUCCAGAAGAGGUUGAAACAGUUCAGGUGCUCGAUGAGGAAGAAAAACCGAAAACACAAACCACCACAAAACGUACUAUCAAAAAGAAGGUUGGUGAUAAGGAAGAAAUAUUCAAAAUCACAGUUGUGGAGGAGGAAGGCAAACCUGAAACCACAAUCGCAUUUGAAGUAGAAGAAAUUCCUGAAGAACCUGUGCCUGAAGAGGAAACCAAACCAGAGAAACCCAAGAAGAAAACUGUUAAGAAGCUUAAGAAGGAUGACGUCGAUGAAUACAUUAAAUCUUUGAUAGAACAGGAGAUUCCCAAAACCGAUCUUGAGCAAUAUGAGAAGACCGAAGUCGAGGAGAAACCUAAGAAACCAAAAGAAAAGAAAAAGCCCAAGGAAAAGAAGGAAGUUCCCGUCGAAGAAGAAGUUCCUGUUUCGGUUGAAGAACUUCCAGAAGAGGUUGAAACAGUUCAGGUGCUCGAUGAGGAGGAAAAACCGAAAACACAAACCACCACAAAACGUACUAUCAAAAAGAAGGUUGGUGAUAAGGAAGAAAUAUUCAAAAUCACAGUUGUCGAGGAGGAAGGCAAACCCGAAACUACAAUUGCAUUCGAAGUAGAAGAGACUCCUGAACAACCAAUGCCUGAGGAAGAAGCCAAACCAGAAAAACCCAAGAAGAAAACCGUUAAGAAGCUUAAGAAGGAUGACGUCGAUGAAUACAUUAAAGCUUUGAUCGAGCAGGAAAUUCCCAAAACUGAUCUUGAGGAAUAUGAGAAGACUGAAGUCGAAGAGAAACCUAAGAAACCAAAAGAAAAGAAAAAGCCCAAGGAAAAGAAGGAAGUUCCCGUCGAAGAAGAUGUUCCCGUCUCGGUUGAAGAGCUUCCUAAGCAGGUCGAAAAAGAUGCUCCUGUCUCGGUUGAAGAACUUCCAGAAGAAGUUGAAACAGUUCAGGUCCUCGAUGAAGAAGAAAAACCGAAAACACAAACCACCACAAAACGUACUAUCAAAAAGAAGGUUGGUGAUAAGGAAGAAAUAUUCAAAAUCACAGUUGUCGAGGAGGAAGGCAAACCGGAAACCACAAUUGCAUUCGAAGUAGAAGAGACUCCUGAACAACCAGUGUCUGAGGAAGAAGCCAAACCAGAGAAACCCAAGAAGAAAACUGUUAAGAAACUUAAGAAGGAUGAUGUCGAUGAAUACAUUAAAUCUUUGAUUGAACAGGAGAUUCCCAAAACCGAUCUUGAGCAAUAUGAAAAGACUGAAGUCGAAGAGAAGCCUAAGAAACCAAAAGAAAAGAAAAAGCCCAAGGAAAAGAAAGAAACACCAGUGGAAGAAGGAGUUACUACCUCCGUUGAAGAGCUUCCUGAGCAGGUCGAAGAAGAAGUUCCUAUCUCGGUUGAAGAACUUCCAGAAGAAGUUGAAACAGUUCAAGUGCUCGAUGAGGAGGAAAAACCGAAAAUACAAACCACCACAAAACGUACUAUCAAAAAGAAGGUUGGUGAUAAGGAAGAAAUAUUCAAAAUUACAGUUGUCGAGGAGGAAGGCAAACCCGAAACCACAAUUGCAUUCGAAGUAGAAGAGACUCCUGAACAACCAGUGCCUGAGGAAGAAACCAAACCAGAGAAACCCAAGAAGAAAACUGUCAAGAAGCUUAAAAAGGAUGAUGUCGAUGAAUACAUUAAAUCGUUGAUCGAGCAGGAAAUUCCCAAAACUGAUCUUGAACAAUAUGAAAAGACAGAAGUUGAGGAGAAACCUAAGAAACCAAAAGAAAAGAAAAAGCCCAAGGAAAAGAAGGAAGUUCCCGUCGAAGAAGAAGUUCCUGUUUCGGUUGAAGAACUUCCAGAAGAGGUUGAAACAGUUCAGGUGCUCGAUGAGGAGGAAAAACCGAAAACACAAACCACCACAAAACGUACUAUCAAAAAGAAGGUUGGUGAUAAGGAAGAAAUCUUCAAAAUCACAGUUGUCGAGGAGGAAGGCAAACCCGAAACCACAAUUGCGUUUGAAGUAGAAGAGACUCCUGAGCAAGCAGUGUCCGAGGAAGAAACCAAACCAGAGAAACCCAAGAAGAAAACUGUGAAGAAGCUUAAGAAGGAUGAUGUCGAUGAAUACAUUAAAUCUUUGAUCGAGCAGGAAAUUCCCAAAACUGAUCUUGAGGAAUAUGAGAAGACUGAAGUCGAGGAGAAACCUAAAAAACCAAAAGAAAAGAAAAAGCCCAAGGAAAAGAAGGAAGUUCCCGUCGGGGAAGAAGUUCCUGUCUCGGUUGAAGAACUUCCAGAAGAGGUUGAAACAGUUCAGGUGCUCGAUGAGGAAGAAAAACCGAAAACACAAACCACCACAAAACGUACUAUCAAAAAGAAGGUUGGUGAUAAGGAAGAAAUCUUCAAAAUCACAGUUGUCGAGGAGGAAGGCAAACCCGAAACCACAAUUGCAUUCGAAGUAGAAGAGAUUCCCGAGCAACCAGUGCCUGAGGAAGAAGUCAAACCAGAGAAACCCAAGAAGAAAACUGUUAAGAAGCUUAAAAAGGAUGAUGUCGAUGAAUACAUUAAAUCUUUGAUCGAGCAGGAAAUUCCCAAAACUGAUCUUGAGCAAUAUGAAAAGACUGAAGUCGAUGAGAAACCUAAGAAACCAAAAGAAAAGAAAAAGCCCAAGGAAAAGAAGGAAGUUCCAAUCGAAGAAGUUCCAGUUUUGGUUAAAGAAGUUCCGAAAAAGGUUGAGGACAUCCAGGACGAAGAAUUGCCCCAGGAGUCUCCGAUUGAGGAAGAAGAAAAGGUUCCUUCUGUCGAAGAAUUGCCACAAGAAAUAUUUUCCGUGCAAAUUAUAGACUUUGAAGGCAAACCGAUAAUUCAAACUACAACUAAACGUACAAUAAAGAAAAAUCUGGGCGAUAAGGAAGAAACAUUCAAAAUUACUAUCGUAGAGGAAGAAGGUAAGCCUGAAACAACAAUAUCUAUUGAAAGCGAAGAAACUCCCAAAGAUGAAGAGGAUAUCACCGAUGAGAAACCUAAACCAAGAAAACCGAAAACAAAGUUAACCAAAAAAAUGAAAAAAGAUGAUUUAGACGAAUAUCUAGAAGCAUUAAUACAACAAGAAAUUCCAAAAACCGAAUUAGAGCAGUAUGAAAAAGUCGUCUUAGACGAUACUCCAAAAGAGCAUGUAAAGGUGGUACCAGACGAGGUAACUAAGGUAGAGCUACCCAAACAAGAUGAAGAGAGUAGUGAAUAUCAACCACAAACAGAUCAACAUACACCAGUAGAGAAAACACCACUUGAUGAUACUCAAGAAACACAACCGUCAUUAACCACAGAAAAACCACUAAGUGAGAAACCACACAAACCCAAACCAAAAACUAGCCGUCAAAAACAAAAAGAUACCGAACAAACCCCUUUGCCAAGUGAUGAACAACAAAUAGAAGAAAUACCAGCAGAAGAAACAUUACAAGAAGUAGACCAGGGUCAAGAAGAGGAAUAUCCGUUGCUACAGGUCACUGUUAAAGAAACAAAAGUUGAGGACUCGGUACCUGAAGUGAAACCAAAAGAGCAAGAAUCUCCAAAAUUAGAAACACCCAAGGAGCCUGAAGAAAUAACAGAAGCUCCUACGACCCAGGAAGAAAUUCCUGAACAGGAAAAAUUGGUUGAAGAAACUACAAGUAAAAAGCCCAAAAAGAAGAAACCAAUAAAGAAAAAGAAAACGGACGAGCAUGAUGAAAUUAUCCAAGCCCUUUUGGAGCAAGAGGUUCCAAAAACAGAGCUUGAAAAGUACGAGAAAAUUGACGUUGACACGAAGAAACCAAAGAAACAGAAACCCGUGGACCUAAAACCGACUAAAAUUGUUGUACAUGAACAAAAGCCGAUAAAACUCAAAAUUGAGGAACCGGAGCAACUUCCACAAACUAUUAAAUUGAAGCCGUCCAAACCAAGGGAAAGAAAAACUGAUGAUGCCCAGGAAAUGGGUCCUAAAAUCAAACUGAAGAGUCGCAUCAUUCACGUCACCUAUCCACCAGAGAGUCUGAAGCCUGUUAUAAGUGACUUGGGAACAAAGAGAGGUGUUGGAGAAUUAUCACGAAAUAUUGAAGAAGCGAAGAAACUAACUAAAAAGAAACUUAAAAAGUUCCAACACCCCGAGGAAGAAACUGAAGAUCUGGAGAAGGUAGAGUUGGAGAAAUAUGAACCAUAUAUCAGCAGCUCCGAAGAUGAAGAGCACAAGAAACCUUAUGAAAGACCUAAGAUACAAAAACCUUCAGAUAAGCCUGAGGAAUCCGUAACUAUUCCCUUAGGAAAGGGUAAGAAAAAGCCACCGUCUGAGGACGAAACGGAAUCUGUAAAACUGAAAAAGAUUCCAGAAAAAAUUACUCCCGAGGAAGAGAGCAAAGAACCCUUGCCUAAGAAGCCUGAUGAAGAAAAAGGAAAGGAAAAACAAGACCGUCCAGAGUCACAUGAUCGAAUGGAACCAUUCGAACCUACUGAAUUUGAUCGUACAGAGCUUCCGAAGGAUGAACUAGAACAGGUCGAAAUGCCAUCUCAGCCAGAAGAUGAAGAGAAAACAAGAAAACCGAAACAUAAAAAGAAAGACAAACCAAAGCCGGAGCCGGAAUCUAUACAAUAUCCUAUUGUUCCUGGUGUUCCAAAACCACCAGAAGAAACGCCCCAGGAUACUGUUAAGUUCCGUAUUCCAAGCAAAGACAUACCAGAAGACACAACCGAUGAAAUUAAACUUAAACCAUUCACUAAACCCGAAGAGGUUGAAGAACAGGAAAAAGUUGUGCCAGAGGAUGACGUUCAAGAUGUUAAACCGAAGCCUAAGCCAGACGAUGAAGAUAAAGAGGCUGAGAAAAAACCUAAGAAAGUUAAAAAGCCAAAAACAAAAGACCAAAAGGAGCCGGAAAAACCAACAACUAUUGAAGAAGCAAUACCAACUGAAGAUAUUCCAAAGGAAGAAUCACCUCAACCCGAAGAGGAAGUUGUUCAGCAGUUUGAAAUUUCAGUUAAAGAGAAACUACCCGAAAAAAGUGAAGAACAGGAGGAGGUCGUUGUGAGACUGACAAAGCCAGAACAGCCUGAAGAUGUUGAAAUCGAUUUGCAUAUUCCCAAAUCAGAUAUUAAAGUCACAGAGGAGGCGGCAGAUGAAUUCAAGGUAAUCAUAAAAGAGACUGAUGAGAAAAAAGAGGAAACUCAAACCGAAGAAGUCACUAUUGUUAAAAAGAAAAAGAAAAUCAAACCGGAAACAAAGGAAGAAGUUCCCGAAGAAACAUUUACAAUAAAGAAACCUAGUGAAGAAGACGAGACUACAAUUCCUGCAGAUGUAAAGGUAGAUUUCAAGAUGGCGCCGGAAAAAACACCCAAGGAUGAUGAAGCGGAAGUGGUACUUACAUUGAAACAGACUGAAGAGGUACCAGAAGUUAUAGAGUCCGAGCAAUUCGAAAUAUUGGUGAAGGAAACGCCAAAACCAACAGAGAAAGCUGUCGAUGAGAAGCCUGAGAAAGAGGUACAACCAUCUAAAAAAGAAAAACCAAAAAUUGUUGAAGAAGAAAAACCGGAAGAAAAAGUACAACCGACCGAAAAACCCAAACCUGAAGAAAAACCUGAAACCGUCUCACCUGUGCAGGAGGAGACAGUGGAAGAAAGUUUACCCGAGCAAGAAAUUCCUUACGAAUUUUCUAUAAAAGAAGUAAAACCAACUCAAGAAGAAGUUUUCAAAGUGAAAUUGACGGAAUCAGAGGCUCCAGAAAGUGCUGAAGAUUUCGUUGUAAAAUUGGUUUCAACAAAACCUCAAGAGGAAGAAGAACCAGUUGAAACAUUCACGAUACGCAAGCAAAAGGAAGAUACUGAAGAUGAAGUUGCUGUCGAGAUUAAGCUUACACCAAAAGUGGAAGAAUUCGAAGAAACAACUGUCGGUGCCUCUAUCAAAAAGAAAAAACCCAAGAAAAAACCAGUUGAAGAAGCGGCAGCAGAACUAAAAGUCGAAGUCAUUGAAACUACUCCGACUGAGGAAGAGGAGCGGCCCACUGAAGAAAAAGAACAACCCGAUAUUGAAGAUGAAAGUAUUGUUGAAGAAAUUCACGAAGUUACUAUUAAGGAACAACCCAAACCAGAGGAAACAAAAUCCGAACCUAAACUUGUUCAAGACAUCCCUAGUGAAGAACCCAAGCCAAUAUCAGAAGUAGUUGAAGAAGUACCCACCAAGGAAGAAGUUUUCAAAAUUUCAGUCAAAGAAGAAAAACCAAAGGCCGAAGAGGCAAUUGAAGUCCCUGAAGCAAUUGAGGAGAAACCUGUACAACCAACUCUACCAGCGGAAGAGGAAGUUCCUGAGUCUUACGAGGUCACAUUGAAGGAAACCAAGCCAGAAGAACAAGUUCCUGACGAUGUUGAGGUAUCAAUCAAGCCUAAGCGAAAGGAUUCCAAACCACAAGAAGAAGUUGAGGCAGUGAUUAAAUUGACGGAGCGCGAAGAAGAAACUCCUACUGAACAGUCAGUGAUACUUCCAAAGAAGAAAAAGAUUCCAAAAGAGCAAGUUGAAGAUGUACAGAUCACGCUAAAGAAACCAGAAGAAGAAUUACCUGAGGAAAUUGCACAGGAAACUUUUGCAUUAUUGAAAAAACCUAAGCCAACAGUAGAAACGGUUGAGGAAGUAUCUGCUGAAAUUUCUUUACCACAAAAAACGCCAGAAGACCAGGUUGCAGAAGAAGUGACAAUCAAAAAGAAGAAGCCCAAAAAGCCUUCCAUCGAGGAAGCUGGAAGCGAGCUAGUAAUAAAGAAAACGUUAGAGUUCGAACCUGAAGGUGAUAUCGAGGAAGUAGUCGAGAAGCCAGAAGAUGAGGAAGAAGUUCCAUCCCCGGCUGAAACUAUCGAAGAAGUGGUUGUGAAAGAGCUUGUUCCUGAAGAAAAACCGGAGGAAGUUGCCGACGUUACUGUGAAGAAGCCACAACAAGAAGAAAAGCCAGUUGAAGAGGUAGAAGCACAAAUUGUCCUGAAACCAGACACUCCAAAAGAGCAAGAAACUGAAAAUGUCACUAUCAAAAAGAAGAAGCCUAAAAAAUCCGUAGUCGAAGAAGCAGAAAGUGAAUUAGUAAUUAAGAAACCAUCAAUAGAAAAACCUGAGCAGGAGGAAGUGUUUGAUGUUACAAUCAAGAAGCCCGAGAAAGAAGAUAAACCCGUUGAAGAAGUAGAAGCACAAAUUACACUUCCACAGGAAAAGCCCAAGGAUGAGACCGCCGAAGAAGUUACUGUGAAAAAGCGUAAAACUAAAAAACCAAAAACCGAAGAAGCUGCAGAUGAAUUGGUAAUAAAAAAAGUGGUUGAGCCAGCACCUGAAGAAGUUGUAGAAGAAGAGGUAGCAGAAGUUACCAUAAAGAAGCCUGAAAAAGAAGAUAAACCCAUUGAUGAAGUCGAGGCGGAAAUAACACUUCCACAAGAAAAGCCCAAGGAUGAGACCGCCGAAGAUGUUACAGUGAAAAAACGUAAACCCAAAGUACCGAAGACCGAAGAAGCUGCAGAUGAAUUGGUAAUAAAAAAAGUGGUUGAGCAAGCACCUGAAGAAGUUAUCGAGGAAGAGGUAGCAGAUGUUACGAUAAAGAAGCCUAAAAAGGAAGAUAAACCCAUUAAUGAAGUAGAGGCGAAAAUAACACUUCCACAAGAAAAGCCCAAAGACGAGACCGCCGAAGAAGUUACAGUGAAAAAACGUAAACCCAAAGUACGGAAGACCGAAGAAGCUGAGGAUCAAUUGCUUAUCAAGAAGGAGGUUGAACAAGCACCUGAAGAGAUCAUUGAGGAAGAAAUUGUAGAGGAAGCGAUAGUAAAAAGAAGAAAGCCUAAAGUUCCUCACUCCGUUGAGAAUUUAGAAGAGGAGGAGGUGAGCCUUUCUCUCGCCAAACCUAAAGUGAAAUCCGAAGAUGUUGAAGAAGGGGCAACAAUCAAGAGGAAACCCAAAAAGCCGAAACUCACUUCAGAUGAGGCAAGUGCGGAACUUGUUAUCAAAAAAGACGAAGAAAUCGAGGAAGAAGAAGAAGAAGUAUUUGAAGAAGAGGCACCUGAAGAAUUUAUCGUGCGAAAGAAGCCUAAACCGAAACCACAACAGCCAGUCGAGGAGCAUACCUCUGAAGUAACCAUCAAGAAACUUAAGUCAAAAAAAGAGGAAACUCAAACCGAAGAAGUCACUAUUGUUAAAAAGAAAAAGAAAAUCAAGCCGGAAACAAAGGAAGAAGAAGCUGGAAGCGAGCUAGUAAUAAAGAAAACGUUAGAGUUCGAACCUGAAGAAAAACCUGAGCAGGAGGAAGUGUUUGAUGUUACAAUCAAGAAGCCCGAGAAAGAAGAUAAACCCGUUGAAGAAGUAGAAGCCCAAAUUACACUUCCACAGGAAAAGCCCAAGGAUGAGACCGCCGAAGAAGUUACUGUGAAAAAGCGUAAAACUAAAAAACCGAAAACCGAAGAAGCUGCAGAUGAAUUGGUAAUAAAAAAAGUGGUUGAGCAAACACCUGAAGAAGUUGUAGAAGAAGAGGUAGCAGAAGUUACCAUAAAGAAGCCUGAAAAAGAAGAUAAACCCAUUGAUGAAGUCGAGGCGGAAAUAACACUUCCACAAGAAAAGCCCAAGGAUGAGACCGCCGAAGAUGUUACAGUGAAAAAACGUAAACCCAAAGUACCGAAGACCGAAGAAGCUGCAGAUGAAGUGGUAAUAAAAAAAGUGGUUGAGCAAGCACCUGAAGAAGUUAUCGAGGAAGAGGUAGCAGAUGUUACGAUAAAGAAGCCUAAAAAGGAAGAUAAACCCAUUGAUGAAGUUGAGGCGAAAAUAACACUUCCCCAAGAAAAGCCCAAAGACGAGACCGCCGAAGAAGUUACAGUGAAAAAACGUAAACCCAAAGUACGGAAGACCGAAGAAGCUGAGGAUCAAUUGCUUAUCAAAAAGGAGGUUGAACAAGCACCUGAAGAGAUCAUUGAGGAAGAAAUUGUAGAGGAAGCGAUAGUAAAAAGAAGAAAGCCUAAAGUUCCUCACUCGAUUGAGAAUUUAGAAGAGGAGGAGGUGAGCCUUUCUCUCGCCAAACCUAAAGUGAUAUCCGAAGAUGUUGAAGAAGGAGCAACAAUAAGAAGGAAACCCAAAAAGCCGAAACUCACUUCAGAUGAGGCAAGUGCGGAACUUGUUAUCAAAAAAGAAGAAGAAAUCGAGGAAGAAGAAGAAGAAGUAUUCGAAGAAGAGGCACCUGAAGAAUUUAUCGUGCGAAAGAAGCCUAAACCGAAACCACAACAGCCAGUCGAGGAGCAUACCUCUGAAGUAACCAUCAAGAAACUUAAGUCAGUUAAGCGACCAUCUAGACCCGAUAUUCCUGAAUACACAGACGUUGAAAACGUUACAUUCAGACCUAAGUCAACCAAAACCAAAGAAGAUGUAGAACAGGAAUUUAAAAUUUCACUUGACUCAUAUGCAGAAGAAGAAAUUUCAAUGUCCGGUAAAGUAAGACUAAAGAAAAUACGUCCAAAAACAUAUUCCGAAGAGGCUGAUGAAGCGAAAAUCCGUAUAAUACAAGACUGGGAUGAUGGUGAAGCUCCAAUUAUCGAAGAAGUUCUAGAUGAUAGCGAAGGUGAAGAUAAUACAAUGUAUGAUGUCGACGAACCAGAAGAAUAUUUAGAACCUGAAGAAUACUUGGAACCUGAAGAUGUUCCAGAAAAUGUCGAGCUUAAAUUAAGGAAAAAGAAACAAAAACCAAGAUAUUCUGUUCAACAUGAAGACGAUGAGGAGAUUUUCAUUGGAUUACGGAAAAAGAAGCGUGAUGACUCGAUUACCUAUGACGAGGAUUCGCUGACGGUUAAGAAGAAGCGGAAACCAUCACAGAAAUUCUUGCAAGAAGAAGCAUCUCUUAGCCUCACCCGAGAAAUGCAAAUUGAAGAAUCUGAUGAAGAAAAUGUAAUGUACUCUAUCUGCACAUACAUCGCUGAUAACGAUGAGGCCAUCAACUUGGUGGAAGGAGAAAAGGUCCAUGUUAUUGCACGUCACAGUGCCGAAUGGUGGUACGUUAAGAAGCACUUAACAGAGGAACAAGGAUGGGUACCAUCACAAUAUCUCAUGGAUUCUGUCAACUACCAAAGAUACGUAGAGAAGAAACUUCAUGAAAAGAUAGACAAACUUCCUGUAUUUGAAAGGCCUGCAACCGAUGAGAAGACGAUGGCCCCCAGAUUCAUCGAAAAACUUAAACCAAUUCACACUCCUGAUGGAUACACAGUUCAGUUUGAAUGCAAAGUCGAGGGAUUGCCUAGACCGCAGAUAACCUGGUUCCGUCAAACAGCAAUUAUCAAACCAUCACAAGAUUUCCAAAUAUAUUACGAUGAUGACAACGUAGCGACUUUGAUUAUUCGUGAAGUAUUUCCGGAGGAUGCAGGCACAUUUACCUGUGUGGCUAAAAAUGCUGCUGGCUUUGCAUCUAGUACAACAGAACUUAUCGUGGAAACACCACUCUCUGACCAUGGCUCAGACAUCACAGGUCCAUCUCGAAAGAGCAUGUCGCGAGAAUCGUCUUUAGCCGAUAUCCUUGAAGGAAUACCACCUACAUUCUCUAAGAAACCAAAAGCUCAAUAUGUCGACGAAGGAACCAAUGUAAUCUUAGAAUGUAGAUUGGUUGCUGUUCCUGAACCUGAAAUUAUUUGGACAUUCGAUAAUGAGGAAGUUAUUACUGAAGACAACAUCAGAAUAGUGACCGAAUCAGAUAUGCAUAUGUACUGCAGUGUGUUGCACAUCACUAAAGUACGAAAGGAUCAAGAAGGAACGUAUGAAGUGAUUGCCCGUAAUAGAGAGGGUGAUGCAAAGAUGCCAAUUAUUUUGAAAGUCAAGACUGGUGAUAAGGAAGCACCGCAAGUUCUUGAACCUCUUCGUAAUAUGAUCAUAAGGGAAGGAGAAACUGCAAUAUUGACUUCACAGAUAGUCGGCAAUCCAACACCGAAGAUCACCUGGUAUAAGGAUGGAAAACCAAUAAAGGAAAACACCAAAUCUUCGAAGGAUUUAUAUUCAUUGACCCUUCUAUCACCCAAGCUAAGUGACAAGGGAGAAUACACGGUAAAAGCUGUUAACCCAAUGGGAUCAGUGGAAACAAGUGCAUAUCUCACAAUCGAAGAAGCUGAAAGCAGCAACCCAGAGCCUCCACUCUUCGUUAAGCGUUUCGAAGAGCAGAACGUACCUCAAAAUGGCACCAUCAAAUUGCAGGCGCGUGUCAUUGGUAAUCCUGUACCAGAGAUAUCCUGGCUUUUGAACAAUAUGCCGCUUCAACCUUCCGAUAAAGUACAACAAUCGUAUGAUGGCGAGAACAUCGAGCUUACAAUAUUGAACGCAAAUAGCGAAACAGAUUCAGGUGACUACAAGUGCGUAGCCAGCAAUCCUGUUGGCAAAGCAUCACAUGGCGCAAAGAUCAUAGUAGAAGUAGAAGAAGUUACAUUUACAAAGAAACUCAAGAAGAAGAUCAGCAUUGAAGAGUCUCAAUCCCUGACUCUGGAAUGUGAAACCUCACAUAUCGUUUCUACUAAGUGGUAUCACAAUAAAAAGGAACUAAGCGGCAUGGACCACCGCGUCGUUGUUCAGGACGGCAAAGUUCAUAAGCUAGUCAUCAGAAAUACGAAUCUUAAGGACGCAGGUACUUACGUAUGUAAGGUCAAAAAUAAGGAAACAGAGUCCACGGUUGAAGUGCUCGAACGCAAACCAGAGUUCAUUAAACGUCUCCAGGAUUAUGAGGUCAAAGAAAAGGACACUGCCAUUCUGGAUGUAGAGAUAACUUCCGAUACUGCAGAUGUAACGUGGUUGAAGGAUGGCGAAAAAUUGACUAUUGAAAAGAAAAACAUUGAAUUUAUCAAGGAAGGAAAAGUGCGCAAAUUAAAGAUACAUAAUGUUACCAUACACGAUGAAGGAGAGUAUACAUGCGCCUUAGAAGAUCAGGAAUGCUCUUCAGAAUUAGUAGUCAUCGAAUUGCCUCCGCAAAUUAUCAAAAAAAUGGAUGACGUUACCAUCACCAAAGGCGAGAAAGCCACAUUCGAAAUUGAAUUGACGAAAGGUGAUGCGCUUGUUAAAUGGUUCAAAAACGGAAAAGAAAUUCAAUUCUCAGAGCAUAUUCAACUUAGCAUUGAUGGUAAAAAGCAAAAACUGAAAAUUUACCAAAGCACAAUAGAAGACGCUGGUGAAUACACAUGUCAAGUUGGUGAGCAAACAGCAACAGCCAAACUAACAGUAGAAGAGCCAAUAGUUGACUUCACACUCAGGCUGCCAGAAGUAACGCUCGUGACGAAAUCAACCGAUGCCGAAUUCACAGUGCAGCUAUCACCUGAAAAUCAAGAUGUUGAAGUUACAUGGUAUAAGAAUGGCAAGAAAAUUAAACCUACCCCGAAAUAUUCAAUUGACGUUGAAGCGACUAUUCGUCGACUGGUUGUACACGAUGCAACUGAGGACGAUGAAGCUGAAUAUAGUUGUGUUGCUGCCAAUGCUCAUACAAAGUCUUCUCUGAAAGUACAAGAAAUUCAAACACCGCCAAUCAUUCUAUCUGAUAAAGAUCAGACAUAUAAGGUCAAAGAAAAUGAUGAUGUCGAGCUAACGGUUAAGUUUAGCGGAUCUCCGAAGCCAGAAGCCACGUGGUCAACGUCGAAAAAGGUUAUUAAAAAAUCAAAACGAAAAGAACCAACACUCGACGAACAAUCGGCCUCGCUCACUAUCAGAAAAGUUGUUGAUGAAGAUGCAGGUGAUUAUACAAUCAAAUUGAAGAAUCCAAUUGGUGAGGCAGAAGCGCAUUUACAUCUAAUAAUAAUGAGACCACCAACCUCGCCUGGAGCUCCGGAACCGUUGAAUGUUAUGCAUGAUUCUUUGACUCUUUACUGGAAAGCACCCGAAGAUGAUGGAAAUAGCGAAAUUAUUGAAUACAUUUUAGAAUAUCAAGAAACAACAGAGAAGAAAUGGACGCAAAUAACCAAACUCAAAGACACAACUUACACAAUAACAAAACUGAAAACCGAGUCGUCCUACGUGUUCAGAUCAAUCGCCGUGAAUGAGAUUGGUCCUAGUCCACCUUCGCCAUUGUCACCAACCAUUAAGAUCGAGGCUGAUGAAAAGAAGGAAAAGCCAACAGUACAGCAACAAUUACAGAAUAUUGUAUCAGAAUUGAACAAAACAAUUACUCUGUCAUGCGUAUUUGGUGGAAAUCCUACACCAAAAACCAAAUGGCUCAAAGAUUCCAAACUUAUUGAUUCCACAAAAACGGUUUAUGAAAAUCGUGUAGCUAAAUACACUAUUGAAAAGACAACUAUUGAGACUGAAGGUUCAUACACUUGCAUUGCCGAGAAUGAUUUAGGAACAGUAGAAACAACAUGUACAGUCACAAUACAAGAAAAACCACAAAUCGAUAUUGAAGAGAGAUUCCUUUCCCAAAACCUGCGUACAAAGACAAAAUGGGAGGUACCAGCAACAUUCAGAGGUGUACCACGACCGAAGGUUACGUGGUCCAAGGAAUCCAUGAAAUUGGAAGAAUCAAAAACAUGUAAGAUAACUACAGAAGAAUACUCAUCAACUAUUUGCAUUGAAAAACUCACAAGAAGAGAUUCCGGAAAAUAUACAAUUAAGGCUAAGAAUUCCGCUGGUGAAGCAUCGGUUGAUGUUCUCCUCAAAGUUAUUGAUAAACCUAGUAGACCGAACUCAAUGGAAAUAAAGGAAAUCAAAAAGGAUUCGGUCACACUUGAAUGGGAACCACCACAGGACGAUGGUGGUUUGGACAUUACCAAAUAUACCCUCGAAAAGUGUGAUCCAGAGAACAUGAUUUGGAUGAAAGUUGCUGAUAUCGAUCGCGACAUCAAGUCCUAUUGUGUACAAAAACUCAGUGAAAAUGCACAGUACAUGUUCCGUGUUAUUGCUGAAAAUCCAGUCGGUGCAUCAGAACCUAUCGAAAGCGAUGCUAUCACAGUUAGACGCAAAUUCGAUCGACCAAGCCCACCACGUGCACCGAUCGAUGUGACUGGAAUGACUGAUACUUCAUUCACACUUUCAUGGGAAGUUCCUGAAAAUGACGGUGGCCAGAAGAUAAUCGAAUAUAUUGUUGAAAUCAGAGAGUCUACCACGUCUUCCUACACAAAACUUGGAACGACAGAGACAACACAGAUCCUUGUGAAUAACUUAAUAAAGGAUCAUAUCUAUCUGUUUAAAAUCUACGCAAGAAAUCAAGUUGGCAUCAGUGAUGCUUUAGAAACAGAAGACAAGAUAAUUGCAGGACGAAGGAUAACACCACCAUCGCCACCGCAAAAUCUCAGAGCGCCCGAUAUCACAGGUAGAAGUGUUACUUUGGACUGGGAAGUGCCUGCUAGCAAUGGAGGUUCAGAGAUUACAGGCUACGUAAUAGAAAAACGUACAACAACGUCAACUAAAUGGACGAAGGUAGUGACGCUCGAUGCUCACUGCCUACAAUACACGAUCGAUAACUUGAAAACUAAAUGUGAAUAUACAUUUAGGGUAUUCGCUGAAAAUUCAGUAGGUCUCAGUGCUCCAGCUACAACUGAUACUAUCUUACUGAAGACACACGCAACCGUUCCUUCACCACCAACUGCUCCUCUUGAAAUUCGUACGAUCGCUGCUAAUGCAAGCGUAUUCGAAUGGGGUAUACCAGAAUCUGAUGGAGGUGCGCCAUUACUUGGGUAUAAUAUCGCCAUUCGCGACAUGAGGAGGACUAUGUGGAUUGAAGUUGGACGUGUGCCACCCGAUGUACAGAAAUUCCAAAUUCGAGACCUACAGGAUGGGCACGAAUACUUGAUAAGGAUAUACGCAAGAAACGAAAUCGGCUUAAGUGAAGCCCUUGAAUCGGAUGAACCGUAUAAGGUCCUUUCUGCAGGUAAAGAAUAUUUGCCGGAUGAGCCACACACUGAGCCAACGGGCAUGAGUACAGAAAACACCUCGUCCUGGCUACGCGACCACAACAUGGACGCUGACAUCUCAUCAUAUGCAAAAGCGAAACUGCUGCAAAAGGACGAAUACUUCUUCCGCAUUUGGUAUUAUGCUAAAAAAUUAUUCAAAUAAAACCGAUUACCGACGAGUUUAAAAAUGACUUCAAAAGUAAAAUUGCGUUUUAGCCGAGGAAAUAUUGGCUACGUUUUCAAGUAAAUUAUCAUUAACAUAUCUUAAUUAUAUAACUUAAAAUAUUUAAUAAUAAGUUGGCAAUAAUUAUAUAAAAGCGAGCGAAGAACUAAUUAUUGCUAACUAUUCGUUUUAAUUUUAUUUAUUUUCGUUUUUAUAAUCUGUGAUAAAUAAGGUAAAAUAAUAGUCAUUGAAAACUCUAAACUGAGAAAUAUCGAUAGCGUUAGAUCUUUUACACUUAAUUCAUGUCAAAGGGUAAUACACGAUCGAAACGAGAAUUCAAGGGAGACAAUAUAGGUGCAAAAAUACGUUGGAAUUCGAGAAUCGAAAAUGUAUUAUUCUUUGAAAAUGUUAUCGAAUAUACUAUACGAUUGUGUGACAAUAAAUAAAUAAAGAUUAUUGAAUGACA